AUGGUAAUGCAAAGAUAUCUCCUAACCUAUACGGGAGUGGUGCUCGCUUUAUACUUUCAUCACCUCAUCAGAGCCAUUGAAGUCCCUCGGGAUCGUAAGUCCACUGAUUGUUUAUUCAUUUAUUUAUUUACUUUCUCAGUUCCAUCUCUGGGGCAGCUGUCCCCAACCUGAGGUCUUCAAAUGUUGCUGGGCUACAAGUCCCAUCAUCCCUGACUAUUGGGCACGCCAUAAUGUAGUCCCAAUAAAAGGCUGAGGAAAGCUGCCCUGGUUAGAGAAUGGUUAGAGAAAAGACUGGAUGUUUGCCCUGACUUUUUUUGUUCGAUUUCUGAAGAUAGUUAAGCUUUCAUGACAAAUGUCAUUGGAAGCACAUAAUUGGGUAAAAAAACAGAAUCUGUAACUUGAACUAGACUAUAUUUAUAUUUAUAUUCAACUGCUUGGGGGUAAGGAGGUGACACAAAAGAUAUAAAGGCAAAUUCACAGAAUGUAAAGUGAACCCAGAACACAUGACAUAUUCAAAGAACAUUUUAGAUGUCCAUAUUGCCUGAUGGUUUCAUUCCAUGGCCCAAUCUGUUUUCUAUGUGUUGGGAGGAUGGUUUAAUUUUCAUUUCAGCUCAUUAUGUGUUUAUGAUUGUCCAGCUAGAAAAGCAACUAAUGGUGCCUGGCCAUAAUGUUCGGUUGUAGUCUUCUUGGUCAUGUAAAUAGAUCAUCUCUCUUUUUGUACUAGCAUGGCUGUUACUGCUGGUUUUUAAAUGGUUAUUAGUGGAAUGGCUGCCAAACUAUUCCAGUGAAGAGAAAAAAACACCCAAGCUCGUUUCACAAUACGAAUGGAAAAGCCAUUUUCAGACCAAUGUACUGAAUAUACUUUUUAUUAUUUGACCUAGAAAAGUAGAUCUCAGGAGCUUUGAAGCUCUUGUCUGGGAUUGCUUUAUGUUCUCAUCUUGACUCCUACUAGGAACAUAGACAGCUGCCUUAUAUGGAAUCAAAUCAUUGGUCCAUCUAUCCCAGUAUUGGGUGCAGUAACUCACAGCGGUUUAUCUAAUGUUUCAGCCCUCCCUGGAGAUGUCUAGGACUCAACCUGGGACUAUCUGCAUGUUUUACUACUGACCUAUGGUUCAAGGGGAUGAUUCAAAAAGAACAUCUGGCCCUUACCAUGUGAUAACUAGCAUCCUGUUGUAGCUGAACCUGUUAACUGUGGUUUACUUUCUGAGUUCAAAUCACACUGAAUUAAUCCUACUUUCAUAUGGUGGUUUGUAGAGACUCAUGAAUUCCUGGCAUACAAAUAGGCUCCUAACUCACCUUCAUCUCAUCUCAGAAACAGGAAAGCUGGUGUGGUCAGUACCCUUUACCUGAGAUUUGGACUAAGGGAUCUGAAUCUCCCCUAAUUUAUAUACAGUAUAUGCUUGCUUGUCUAUAUGUAUGCUUUACCAGUUUACAUGAUGGUAUAAGGACCUCUUACAUAUGACCUUGUAUACAUUUCCUGUAUACAUUGUAUACAGACAUUUACACCUGCCCAGCAUCCUUAUUGUGAAAUUUCAACAAUCAUUAAAACUCUGGUGAUUCAUCUCUCUUCAAAUCUUUUAUUAUUAUUAUUAUUAUUAUUAUUAUUAUUAUUAUUGUUUGUACCUGAAACAUUGAAAUGUUUAAGUUUUUUAACUGAAACAUUUUUAAUGUUUAAAGUACAAAUAAAAAGAAAAAAGAUUUGAAGAGGUAUGAAUCACCAGAGUUUUUGUGAAUAUUGAGUGGAAAUGUAUAGUUAAACAUUUUGAAAGAACACAUAUUUGCCUUUUGGUUUACGAGUCUAAGCAAUACUAUUUGCAUUCAUGAGGCUUGGGUGCAUUUAAUGAUUGUUCAUUUCAGUAUCUUCUUUCUUCUGUUUACUAUGCAUGAAUAACACAAAGCUCAGCAAAAUUUCAACAAGCCUGCUGCAUCAUGUGACUUUAGGCCAUCCCCCCCUAGCAGCCUGAUAGAAGUUUUGUUUAAUGCUGUUUUAAACUGGUUGGAAGCAUCUGUUGUUCAUCCCUAUUCUUCACAGGAAAUGUAAAAGAAGAGUUCUAAGCAUGGGCACCCACCCUGGCAUUAGUUAGCAGUGGGUGUCAUGGCCACGCUUAAGAUAACUGAAUUAGCAAAAACUGCUUUAGCAGGAAGCUGGUUUAAAGAAACGGAGUUCUCUCCAUAUGUCUCUUCUCCCCAACCUUAUACUGUAUACAACUUUCAAGUCUCACAUCGGAUGUGUCUGAUCUAUAGAAAGGACUUUAUGAAAAUUGAGACAACGUAUGUAUUUUGGUAACCAAAGAAAAUAUUUAAUAAAAUUUUAAUAAUAAUAAUAAUAAUAAUAAUAAUAAUAAUAAUAAUAGGCAAAGCUCUGUUACAUUAGCAGAGAAAGUAUCUCAGCUCAAACAGAGCUAAGCAAACACCCCAAAGGAGAAUUUUAUUGUUUCAGAGUCAAUCACACAAUUGUAGUCACUGGGACCUGGUACUGAAGGAAGACACUUAGGCUAGGAUCUUAGCUAGGAUCACCUCCCUAUGAGAGAACACAGUGGAACUUUCUUCUCAGCAAACUUGCAUCAGAUUGCACUGCUAGUCCCUUGUUGGUUUAAUAUAAUGCAGAUUUUGUUGAAAGGUCUCUUUGGCAUUGUCUAACUCAGGGGUGGGGAACCCAUGACCCUCCAAAUGUAAUUGAACUCUAACUCCCAUUAGCCUCUGACAGCAUGGCUAAUUGUCAGGGAUGGUGGGCAUUGUAGUCCAACAACAUAGGGAAGGGCAAAGGUGAAGGCUCCCCAGGCCUAUCUGACACUGAGUUUCAUGAUGAGGGCGCUAAUAAUUUUAUUUGGGGCACAAGCUUUGAUUGCUUCUGGUUACACUUAAUCAAAAAGCUCACUACUUGUUCUGAUAGGCGAGUCUCGGAAAAGGAACACAGGGGCAGUCGAAUCAAAUACAAGUACUUUCUAAAGAGAGAGAGAUUGAGAACUUCUUACUGGUAACAGGUUCCCCCCUCCCUUUGAAUGGAAGAAUGAGUGUAAUAGGACCUUAGAAAGAAAAAAAAAGGCACACUCAGUACUUGUUCUAAAGCUUGCUUGCUUUUAAACAAACUUUUGCAUUUCUAAAGCACCUUCCGUCUAUUAUCACUUAAUUCCAAUAAUAGUCCGCUUGGGGCAGGAGAUGUAUAAGAUUAGCUCUUUGUUGGAGGUUAUGUAACUGCAGUACAGUUUUAUGUGCCGUUUAUGUCAGUUUUACGGCUUUCCAUUUGCUGUGUUGGGGCUGUUGCAUGAUAAAUAUGUGUCACACAUACAAUGUUCAGAUGCCAUCCUCCUGUGCCUCUUAUGUAACAUGCACAUGCCGUCGCUUGGCCUGUGUUGAAAAUGUAUAUGAAGCGGUGUCCCUAGUCUACCCCUUUCCCUAAAGAAAGCUAAGUGAUCAACUGGAACAUUUUCAGUUCAAAGGCUGCAGUCUUAAGUAUGUUUACAAGAGAGCUCCUUGGGACAUCCUUGGGACAUCCUAAUUAUGCUUAGACUUUCACUUCAUUUCAACUUGUGCUUUUUGGACAGCUGAGCAAUCCUACUAGGCAGCAGAUAUUGGGGUGGAUGCAGUGCAUAUCCUUUUGGUGAGAUGGUUGGACAAAUGUUUUGAAGUAUUGCCUACUUCAAAGCAGUGUUGCUCAACACAGGACCUUGUAAUAGGAUGAUACAGAAAAGUGGGGUGCCCCAAAUCAAAGGAAAACAUUAAGAGAUCUGCAAUACAUCUGCCUCACCCAGCUGGGCCCAUUUCAAAGGUUUUCUUUCCCUUUUGCAUGCAUCAGGCUCUAGAGUCCCUUUUUCCUUCUCUAAGCUGCUGGGGAAUUGGAUUUUUAAUCUUCCUUUUAUUGAACACAGCAAAGUGCUCUGUCUCCUUUAGCCCUCUGGUGCCUGCCCAUUGUUUGUAGCAGAGGCUCAGCUAAUUAAUUCAUCACUCCUAUUUGUGAACUUGAAAGGUUUCAGGUUUUACUAAAUCAAGCAGGUGGUGCAUAAAUAGCUACAGCUGCUCUGGGUUUAUGAUAAGUUUGCAAAUUGAUGACUCUCCACACAAAUGAGCUCUCUUUUCCCUUUGAACCCAGACCCUCAAGCCCUCCCUCUUUCAAAGAGAUUAGUGGUUUCUACAGGUGCAGGGGUGAGUUAGAGCAAAUGUCCACCAGUGAAGCCAGGGUAUCAGAUUUGAAUUCUGAGUUGUUUAGCCAGCAAACUUCCCCUUGAUGAUGUUGGAGAGGCAGCUGAAAAUAUAUUGAAUCAAACUUGAGCAUCAUCUGCAUUCAGACAAAGGGAUUCUUAAGAGGAGGCUGAUGAUAAAUAUAGAUUUCUGCCCGAGAAAGCCUUGCUUCACCAUCUUUAGAAUUUUGGAGCUGUUGGCAAAUAUGUAUGGAGGGAGAACCCAACAGAUAUACUUACAGAAACUGGAGACUCCUAGGGAAACUUAGUAGCCAUAGAAUUAGAUAAUUACCAAUCUCAUGGAUGGGUACCGUAAUUGAUUUAAAAAAGAAGAGGAUAAGAAUAGGAAUAACUAAUAAAUUUCAGCUAAUGUUCGGACAUCUUAGGGUGGGGCCAGUAACAUCAUUGUAGGGACAGUAGGCGCGAUACACUUCACAUCUUUACCAUACUCAUGUAGGUUAGAAGUAGAAACCAUUCAAAAGAUAAACCAAGGGGUUCUUUGGCCAUUGGUUUCAGUGGGAGAGAGGGAGCAGACACUCUUUAUUUUUAGUGGGACUAUAGCAGGGAAACAAUGGGUUGGUUCCAUGCUCCCAAUCCUGAUCCUCCCCCCCCCCACUUCAUGGUUGCUGUUUAGAGUUUUUAAAUGAUUUGUGGAAGUCUAAAUGGCAUGGUUAACCUUACAAGUAGGCUAGCUCCAAAUAUCUAAUGCUGUCUGGUCUGGUUCGCAUGGACCAAAGUGAUUCCUCAUGAAGUCUCCCUAUCUGUAUGGAACAUGUGUCAUUAGUAUCUCCAUAUACAACUUCCCACUUUAAUUGUUGUGUCAAAAAAAAUGUUACAGUGAUUGUGGAAAUAGCUACUGACAAGCAGGCCAUACUUUAAAUUCUCCAAGGGACCAGAGGCAUACAUGUAACUGAGGAUGGUGUUGGCCACAUCGUAUGGAAAGAAUUUUUGAACCUGUGGGCUAACCCUCAGCCUGGUCUUUCACAUGCUUAAGCCACUCUCAAUAAACUGAUCUUGUUUGAGGCUUUUGUCCGUCCUUUAAAACAAGAAGAGAAACUUGUGGCCCUCUAGCCCAUCUCCCAUCAGCCACAGCUGGUACAAUGAAUGGUCUGAGAUGAUGAGACUAGUGGUCCAAAACCAUCUGGAGUGGCACGGAACUACCUCUUAAAAGUGUUGAAUUGCUUUUGUGGUCUUGAGGCAUUAACUGUAACCUAUGAAUUUCUCUUUACACUUUUGUUGAUGUUUUAUGUAACUUUUUACAGGAGCUCGGAGUACUAGACAUAAGCUAAUCAUUACCAUCCUUAAAACGCUAAGUUUUCAAUUUAACUUUUUUAGAUAGCUAUAUAUACAUACUAGAUCUAAAAUGUGUUAGACUAACCCUUCCUCUCUCUUUCUUUUUUAAAAAUACGCUUACACCUUGGAACUAACAGCAAGUAUUCAAGACACAUGUAAGUCUUACUUACUGACUUGUUUUUUCUCCAAAGCAGCUGUCUCCAGUUCUUGGGGGGGGGGGGGGAGAGAACACAGGACCACUGUGCAUAGUAACCAUGUGCAUAGCAGACAGCCAAGAAGCCCAAAGUGAAACAGGGCCAUAGGAUGGGCAUUGCUUGCAUGGUUAAUAGCACUAAACACUGGAGUCUUACUUUUUGAAGCUUGAUAUUCAGCACUUGGAUGGUAACAUAGAAAAGCUGUAUCAUAUUCUAACCCAGGCUUCCUCAAACUUGGCCCUCCAAAAGUUUUGAGACUACAGUUCCCAUCAUCCCUGACCACUGGUCCUGCUAACUAGGGAUCAUGGGAGUUGUAGGCCAAAAAACAUCUGGAGGGCUGAGUUUGAGGAAGCCUGUUCUAACCAAACUAAGGAAACUUUGUUAUUUUAGUAUAUGGUACUUGCUACGGUAACAUCAAAUACAGGUAAGAUACAAAACCGUUUGAAUGAAGCUUUUAUAUUGACCUAACUAUAUAGACAGUCCUCUUCUCCAACACCCCCAAUUCUUAUGAGUGGUUUGGGUUUCCUUUUCAACUCGGUGUGAGGUAGAGGAGUGUGUGUGAGGGAGGAAAGCUUAUUAAAGCCAUUGGCAGUCUGAAAAUAUAUUAUAUAAUGGUCACUGGAGAGAGAAAACCUCAGGAGAAAUGGAAUACUGUGGCUUGUUCCAAGGCAGCAGGCUAGACUUAACACCAAGCCAAGCCAAUAACAUAAUUACUCCUACUUGUGGGGGGGGGGGAAUCACUGAGCUGCAUUCGCAUGUUCCCCCUCCAAUACACCACAACUGGUAAGAGCAGCAGUGCUCCAUUGCAGCUUACCUUUCCCAGUUCUCUGCUGUCAUAUGCAUACAUAUGGAGAUGGUGCAUCAUAGUAGCUUUGGUGACAGCUUUUCCAGGUGUGACUCCAGAGGCAAACCUUCUUAUUGAGCUCUACUCUACUAAGUGGAUGAACUUACUUUGUGGCAUCUUACAUAUAUUUGCAGAUUACGUGUGGAUUCAGAUGUGGGUGUAUGGUACUCUCUUGGGAUGACCUCCUUGACUCCAUCUGCAUGUUCUUGUUUUUCUGUGGUUGUUUCUUUCCUGUCCUGAUUCUUCUCUUCCCAUACUUGAAUUAUCAGAUGAUAAUUAUGUGAAGAUCAAGCAAUUUGGGAGCACCACAUUGUGGGGCAUUGGCAUAUAGAGUUUGUAGGUCCAGGUAUGGCUUUGUCUGGUCACAUAACCUAGUCAUAAUGGCAAGUCUGUUAUGCAGUAUUUUGCUAUCAGUGUGCCUGUGCACUGAUAUUAGAUACUGAAAAAUUUAUUUGCUGAUUUCUGCAGCCUCUGUUGUUGCACUUGAUCUUGCAAAGACUUGUCUGCAUGCAGAAAGGAAAUUGUUGCUGCGACUCAGCAGGUUGCAGGAGAAGGGGCAGAUCAACAGUAAAUGCAGACCAACAUUGGUACAUCUGACUGUAACCACUAGUCAUCUCAUGCUUUUCUGGAACUCAUUUUCUGCAGCAGAUUGCUAGUCUUUUGUCCCAGUUUACACCUGAAAGUUAUCCAGCCAAGUAGCCUUGGAUGGAUUUUGCAGGAAGAAGUGUGUGCCUUUAAAUGUGGGCAGAGAAGAGGAAUAGUCUCUUUAAGUUGCUUGCCAGAAAUGGCACUCAUUGGCCCAGUUCAUAUGUCUCAUUAAACUAUGGUUUAAAUUGGAGUUACACAUCUGUCAAAAGUGCAAGGGGACUCGCUGUCAGUACUGAUCAGCUGAUUGGUGGUAACAGCAAACCCUUUGGAAGUCUGUUGGAUGUCAGAAUUCAGUGAUGUCAGCCAUCACUAAGGAUGGGGAGAAUUGAGUUCAGUUCGCAUAUAAAGCCAAAUCUAUCAAAUUCACACUUUCAAAACAAUAUUCAAACUGAAACACAGCUAUCCUUCAAAAUCCAUAUUUUUCUGAAUUUUGCAAUGUAGUUGUCCAACCAACCAAUGUUUUUUUAAAAAAUGCAUAUACUGGGGGAAAGAGUAAAAUGUCCAUGCUGUUAGCCCAUGCUGUCAGGCUGCCAGACUCUUGGCUGUAUCCAACUAAUGUGUCCCACCAGUAGAAGGAUUUACGCUUGCACAAUUGAACAUUUCCCCCUCCUACUGUGUGCAGCUCAUGGUCUCCCCAAAUCAGCUCCAAAGGGUUAGAAGAUCUAGCUCCAUUCAGUCGUGCAGAGGAAAUGGUGUUCCAAUUUAAACUGUGAAGAGUUCAAAUGUGUGGCUUUGCAUCAGGAAAAAUACUUUCACCUACAAAGGAAGGUAGAGGCUUGAAAAUAUAAUCUGUACAAGCCACUGUCUUAGGGAAGUAUUUGAGUCGAGGAAGGAGGUUCUUAAUUGUUCCAUGCCACAAGAGACCCAAAUAGUCUCAUUGGCAUGGAGUGCCUUUAUCCAGCUGUGGCCAGUUCACCUACUAUAGCUGUUUCUGUUGUGUUCUAUGUAGGGAUGCCCUUGGAGACUGUUCAGAGAUUGCUGCUGAUGCAAAUCACAGCCACUCAUGGGUUUUGACUGCUCAAGACUAUAUUGCAUCGGAUCACAACGAUCUGUACUGGCUGUCUAUUUACUACCAAGCCCAAUUUGAGGUUAUGGUGUUGACAUAAAAAGUUCUGAAUGCCUUAGGACCUGGUUUCCUGUAGGACCAUCUCUCCCUCUAUGACCUGCCCAUACUCUGAGAUUUUCUGGGGCCUCUCUUGUAAUACCAUCAUCUACUGAAAUUCAUGGAUCUAUGUCUUAUCCAACAGCUAAUUUUGGCAAUGACAUCGUGGCUAUAGAACAUCCUCCACCUGAGAUGUGGCUAGCACCGCCAUUGUGCAUCUUCUGUGCCUGUUGGAAAUAUUUCUCUUUCUCUGGGCUUUCUGAAUGUGUAAAGCAUCUUCUCUGUAUUGUAGUGUGAAAAGAUGGAAUGUGCUUUUUACUGAACUGUGAUUUCUGCUUUUAAUGUGCUUUGUCUGUUUUUGUAGUUCAGUUAAUCAGUACCUGCCCAUGGAUCUUGUGAUGAAUCGUGUGAUAUGAAUAAUUAGAAUAACAAUAGCUGCUUCCAUUUUAAUCUGACCUUGGGUGCAAGCCACUGAGAAAAUCGCCUUUGCUCAGCUCAUUUCAUUUUGAUAGGGCUUGCAGGCUAGAAACAUCGGUGGAUUGUGCUCCUUGCCUUUCACAAGCAGGAAGGCAGAAACAGUGCAUAGAGAACUGAUGAUGUGCUGCAAAUACGACAACCUUGCAUUUCUUUAGAAUAUAUGGACUGUGGAGUUCAUACUUCAAUUUGUAAAGGGUCUUUGUUUGUAAAACAAAACAAAAAAACAAGAGGCAUGGAUAAUGUUGGAAAGAGCACUUGCUCUUAUUAAUUUGCCGUUUCAAAUGGCAAUAAGUGAGAAUGUCUUCCUUUGCCUCCUAUUUAUUCUCUCUUUCUCUGUCCCUCUUGCAUAUACUUUACAGUGCCUCAACCCCCUACUAUUACAAAGCAGUCUGUGAAGGAUUAUAUUGUAGAUCCGAGGGACAACAUCUUCAUUGAGUGCGAAGCAAAAGGGAACCCCACUCCCACGUGAGUGCAGUUCUAAUUUAUUUGUUAGGUUUGAAUUCCACCCAUUCAUUGUGGAGCUCAGAGUGGUAUAACCAAACAGGUGCUUAUAAUCAAAGCAAUGGCUAAGUCCACACCUGACUGUGGGUCAGAAUAGCACUGCUAUUCUGGCAGCCUUUCAUGGUGAGUGUAAGCAUGCACCGUCUCUUAAAUGCAAGGGUUUUUUGUUGAAUGGCUCAGAUGUCAUUCAUUUAAUUGCAUGUAUUGGACCACUGUAGGAAUACCCAUAGCAAAUUAUCUCUGGAGUAGUUUAGAGGAGUUUGUAUCAUAAAAGUUCUGUUAUAGCCCUGGUAACUGGAUGCCUUGCAAAAAAUGACUUGCAAAUGCCACCUGAUGGCUAUUCUGUGUAAAUUAUUUGACCACUUUAUUUCCUCUCCCAUACCAAUAACAGCAAGGAAAGUAUGCUAAUAUAUUUGCAUUAGGCUUCUCCAAGAUAGGAGAAUAGAGAAAUACAACUCAUGAAUGCAUUAAGGGUUAAUGGAUCCAAAAUAACAUGUAAAUCAUGCCGUAUUGGAUAAAGCUCUUCCUGUGCAAAGAAGGUAAUUGUCUCUUUGAUGUAACUAUUUUUAUAGAUUUUUAUGGACGCGAAAUGGAAAGUUCUUCAAUGUUGCAAAGGACCCAAGAGUAAGCAUGAGACAUUGGUCAUCAGGUACACUGGAUAUUGACUUCCGUAGUGGUGGCAGGCCAGAAGAUUAUGAAGGGGAAUUUCAGUGUUUUGCUCGGAAUGACUUGGGGACAGCCAUCUCCAACAAAAUCUUUCUGCAGGUUUCAAGUGAGUAUAAUUAUGACACUAUUAGAACCCUUAUUAUUUUAGAGCCUUAUACACUGUGUCAUUUGUGUUUGCAAGGGCUUUUUGUAUUUGAGAAUUGUUAAUGUGCAGUCUGUUAGAGUCUAGUUCCAGUGUCUAGCUAAAAAGCAUUCAAAAUUAAUACAGUGGAACCUAGAACUCGAACAACUCUGUUCUUGAAUGUUUCAGCUCUCGAAUGCCGAAAACCCGGAGGUAAGUGCUCCGGUUUUCAAACGUUCCUCAGAAUACGAAUGUCCAACGUGGCUUCUGCUGUGCAAAAACCAGCUGUCAGCCAAUAGGAAGCCACACCUCAGAACUCAGAUCGUUUCAGAAGUCAAACGGUCUUCCGGAACGGAUUAUGUUCACUGUCCAAAGUUCCACUUUACAAAAUUGCAGAAGUCACCUUCCAUCACAGCAACUCAGAGAAUCAGUGCUUUAUCUUCAUUGCCUUUCUGUAAUUUGUUAUUUAUAACACCUAAGUCACUACCUCCCUGCUUGUUCCCAAGUUAGUCACAAAUUGCCUUAUUGGUCAAGAGUGAUGUUUCUGCUCGCUUUCUUCAAUGGUUGACUUUUUUUAAAAAAACAAACACAUCCUUUAUACUAGGAUUUUUCAGGGGUGAUCCAUGGGUGAGAUUCUGAAGGAGACUCUCUGCUAGGUACCAAGGAAGUAUAUAUCUUAUUCUUGACAAUCAUAAUUUUUCUGGACACCAAAAGUGGUUUGAUAGUUCAAAACUUAAAUUCCACAGUUGUUUCUCUGAGAAAGCCAAAAUCUGCAUUCAAGUGAUAUCUUCGUAGAAAAUUAAUAUUGCAUAAGCCAGAGCAGUGUAAAGUAUAGGCUAGUAUAAAGUUGGAAUAAAUUUUGAUAUUGACAAAAGGGGAAGAGGGUUAAAUAAUGUGGAUGGAUCUUGUGUUGGGAAGAAGAUAUGUAUCCCUGUGUGUGAAAGGGGUGUGACUAUGGUUUUAGUCCCACCCACCAUUGACAUGCAGCUCCCAGAAGGUUAUGCAGCACUUGGAAUGGAAAAGGUUCCCCACCUCUGCUUUAGACGGCAGAGCCAGAUAAAGUGCAUAAAACACAAUGGGAUGGUGACUGCCCUAUGGAGCAGUUUCAAAAAUUAGCACCAUGUACCUUUAUGUACAUGGCGCUGUGGGUUAAACCACAGAGCCUAGGACUUGCCGAUCAGAAGGUCGGCAGUUCGAAUCCCCGUGACAGGGUGAGCUCCCGUUGCUCGGUCUCUGCUCCUGCCAACCUAGCAGUUCGAAAGCACGUCAAAGUGCAAGUAGAUAAAUAGGUACCGCUCCAGCGGGAAGGUAAACGGCGUUUCCGUGCACUGCUCUGGUUUGCCAGAAGUGGCUUAGUCAUGCUGGCCACAUGACCCAGAAGCUGUACGCUGGCUCCCUCGGCCAAUAAAGUGAGAUGAGCGCUGCAACCCCAGAGUCGGCCACAACUGGACCUAAUGGUCAGGGAUCCCUUUACCUUUACCUUUAUGUAUGCAUGUAAUUUCUUUUGUGACAUUUUUAUUUGCAGAGUCUCCCUUGUGGCCAAAGGAAAACUUAGACAUUCAAGAGGUUCAUGAAGGUGCUCAUCUUAUCUUGGCAUGCAAUCCCCCUCCUGGACUGCCGCCUCCGGCUAUCUUCUGGAUGAGCAGCUGUAAGUCUUCCCACUGGCUAGCAGGCUAGAACUGUACUUGGAAACUAAGAGGGUUCCCUAACAGGACAUGAGUGUAAUGGUUUAGGCUGAUCUCGGUGAUGCUACCGUUUCCCUUGUCUAUACUGACCAUUCAUGGGGCUCGGUAGUAUUAUGGCACAACUGCAAAGGAGUGACCUUUUCCGCCUUUCCACACUCUCAUGUUGUCAACGCUGAAAUGAAAAGAAUCUAGUUGUGGUACAUUCAAUAUCUGCUGCUUGUUAAUAUACAAAAGAAGAUGGAGCUUCAGCCAGACAGAGCCCACGACCUCAGCUGGGUUAUACUCCUCUAGAGCUCACCCCAGGAUCUCAUUAAGUCUCAUACAGGAUUCUGAGAUGCACUUCUCAUAUUGCACAGUGCUUCCUUAAUGCCCUUAAAAAUGCUGUUCUAAGCUAUUACUCUCAUUGCUCUGCUGUUGGGAUGUCCCUGGCUGCAGCUCUUGGAAAGAGCUGGUUUGCAUAAUAAAUUUGAGACCUACCUUAUCAAUCUAAAUAUUUCCUUUUCCAUGUGGACUGCAUGUGCAUGUGGUAAACUGACUGUGUCGGCUGGUCAUAUUUUCAAAGUAACUAGUCUUUAUAGCAGCGAGCUAUGUGGAUUUUCUCAUGUGUGUCACUGAACACUCAUAUUGUGAUACGAUUUUAUUGUUUUUAUUAUCCUUUGGGGAACUGCAUGGAAAACUGUCCUAUUGGCAGGUGGCAUAACAGUUCUAUUAACUAAGCAAGUAAGCAAAAUUGGUUCUUUGUGUUGCUUUUCACCCAUAGUAAGAAUUUGAAGUACCUAGCUUGAACUAUCGGAAAUGUCUUGAAUUGAGUUCUGCUGUCCAAGGCUAGCUGGAAGUAAUCAAUUUAUGUAUUUUCCAGGUUGCUGGGGCUAGUAGAUAAUUGCCGCUAGUUCUAUCCAUUACAAAGGUGCAGAGCAGUGAGUUCCAAUAAGAUUUAUUGUUCUUUCUUACAGCCAUGGAGUCAAUCCACCAAGACAAGCGUGUCUCCCAAGGACAGAAUGGUGACUUGUAUUUCUCCAAUGUCAUGCAGGAGGAUGCCCUGACUGACUACAGCUGUAAUGCUCGCUUUGCCUUCACCCACACCAUCCAGCAGAAAAAUCCUUAUACCCUCAAAGUCAUGACCAGUAAGUAUUUACUAUGAUCAGCUUGGCUGGAACUUCACGAACACAAUCCCUGCUGUGCUGGCAACAGUCAGAGAAACCAUCUCCUUACAAACAUGGCAGUUUUUGUAACAUUCCUUGAGUUAUGAGAGGGUAUUUUACUACAUGUUCUUAGAGGUGUGAAAAUGCUUUAUUUAACACACUGGUGCUCUGUCCUUCCUCCAAGAAGAUGAAGACAGCUUACACGAAUUUUGGAGGUUCAAAAUGCAUUUUGAAGCCAACUCUACUUAUUGGGCAUAUAGUGUCUUAUUUAUCUGUGAGGAAUGUAAACAUCAGAGACAUCAGCUGACAUAUCAACAUAACAGGUUCUAGCAUGUGUCCACAUAUUUUUCACAUACACGCAGGUCCUGCUUUCUGAAUACAAUGUGUUCCCAAGAAAUCGUUUGUUGGGUGAGUGUUCGCAUAACAAGCUGAUGAUUUCCAUUAUUUUCCUAUGGGAACAUUUCUAUUCCAUGCUUUCUCCCUCCAUGCCUCCUGCCUAAAACUGCUGCAGCCAAUCAGCAAAAGCCAAAAAAAGGGGAAAACUCUCUCCUGCCCAAAAUAGUUGCUGCCAACCAGCAAAACACAAACAAGUAAGGAAGUGGGCAAACUCCACCUGUUUGGAUAUCUGAAUCAGCCAUUUUGUAACGUGGUUUGGAUAUAAUUCUUUGUGUUUGAAUAUCUAAGAUUUUAGAUAGCAAGCAUUCUGGCAGCAGGACUUGUUUGUAUGUGCUUUUUUAAAUGAUAUACUGCUGUUUUCUCUGGUUUGGUUACUGGGUUGGAUUCAACUGAAGAGCACAUCUAUUGCAAUUAAUAGAUCUAAUUUAGUCAUGAAGAUUAAUUUCAAUGGGUCUACUCCGAGUAAAACAUAGUUGAAUGUCACCCAGUAUUUUAAAGGGGUCAUUUACUAAAUGCUUGGAUAUCUAUGAUCAAACAGCAAGUAAAUUCAAGAGAUCGUUUUUUAAAAGACCUAUCAGGUUGCUCACAUGGCUUGUUUGAUUUUUUUAGUUCAUCCUUCCCUGUUUGCAUGAACAGUGUUCCACAAUGCUCACAAAACGAUGUGUAGGCCAAUUGUGCUAAUGGAGUGUUCUAUGGCAUGUUGGAUCAUUUUAGAUAUCCUACUGUGGCCUCUUAUUGGAGUUUGUGUGGUGGUGGUGAUGUAUUUUUUAAAAAAACUUUCUUGUUUUAAAAGAUCUGUGCACAUUCCCCCUCCUUAAUGAGCCAAUAUAACCUUGUCCAGUAUUUCCAAAGUUUUAACCAUCUCAGAAUGUUUAGUAAUUUAUAAAGGAAAUGUGCAUUAGCAGUGUGCAUUGUAUUUAGCUUCAGCCAAGCCAUGUUGUCAGUCACUCCUAUUGCUUCUAGUACAAUGAGUGGCACUCGGGGCAUUUCUGGUCCACCCAGGAUGUCACUGAUGCAUGCUUUGAGGUAAGCGGCGCUGGGCACACCGGCAAACAUCACUGCCAGCCCACUUUGCAUGGCAUCAACUAUGGAUCUAUUCCCCAUAGAAGUCAACAGGUCGCACUUGGAACUGUGUAAGGAGAGAGCGAAGUGAACUUGCUGCUUACUUUCUCAUUUAUUAUAUUUGAAUCCUCACUGAUUUGAAUGUUCUUCUAUUCCAGUGACAGGUGUGUCCCCCAGCUUAAAGUCAAAAUCAUCCCCUGCUUCUUCUUUUCUUCUUCUUGCCCAGCUUCUUAUUACUGCUUGCUUAGGUCUGGGGAUGUCUUUUGAGGGCAUGCUUCACUCUGAUUGCAAUGACAUCUGAAUUAUUUAGACCAUUGUAUGCCAAAUGGGGUGGGGAGAACAUGAAAACAUGGAGGCCAGAAGCAUGCGCCAUACCCACAGUCAACCCAAAAGACACACAGAAGAGGGCUGAAUUAUUGAUAAUAAUAAGCAUUCUCUAACAGUCUCCAUGGGUAGAAUGUCCUGCAGAGCGGAAGCAACUGCAUUGGCAUCUUCUGCCUACUUUCAGGAUGACCUCAGUUUCAACCCAUCAAAGAGCAUCUUCUCUAAGGAUGGAGGGAAGAGCAUGAUUAUAUUUCAUUCUUGCUAUUUUAAUAAGCGAGGGGGGAAUAGAGAUCAGCAGGCUACAAACUAACAUUCUUCUUAACCCUCUACUGACUGCAACAUUGUUUUGCUGCUGCAGCAACAUUUGCAAAUUGAACAGACCAUAUCAAACUUGGAACAUUUGAAUUGCCUCUCAUGAAAUUGAUAUAUAUUAAAGGAGCAAGGAGGAGAGAUGGCAGCAUACUAAUUCUAGGACAGGGAAUAUCUUAAAUGAUUGAAAGACACUGACUUGCUGGUGGGAUACAUCUCACUUCUCAUUCAUUUUAUUUAGAGUAUAUUUACUUACUUACUUACUUACUCACUCACUAUUUUAGUGAAGGAAAGUUUGGAGCCAUUCCUGACCCUAUUAAGUGUUACAGUCUUGAGAGCGUAGAGGAGAAGAUUACUAUAAACUCCAGCCUACAAAAGUAGCCUCUCAAUGUGGCUACACAACUAGAUGCCAAAUAACAUAGAACAAUAAUAAAGGACUAAAUCUAUUCAUCUGUAAGAAAGAAGAGGUGUGUGCUUCUUUGACGAAUGUUUUCUUUGUUUCUAAGAAAAGGAAACCAAGGAUUAAUGGACUUGGGAAACAUACAAAUAUAACAAGAGAAAUAUAUAACUGAACUGAAAUAUUCAUUGGGAUGUUUGAAUUCAGUGACAUCAGCUAUCACUAGGAAUAGUGUGGAAUUCAAUUCAGUUAGCAUUUAAAGCUGAAUCUCUCUAAUUUGCACUUUCUGAAACAAUAUGAAGACUGAAACACAACCAUCCCUCAAAAUUUGCACUCAUCUGAAUUUAGUGAUGUAGUUCACCAACAGUGUUUACAAAAAUGUAUAUAUUAGGGGGAAGUGUGCAUAAAAAUCAAUAUAUUCAUCAAAAUAAUAUAGAGAAAUGCAUUAUAUUAGGGAAAUUGCUUGCAAAAAUGUGUUAGGAUGCUGGGCAAUUUUUGUGAGGAUUUCCUCUAGAAAUCUGUCAAUAGGUGCAAAAAAUUGGAGAACUGAAUUUAGGAAUAGGAAAAUGAGAAAACCAAAGUUUGCAGAUCCUUCCUUCAUUAGUCAUCACUACAGCCAAUUGGUACUAAUCAGCCCAGUUUUUAAGUGGCAUUUAGGAAGGCAUGCAUACUCCUUAGUCUGUCGUAUCAGCUCUGUAUGAGGAUAUGGCCUUUUGUACUUAAUUCCUAGAGACAUGUCAAUUGAAGUUAAGAACCACAAUGCUCUUUUGGCCUUGCCUAGGCCUCUCUUCCUCUCUCUCAGGGCAUUAAGCCUUAACCUCUGUUACUUUUGAAACUGCUGCCAUGAAACCCUAGCAGAAGAGAUGUGUUUUUGUGCUAGCAGUUGAUUGUGAGGUUGCAAACACUUGGAACUUUCCGGAUCUCUCCCUUCAGGGCUGGAUAGACUAUGAGGCAAUUGAUGCAUUUGUCUUGGAUUCUGUCCUUGCAAGGGUUGUCAAGCAGCAGCUGGAUAUCUCCAGUGCUGGACACUCUAGUCAUGGAGGGAAAUGAGUACAGAACCUGGUAAGCUGGGAGGUGUCACUGAAGUAGAUUCCUCUGCAGGCAGAAAGAUAAUAGGAACCUACUUUAUAUCCAAUCUAUUUGUCCAUCUAGAUCAGUAUUGUUUACCAACUGCCAGCAGCUCUUCAAGGUCUCAGGGAGAAGGAGGUUUUUCUGUCAUCUGUUAAAUGGAGCUGCCAGGGUUUGAACGUAGGCCGUCUGCAUGCAAAGCAGAUGUUCUACACUGAGAUGCAGUCAUUCCCCUUUUCCUUCCCUAGCAUGAAUGGAAACAAUAAACUAUAUGAGCCAUGGCUUAGCAUUAUGUCCAGACCAGGGAUCAUGGUUCGUUUUGCCCCAAACAUACCACAAUCUGAAGUUAAGUUUUCUUCUUAGCUUCCAGAUUUGUUUGAGCAAAACAAAGUGCAAUCUCAGUUUCAGCUAUAACAUUAAAAUGAGGAUUUUAAUUUGUUGCAUCCACUCACACUAGAGGAGGAAAGCUCAUGGCAUGCCAUUAAUUAUGGCUUUCCAUGACUGGAAAACAAGACCUUGGUGUUAAUGCUAUAUAGCAGGCAUAGGGAAUAUUCAGGCUGCAGGCCUAUUUAGGCCCAGCAUGGGUCCCAAUUUGGCCAUUUCCCAAGACCGGCUGUACUACAAAUGAAAAAUGGGUCACGACAUCAUAGUGAUGUCAAGUGACUGAAAAGUGGCAUGGAUCCCACCUACCCAGAAGUGAUCCAUGCAGCAGUGUAGAUGGAGUCCUGCUGCUCUUCCAGCUUCUGAACACAGCUCACCGCCUUCUGUGUUAGAAGCCAUGCUUAAUUGAUGGCCCUGCAGGCAGGUUUUCUCCUGUCACCUAUUGAUCUAAGGGAAGAAUGUUGAAACAAAGGAACUAGAGGAAUGUCAAGAUCUUGUUACUAACACAUAAAACCUUGAACAACUUGGGACUAGGUUAUCUGAAGGACUGCCUGUCCCUAAAAAGACCUGUACGAUCAUGUGGAUCAUCUGGUAAAAGUUUACUUGUAACACCACACCGUAAAGAAUUAUCACUUGGAUAUUUUCUGCCCUCCGCCGUACCCUUCCUUUUGCCCAACAGUUGCUUCAGAUAUCUUGUACAAUGCAUCUUCCACCCUUGCUUUCCCUGGACUUUGUUGUUGCUAAGUUUCUGUUUUUAUGAUACCACUUAAGAAAUGUAAAUAUUAAACAGUUUAGACAAAUAGAGUUUGCAGUAAGUUGUAUGUAAUGGGUAACCCUUAAUUUGUAUGCUAUGGUUGCCUUUGCCCUUUACCUAGUGACCCCUAGGUUACAAGUGGCUCCUUGGAAGGCUCAUUAAGAGUACUGUAUGUCUCCAGCCAUUUUGUUCUUACAUAUUCACUUGGAAACUGUGUGCACAUUUCCUUCCUAGAGACCCUUUCAAUAGAGGACCACUUUCUUCCUGUAUGUAAAAUAGAUUUCAUCUUAUGUUCAAAGGAACUGAACUGCCUUUCUGUGUGGCACGUUGUUCGGUGAUUUGUUUUUGUUUCAAAUCUGGAUACUUGUUCAGUAUUUUGUUUUGUAUAAGUGCUCAAUCCACAAAAGUUAUUGCUUUGCUAUGAUGAUUAAUUUUCUCAUCUGAAAGGGAAGUAAAGAGGCUGUAAUGCUAGACACACUAACUUGAAAUCAGCAGUAUUUACUUCCAAAUGUGUUGAGGAUUAGGACAUUGAUCUUCUUUUGGAAAUACAGAAUAGUAGUCAUUCUACUUCUUACCAAGCCUAGUUUAGACAAAAUAGACUUGGGUUGUCCUAAUCCUUAAAAAACUAGUGGCCUUUUUCACACAUCACAGUGAGCCAUAAACUAUGGCUUACUGUGAACAGACAGUAUCCUUGUGGACACUGCCAGAUCAUUUUUGUUUUGCACCACCACCUAGCAGGAGCAGGAACAACCACAGUCCUUGGUUUACCAUGUUGUCCAAAUCAGGUUUGUGGCUUGUUUCUCUCUAAAUGCACAAUGAUCAGCAAGCCAAGAAUAAACCUUGGUUUCCAGAUGUGGUUUGCUUAUGGGGAAACAAGCCACAAUUAUAGGUUUUGGCAGCUCCAAGGAGGCAUGUUUGUUGCUCCUGACAGAGGUGGAACGAAGUGGGAAGGAUCUGGCAGAGUGUGUUAUUGUGCUGUUUGUUCAUGGUAAGACGUGGUUUAUGGAAGGGGUUGCUAAUCUGUGGCUCUCCAGACAUUGUAGACUCCAACUCUCAUCCCCAGCCAGCUUGUCGAGACAUCAGGGAUGAUGAACGUUGUAGUCUAAUAAUAUCUAGAGGACAACAAUUUAGCCACCCCUAGUUUAAGGGUUAGCAUGAUGAGCAAACAAAGCCCAUGAGUGUAGCCUUAAUGUUUAAGAUUAAAGCAGAUUACCCCUUUAAAAAACCCUCAUUUUUUCCUAAUGUAAGUGGUCGCUUUUGUGUUCAAACGUACUUUGCUUUUCAAAGUGUCCUAGGUCCUUAUUUACCUACAUGGUUUUUAGUAUGAUGUGGUAUGCUGUCAGACUUAAACCUGACAAUUUUAGCAAAUCUAAGACUAAUAAAGGUGGUUUAAAAUAUAUGGCCAUUUUUUUCUUAUGUAAUUUCUUAUGUAAAUCCUAAAUGGAGUCAUGGAAUUUCAUGAAAUGGGUGGUAUGGGUUUGGAGAGCGACAUCGGUGAGGUACAUUAAAGUUUCUCUGCAUUUAUGCCAUUUUCAGUGUUAUAGUAAUGAAGACUUACAAGUAGUCUCCCACACACCCACCUUGUAAUUAGGUGAAUGAGGGCACAAUAGUUGGGGUGCUUCAGCAGGUCUAAGUGUCCAUUUUGAGGAUAAUAUAUACCAAGACAUGCUUUGCGGGAUGCUGGUGCUCAGCUGCAUUGUCGUAAUCCAGUUGUUAUUUUUUUUAAAUGCUGUCCCGUAACUUUUGUGGGUUUAUCUGCAAGCCUACUGCUGCUAUUGGAUUAUUUCUAAUGUGCUUAUCGCUUUGCAUUUUUAAAAGAUGAAAGGCAGUUCAUUCUAAUAAUGCUUCCAUGAUCUAUUAAAACCCCAGUUGUUUAUCUUAUACUUUUAUAACUUGUUUUUUCAUUGUUAAAGCUGAAAGUAAUCCAUCUUGUACCCUUGGAACAAAUAUUAGGAAUGCAUUCUUUAUCUUUUUUCUUUUUACAAAUCUGAUGACAAACUAAUUGUUCUUCCCAAAAGUAGAGCUGGAUGUUAACAAAGUUAUUGAUAAUAAUAAUUAAAAUGUUUUGAUUAUUUCCUGGCAUUUUAAAAGUCAAACUUAAAAAUCCAUAUGUUUCUGGAACGCAUCUGAACAUAUUUGAUUUUGUGUUAAUGCGUGUUGGGUUUUUUUAGUUCAUAAUUUUGCAUUUCAUAGAAAAAAGCCGUCUUCUUCAAUUGCUGCCUUCCGUUGCUGUGUUCUUUGUUUCUUUCCAAAUUGUGUUGAAGGUUUUUUUUGGAUGUUAUGUGUAUGUCAUUGCCUCUUUUUUUAUUUUGCUUUUUGCUUUUUUAUAAUUUCUGUUGUGUGUGUGUGUGUGUUCUUUUCCUUUUGUACACCUCUUCUCCAUUUCGUCUUUUGUUACUCAGUGCAUGCUUUGUUGCCUUUGGUACGCUCACGUUCUUUUGUUUAUUACAGAGCAUCCCCAUAAUGAAACGUCCUUUCGAAAUCACACUGACAUAUACAGUGGUGAGUCAAUACUGACUUCUGGAGAACUUCACGUUCUAACUCCUCUGUACCUAACCUGACUUACUAUUGUGUUAAUAACACUUUUUGGUCGGUCAGUGAAAACAAGGCAAUUUCAUGGACAUAUUAAACUUUUCCUAUAUAUUUUACAUGUCUCCCAUCUUGAGUACUCGGACUCCACAAAUUGCACUUGUUUAGUCUGUAGCACCUGAAAUGUGUCUCCAUUUAAUGGUAGCUGUUGGCAAUGAUGCUGGUAAUGUCUUCAAAUCAGUUCAUACAUGUGAUGUUGCACUUUAUUCAUGUGGUGUUAAAUGGAUUACUUUUGUACUGUAUAUAUGUUUUUAAAAAUUACCCUGUCCAGUCUGAGUUUUUAAAAAUCACAUGUGGUAGUCAAAUUCUGUUAAUCUAAACCUCGUUGUUUAGAUAGCACGGAUCAAUACCUAGCUGCGAAGACAACAGCUCUCCAACAAAGUUUUACUGAAUACACACAGACGAUGAGAUCUACACAUAAAAAAUAAUGUGCCUUUUUCCUCAGUCCAUUUAAAAGAAAUGUCUAUAAUAUUUAUGAUUGUCAGUAGUCGAUGAUAAAAAAACCAUUUGAUUUUUCCUUCAUGAUUGAUAAUCUAUGUAAUUUUGUAUGUAAUGUUGCAUUUUUUUAAUGCUUCCAAAGAUUAUUUGUUCUUUCAUCUUUGUCUAAGUGAAGAAUACUUCCUCAGGAGAAUGUAACACUAGGAGAAGCCUGAAUUAUAAAUUGUGCUUUAGAUAUACAAUCGCUUGGCUCCCUGGGGGCCCUGAAUCAUUCUUCUGCGGUAUACUGAAAGUUGUGUGCAAAUGGUGUGAUAAUGUAAACAAUUGUAGGGGGAUUAACUUCAGUGGAAGGGGAAGAGAGUUUGCAGAAAAUAGAAACAAAGUACUUUUUGUUUGCAAUAGAUUAGAAAUGGACGUGUAUUAGUUUAUAGUGAAAUAAAUUGUGCACACAGGCAUAAUCUCAGUUAGUUGCAAAUAAUAGUUUGUGAACUUGCUUUUAUUUUAAAGAAAAACAUUUGAGAGUUGUGCAUCUCUCUGCUUUGGAAGUGCCUAUCUAGCUAUCUAGCUCUCUGUAGCAUCAGACAACAAAGAGAAAAAGAAAAAGGACGAUAGUCCCACUUCACAGAACACAGUAACACAAACAUCCAGUCUCCGUCACUUCCCAUUUUGUGGAGUUAAAACAUAUACCAUCAUGUGAUAGACAAAAAUCCCAUGACUGCAAUCAUGGAGCAGGAAUUCUAACAAUUUCUGCCCCAUCCAACUUGUGUUUUGUGUACAUUUCAUUUGAUUUCUUUUCUCAUUGUUUGGAGACUGUGUGCUCCGCAGUUGCCACAUGUGUGCCCUCAGAGGCUUACCCUGUUAUCUAUUGGGUACCCUACCAUCGUCUCUCCCCUCUCUGAAAUUAGGCUUGAAAGAAUUUGUUCUGUUGUAGGCAGUGAGACAGAUUGCCUCUCUGAUCAAGCAAUCUGAGUUGCAAAACAUGGAUCUUCCUGUCCCCAUCCUCCUCCUAAACCUGGCUUUAGCAGCCGCUUGCUUUUGUGUGGAACAGGUUUUCCACUCCAAGCCUACCUUUUUAAUUCUCUUGAGAUUAAUCCAUUUCUGUAGGUUGCUAGAACCACCAACCAUCUAUUGGGGACAUGGGUGUAUACUUCUUACUUAGUACUCUAAAAUGGAGCAGCAUGCAUUUUCCUACUUCCUGGUUGGUUGGUUGGUUGGUUGGUUUGUAUUACAUUUAUAUCCCACCUUUCUUUCUUCUUUUCCUUUGGAUUUUGGUGUUGCAUUUUUACAUUGACAGGCCAAUUUGGGUGUACAGGCCCCCUAACAUGAAGGCUGUCAAUUCCUCAGGGGGCUGAAAACUCCAGAUAUCCUGAUUGAUUGAAGGGCCCCUGAUCCAAGAGUUUCUGGCUUGGGCUUGGUCAUGAUGCUGAUCAGUUUACAGCAUCUCUAUCUCCAGUGCCACUAGUCCAAGUUGAGAGUCAGAGCCCAUACUUAUGCUUAGGAUAGCGAUCCUGCUACAUUUGCUAGGUGUCUGCUAUAGUCGUCUUCGUUAUUUUGUUAAGUGUAGCUUUCUCAACAGGGUUUUUUCUGUUUCCUUAAUCCACCUCACCUGUCUGAAUUAAAGUUUAAUCCAAUAAUAAAUAGUUCAGAUUGAUUUUUAAUAGUCUUCUAAAUUAUAUUUUGAGAAUAGUAUCUGCCUGUAGAUCAACUAUUGUUUUGAACUGCUUUGAGAGCCAAUUUUGUUGAAAAUCAGUAUACAAAUAUAGUAGAUAAAUAGUGAAGAACAGCCCAAACUUGAACACUGUUUCCAUUAAGGUUGUUAGCACUCCUUCAUUAGCUUCUAAUUGGGCUGUCUGGAUGUAGACUGGCCAGAGUAAGAUCUAAAAGAUCAAACAGUGUAAUGCUAUGGUGUCUGAAUAAAGGAUGUAAAUUUUGUAUCGUAAAACAUGGCUGAUGAUUUGAAGUGAAGAAUAUGCUACAAUGUGAAAAGUCUUAAGAACAUAGCUACCAUAUAAAGUAUGGAUAGGCUGGUUUUGUAGUAGCAAAAACUGCCAUGGGACUACUCUAGCAAGCUUGCUUCUCAUGUUUGGAAGCAAGUUUAACUGAAAUCAAUCAUUUGUGUUUAGAACUUCUUCUUUUAACCCUCGCCCCUCCCUGCAAAGUGCCUGCAGCACAGUAUGUUCUAAGUAAAUGGAAGAGUCACAAGAAAUGUUCCUUUAAUUAGAAUCAGGGAUGCCCUUGAGAUGCCCAUAGAGGACAGCUGUUGAAAAGGAAGCCACAAUUUACUGAAGAAUAGUGAUGGUUACAUGAUGCAGACUCGAGCGUUCCCAUGGCAAAAGAAGGUAGUUGUUGUGCACCUAGCAUAGAAAAUCUUUAUUAUGCCAGAUCUACUUUAAUCUCUCUGGCUGAAAAAUUGACAAAGCAUGCUUAAUUUCCAAGAACAUUUUUGAUGUGAACAUAAGAUCUGUGCUGGAUCAGACCAAAGUCCAGCACCCAGUUCCCUAAGCGGCCAACCAAAUGCCUCCAGAAAACCUAUAAGUAGGGCAUGAAGGCUAUAGCUCCCUCCUAAUGUUCCACCUCCACUGUCAGAGGCAGUAUGCCUCUGAUUACCAGUUGCUGGGAAUCAUAGGUGGACCGAGGGCUGUUGCAUACAGGUCCUGCUUGUGUGCUUUCCACAGGCAUUUGGAUGGCCACUUUGAGAACACGAUUCUUCCCUCUAGCCUGAUCCUUCAAGGUUCAUGUUUGUAUGUUCUUAGUCCCCAACAACUGGUAUUCAGUUACAUGCUGCCUCUGAAUCUGGAGGUUGCAUAUGAGCAUCAUGACCAGUAGGCAGAACCUCAGUGAAUUUUUCGAGAUCACCUUCCAAAGCUAUCAAAGAUGGUGACCAUUGCUUCAUCUUGCAGCAUGGAUUCCAUAAAGGGCCAGAUUUUUUGCAUGGAUGUUGGAGAAAGUCAAACCAGCACCAGUCUGGCAAAUAGAUCAGGAAGUAGCGCUAGAAAUUGGACUGGUACUUAUCAGGCUCUGUGACACCCUGAAAGCUCAUCUAUAGCAUCUGAACAUUGUUCAUGGCUGUGUCAACAUUCUUUUUCAUAUUAAAUAAGGCUCACCUAAGCUCAUAAGUGUGUGCAUUUUUUGAGCUCUACUGUGGGGCACUGAUAAUGUCCAGGUCAAGCUUCAAGUUUGAAAAUUAGGCAUGAGAUGCUUUUUCCUACAGAGAGAAUUUUACACCCAGCUGCAUCAGUGAAUCACUGAACUCCUCAAGGCCUGGUUCAUAUGAGGAAAAGAAAUUCACAUUAGCUCAGUGUGUAUGAAUCGAACUGUAGUCUAAGUGGGUGAGAGACAUGAUAGAGGAUGUUUUUGCAGACACCUAAAUGUCUGGAACAGUGAUUCCUAGAGGAGGUAGCAUAACAUGCUAGUGAGAGAGACCAAAGCUAUAGUGGGGCAGUGUGAGUGGGGCUGCAUUACUGGCCUGGCUUCCCAAUGCCAUGUGUUUCUGUCAAUUGAGAGGGGAGGUUGGCUCUGAUGCUGUGAUUGCACCGCACCAAUCUGACAUUCCUGCGCCAAGCUCCCCACUGCCUUGUCCCCUCCCUCUCUGUAACCAGCAGUGACAGGCAGCAUUGGGAUGCCAUGCUCACACCACACUACCAGCCGCUACUGAACCAAGGUGCAGCUUGAAGUUAGGACACUUGGUUAGAUGCUUCUAUUGUUCAGUGCUCAUUGGAAUGUACCGGCCCAAUGCAGUAGUACUGAUUUUCCCUUCCCCGUGCCAGUAUUUAGACAGUACCAUCAUUUGAAGGGAGACCAAGGACGCACUAGGAUUCCCUCAUGUAGCCUAUGAAGUGGCACACAGGAGAUCUUAACGACUGCUGUUUCCCACACAGUAUGGUUCCAUACCUGAGCUCUGAGUGACUGGACUUAGGGAAGGGUGAGACCAUUGGGAAUGAUAAUAACUGUGCUAUCCUCCAGUUCCAAGAAGGAUGCCUGCUGCCUGACCUGGGGACUAAUUGAGAAAUGUGCUCUCUUUCUCUCUCUGUCUUUGGGUGUAAGAGUGAAGUAUUUCCAUUUUAAUCCAGAAAAAUGCUGACCUAGUAUCAAAUAUUUGAGCUACACCAUCAAAAGUAUUUUUUUUAUUAAAAUAAAUUGUAAUAUAGAAAAUUAAAUUAGGAGCUUUGUUCCUUGAUAUUGUUCAUACUCUAUUCCUUACUUUUCUAGCUUUCUUAGAAUAAUUUUACUCCUAGGAGCAUAUUAAUAAGGCGGAAGCUUGAAAUUUAGUAAUGUAUAAUCUUUUCCUGUUACACAUUUGUAAAUCCGAUUAAGGGGAUUAUGUCAAAUGCACAACUCUGCGCCUCCUGCAUGGUGUGAUAGAUGCAAAGCUGGUGCCCAGCUGAACUCCAUUAUUUCAGUGUUACAGGGUCUGUUUCAGCAACCAGGACAGAUUCACAGGGAACUCACAGAAACAAAAGUGUUGUGUGCACAGGGCAGAAGAGAUUGGAGCAGAGAUAUUAUGAUUAUGUGGCAGUAUGAGUACCCUACGGUAAACUUGGUGUUGUAUCAUUAUGGUAACCACUGGCCUUAAACAAGCCAGAGGCAGGAUUUUCUAGCAGAGCAGUUCUUCCUAGAGCUGGAUAUACUGUGUUACUUUGUGCCUUGGUCUUAAGAUGGCCAUGGAGCUGAGUUGACCUGUAAUUUGUUGACCACCACUGUGGUUUGAUGUUGCUCAACUGCACUGGGAUAAAAAAAAAGAGGCGGGGGACACAGUUGGUAAACAGGACUAGCUUCAGUUGUGCAGUGGUUCAGCAGCCUCAGUGGUGCAAUUUUAUUAUUUGAAUUGCAUCUGGAAGAAUGUGUUAGCUCCAAUGGUGCCCUUCCUCAUGUGGAAGGGGUUUGCUGCUCAUAGAAGGACAGUCUUAUUCUACUGUAGUGCUGCUCAAUAAAAGUGAAAUACUGUUCCACUUGUGCAUCCUCUAGCAAAAGGAGAAAAGCAUGUGGACUGUUCUAGAACCUACCUACCUGUUAUACCACAGGUGCAAGCUCUUCCACAAGCAUUUGAGGAAAAGCACUUCAACCUGGUGGUGGUGGUGGUGUUUUAAUGGUGUGUUAAUAUUCAAAGGAUUAAAAGAGUAAAUUAUCCCAGUUGUCCAAGACACAUCCUGCAUGUACAUGACAAUUAUAUUCUAUGUGUUUGCGUCAAUGAUCACACUACAGCUGUUCUAUCUGAAGAUGGUCAGCAUAAUGAACUGUUAGCAUCUCUUCCACAGGCUCCUUGGAAAUAAGUAAGGGUUUGCACAACAGCAACAUUCGUUCUUGGUGAAAUUCCCAUUUGUUUCAAAGAAGCUUAUGCCAGAGAUGUUCCUGGUGAACUGUGCCUCUUUUUUUUUUUUGUAAGCUUUGGUUUGUGAGCGGACAUUUUGUUACUGGAGAUUUACAUUAGAGAUUCCAAGCAUAGCAGCCAUUACAUAGGAAUUUAGGAAACUGCCUUAUACUGAGGUGGACCAUUGGUCCACCCAGCUUAGAACUCCCUGGGCUGACCCUGUGCUCUCCAGGGCUUUAGAAAGGGGUCUUUCCCAGAGAUCCCUGGAGAUGCCAGGGAUUGAACCAAGUCUCGUCUGUAUGCAAAGCAAGUGGUCAGUGAAGCAAUCUGAAAUAUGUCUUGUAACUGCUAUCAGUUAUUUACUUUGUAGUGAUAUGCUGCUAACCAAAUAAUUAAUUAACUACAUGCUUGCAUAUAUAUUGUCAUUUCAUAUGUUGCUGCUGUGGCUUGUGAACAAGCCUGGAAGUUUGAAUUGCGGGUUUUCCUAAUGAAGUCCUUAGGCUCAGCCUGCAGGUGAACUUAAUUUUGCGGACGUUUAUCAUUGACCCUACAUUCCUUUCCUGCCUAUACAUAUGAGAGAUCUUCAGCACCCAUGCCCGUAAACAGAACAUAGCCUCUUGCUGAACUGCUGGUUCAGGAUGGAGUUUUCAUCAGUGUAGUAGAAAUAUUUGUCUAAACCAAUUCAUUCAGUACAUGUCUUACAUUGCAGCAUCCAUUUAUCUUAGUCCAGUAGCUCCAGUCCAUAAUUUGCUUCCUCUUUUAGCCUUGAAUAUCUCUUGGCCAAUGCCAGACAUUUACCUCAUUUAACACCACUGUUAACGUGGCUUCAUCAAGCUGGAAAAUAACCUGCUUUUUUGUUGUUGUUGCCUCUGUUGCUUUCAGCCUAUCACGUCUCCUUUGCCCACGUCUAUGUUUUAUGCAUGUGGUUAGUCUGUUUCCUUUGCAGACUUCUUUCAUGCAUUUAUGGAAAACUGUUGUGGUGGUUUUUUUAUCAGUCUUCCAUGUACUUUUUUGGUUUCUGUGUUUUAACAUUUCCAUGGUGCUUGUCUUAUCAGUCAUCUUGCCUUAAACGUUUGCUCCCCUUCUUUAUAGGCUGUGUGUGUCAUCAUCUAUGGAAAUCUCCAGUUCCUGAAAGUGAUGUCCCCACACUGAGUAGCACAGAAUAACUAUGUUAUUAUUAUUAUUGUGAUAAUGUCUUGUGACACCAUUCAUUAGCACAGAUUGUAAUGUCAUCAUGCUACUGGGUUAAUUUUCAUUUAAAUGCGCAGAUGUCUUGUGUUGCACUAUUGCUUGCCUGGUGCAGAAAAGAGCUCUGUCUAUGUACUGUGUUUUUACAUCCUAUGUGAGCAGCCUUCUUGUAUUUAUAUCUAUUCUGGGGAGGGUGCUGGUUUGUUCUUUUCUUGUUUUUAUUAUGUAUUUGUUGCUUUUAUCUUGUAUUUUUAUGCUGCAAACAGCCAUGAAAUCUACAGAUGAAGGGUAGUAUAAAAAAACAAAUAAUAAUUUUAAUUUUAAUAUUAUAUCUCAUAUUGCCACCCUCCAGACCUCUCAUGGAGGAGGCACACGAAGAAGGGUCUUGGAUUAUGAGGCCCUGUAGAUAUUGAAAUAUUUCACUACUAUGUUAUUUUCAUUCCUAUCCAACUGAAAUUUAUGCGCUCUUUCUUAGUAGGCAACACUAUUAUGUUCAGAAGAGAAAAUUUGUGUAUUUUGUACGGGAGUCAUUUGUAACCCAAACUAGCCCAUUACAAAAUAAAUCUAUUUUUGAGAGAUACAGGAGUGGUAAAUCGCAGAAAGUAAUUAUAGAGGAUAGAAGUAAUUUAGUGCAUAAGAUCUAAACUCUGUGUUUGUCACAUUUAUUUUUUUUUCCCCCAGAACAUCCCUAAUUAGUUCUAGCAAAUUCACCAGACUGAAAUUGAUAAUGUAGAAAUGACAAUCAUUCUGUAUUUGCUCUCAAGUAGAAACAACAGUCCAGCUACAUUUAUCCUUGUCAAGGCCCAUUGACUACAGUGAAAUAAUUUAUUUUGAAGAGAAAUGGAAAUCUAUAAUUUUACAAGAGCUGCUUUUCAGAGUCAAAGCAUGUACAUUGUUAAAUGCAAAAUCUUACUUAAAUUGACGUGUUCUUGCUAUGAAUAAAGUGAUCCGUCAGGAACAUCACCAUUCCUUCUUGCCAUUCCCUGCUCCUUCUUUCCCUUGUCUGUUAUUUCCAUUUCAAUUUAUCAUUUCAGCAUCUGCCUCAACCUCUACAAAGACUUCCCCAUCAAGUCUGUGGGGUUGGAAAGACUCUGAUUUUCUGUGCCUCUUGAUAUGUUUACAUCCUGUCUCCUGCUGUUGGUUGUCUUUCAUUUCCAGUCGCUCUGUAGAGAAGAAGGAUUUACAAGUGUGUAUUUUUCCCCCUUAUGUCCUGAUUUCAGCCCGAGGUAUCACAGAAAGGCACCCCAGCUUCAUGUACCCCAUUGGGACUUCAAGCAAUCAGAUGGUGCUGAGAGGGGAGGACCUCUUGCUGGAAUGCAUUGCCUCGGGAGUGUACGUACCACUUGGGAUCAGGGGAACCAUGGUGUGUCACAUACGUCUCUAUCCUCCUGGUCUAGAUCUUAUGUUUCCUGCAGAUUUUCAUGGGGGUAAAAUCACAGCUGACUGUUGAUUCCUCCUUAUUGGAGUGUUAGCAAAUAGCAUCUCCUUUAAGGAUGUGAAAUAACGUGGCUCCAAUGGGAAACUAAAAUCCAUUCAUUUUAAUGGGAUGUGGCUUGACUGUUGUUAACAUCAACAGUAAUAUCUAUGGUUAUGAGAGCUUUUCAAGAGCAGUACAGGGAUAAUAUAUGGCGGGGGUGGCCAACUCCCAAGAGACUGUGAUCUACUCACAGUUAUAAACUGGCAGGAAGGAAAGCCCUGUUUUGGGGGGUUCAGGUCAAAGUUGUUCAGCUUUUUUUUUAGGGGAGCCAAAGUUGUUCAGCUUCUUGGGGGGGGGGAGCCAGUGAUCUGCCACAGGCGUCCAGUGAUCUACCAGUAGAGAUCAGUGAUCACAGUUUAUACUGCCAACAUUAACUCCUGUAACUACAAAAUAGUGAUUAUCAGUAGGAAGCUUCAUUCAAGCAAUUUACAUGACCCAUAAGCCAGAUUCAAUAUUUAUUAUACAACUAACAGGUGCCAUCAGUGCAAGGAUGGGCAAUGGCACUUCCCCCUUCUCCUCCCCCAUGCCACCCCAUAUCUGUCCCAGGGAUUCCCCCUCCAGAACAGAGUGGGGGGGAGUAUGCAGUGGGGAAGGAGAGAAGGGGAAAGUUUUGUUGUACAAAGAUAAAUCCUUGCACUGACACCACACAUUAGUUGGAUACCACCCAUAAUUGCCUAUUCUCAAGUGUCAAUGGCUUACAAGGCUCUCUCAGACCAAAGUCUUUCUGUGAACUGCUCCCUGAAAUAUUAUUACCACAGAAACCAGGGGUUUAACACAGAAUCUUGUACGUGCAUGUUCUUAAGCAUUAAAUCAUUGGUUUUCUUCAGUGAAGGUACAUCCUCACAACCUCCUUGGCAAUGCUUGUCUGGGAUUUUGAGAGAAUGCUAAGUGAGAACCCCAGCUUUAAAUUAAGAAGCUGGGCUGCAGGGAAUUCCUUUAUAGUGUACAUUUCAUGUUGGGAGAGGCUUCAUGUCAAACCCUGUUCUCCUCUUUCCUGUAGCCCAACACCAGACAUCGUGUGGCACAAGAAAGGAGGUGAUCUCCCAGCAGGCAGGACCAAGCUGGAGAACUUCAACAAGGCUCUUCAUAUUGCCAAUGUUUCUGAGGAAGAUUCUGGGGAAUACUUCUGCUUAGCUUCCAACAAAGUGGGAACUAGCCGCCACACAAUCUCGGUGAGAGUGAAGGGUACGUCAUAUUUACUAUACCAUUCUUAUUCCUUUGCCAAUUAGCAAAUCAAAAGGCACCUGGGAGGGAUUUAUGGAGAACAGAGUAUUCUGUCCUAGAAGGAUGGGAUCAGGCUAACCUGGGAAAUCUUCCUCUGUAGUAACCAAAGAUAAGAAAUAUUUCAUUCAUACACACCCUUCUAGCUAAACUAUUGAAAUCCUCUGCCAUCUAAGCUUGUGGCUCAUAUAUCUUCCUUGUACUUAGCAGAAGAGAGCAUAAGCCUGUCAUUGCUGGCUUGGUUUUAUGGGAAAUGUUCAGGAAGUAUUUUUCUUAAACUGCAUGAAGCCUGUUGCUGAAAUAAGAGCUAUUUAUCUAUCUGCCACAUUUAUAUGCCACCCAAUAACAGCGUUCUCUGAUUAACACGAGCGGCAGGUUAUGGGUUGAAACUGUACUACUUGAAGGUUAUGUGUUGAAACUGGACUGCAGGUGGGAGAUUUCAGGAUGGAAUGUUCUUGCAUUAUUUUUUUUAAAAAAAACACCUGCAUGCUGAAAACCAGAUGUCAAGGGAAAGGACUCAAGAUAACUCUUAUUUCUCACAUGCUUGAUAUAUGUUCCUAGGAAUAUUUAUUCCAUAGAUGAGCAUUCAGACUUAAUACACCUAGUCAUUAAUAUCAUUAGGGAGAAUACAUCCCCUAUACAACAUUCUGUCAUUAUGAGAGAUGCAUGUUUCCUCAACCCAGGUUGAUCUAAUUUGUGCCUCCAGAACAUUACUGUUCCUGUCAAUAUGAAAAAAGACUGACUUCAGCAAAGAGACAAUAGAAUUUUUAUUUACAUGAAUGAGAACAGUACAGUGGGACCUCUGGUUACGAACUUAAUUCGUUCCGGAGGUCCGUUCUUAACCUGAAACCGUUCUUAACCUGUGAUACCACUUUAGCUAAUGGGGUUUCCCGCCGCCGCCACACCACUGCCGUGCGAUUUCUGUUCUCAUCCUGGGGCAAAGUUCUUAAUCCGAGGUACUACUUCCGGGUUAGUGGAGUCUGUAACUCUGUAACCCAAAAUGUUUGUAACCCUAAGUGUUUGUAACCUGAGGUACCACUGUACUCUUUUGCUACCAGUAAGGUGAUUCCUCCCUGUGUUAUAUAAGAAGAACCCUAGCUGUAUCUUAUCCUGGCGGUGGAAUAUCCACAAAAAACACUUAGUAAUAAUAACCAAACAUUUCCAGCAGUGACAUCAAUUUUGACCUUAAUUGUUUUAUAACCUAUACCAAAGUGCUGGUUUCCUCCCAUAAAACUACAAUCUACCAAGGCAAGCUCCACGUUUGAGAGGAUCAUGGGCAAAGUGCCCUUUAGUCAGCCCCUCCUAGGACAGAGUCCCCCAGCCGUGCCUGGUGGUGGCAGUGCUUUGUGGCCACUCAAGUUUCCCACAAUGCCUGAAAACCUUGCUUUGAUACUUUGUGGGAAAUUAAUAUGGCUGCUUACUGCUGCUGGAUUUUUAUUAAGUGUUAUUGACACAGGCUUAUCGUGUCUGCUGUAUAUGUCUAUGCUGGUCAUGUUCAGCUGUUCUUGAGAUGGUGCGUUUUAAAAAAAUGGUACAGACGGAUGAUUAUCAGUCACUUUUCUAUACUAAUCAGUAUAGCCUAUGCUGAAAGAACACAAAAGGAGCUUUGCUGAGAUAGCUAUAAUACACUUUGGUGUGUGUCUCUCACUCUCUUGUUCUAAAGCUGCUCCUUACUGGUUGGAUGAACCAGAGAAUCUUAUUUUGGCUCCUGGUGAGGAUGGGAGACUGGUUUGCCGAGCCAAUGGUAACCCCAAGCCUUCCAUCCAGUGGCUGGUGAAUGGAGAACCUAUAGAAAGUAAGCAAACCUGUUAUGAACAAAAGAUAAUGGCUUAUAAUGUAUCUUGAUUUCAUGGGUGUGGAGAAGAAAAUGCUGUAAUUUCAAGUAAAUGUGAUCUUAACUGAUGACCAUACAUAGCAUCAGUGGCGGAGCUUCACCAGCACCGCGGGGCGGAGAGCAGGUGGGGGUGGGCCUGGCGCACAUCCCAGGGGCGUGGCUCCCAGUGCAGGCAGGGGGACAGCCGUGUUGGCACCCCACAGGGAUCAUGCUGCCAGGGGCGGUGCGCUCCCCCCCACUCCUCUUCCUCCGCCAGUGCAUAGCAUCAGUCAUGCUAAUCUUUUAAAGGGAAGACAGAAUUCUGAACAAAUUCAUUUAUUCCCAUAGUGAACUAUAUUAUGAUAAUGGGGAUCUGCCUUUAAGCACCACAGAAAAGGAAGUCAUUUCCAUGUUGAGAUGUUCAGCUUUGCAAAAAUGUGUAUAUUGGGCAAAAUUGCAUAGAAACAUGCAAUACUGUAUAUUAAAAUAAAUUCACACUUAAAUUCUGGUGAAUUUUCAUGAGGACUUUAAAAAAGACACAAAUUGAUGUGGAAAAUGGAAGACUUGGGAAAACGAGAAAAGUGGAGAAACCAAAAUUGGCAGAUUAGCCAAGCCCUAUUAAUGGCAAUGCUAAAAACUGUGUAUCACUUAUGUUUAUGUCUUUCUCAAAGGUUCUACUCCCAACCCGAGCCGUGAAGUAACGGGAGACACUGUUAUGUUUCGGGACAUCCAAAGUGGCAGCAGUGCUGUAUACCAAUGCAAUGCUUCUAAUGAACAUGGGUACCUGCUGGCUAAUGCCUUUGUCAGUGUGCUGGGUAAGUAUUGAAUGGACAAAUGGGCUCUUGACAUCUUUAGAUUAUAGAGGGUCACUGAACGCAUUAUUUUGAAGUGAACAUGAAAAUCAUUAUUUCUCUUUCCCUAGCAAACCAUAACAUCCUUGAAUGCCAACUGAUCUAACUAAUGAAAGGCAAAGGAGUUUACUUAUAUGUGUAGGCAGUUACUGGUAGGCAAAAGGAAUAUAUUUAUUCCGUUCUAAAGCUAAUUGUUUCACACAUCCCAUCUAGAAUGGAUUGAGGACAAAAAUCCAUUUAUGAAAACAAUAAGCAAAAGCCAAAUAAACAAAAAUGUAAAGCUAGAAAUGAAAUAUAUUCUGUAAAACAAAUGAAAAUUUCUGACUACCUUUAUAGGCUAUCUAUCUAUCUAUCUAUCUCUUUUAAAGAUGUUAUUCCUCGGAUCCUUGCCCCUCGUAAUCAGCUGAUCAAAGUAAUUCUAAACAACCGGACUCGUCUUGACUGUCCAUUCUUUGGAUCCCCAAUCCCCACAUUACGAUGGUAAGGAUUUUUAUUAUUAAGCCAUAGCAUCUGUUUGGAACAGAUAAUCUUUUUUUAAAUCAAUUGAAUUUCUAUUAGAAUCAAAUGUGUUUCAAUUCAUUGAUAAAUGGCCAUAAAGGAAUGUCUCUUGGAUGUAUCUCAACCGCCUGCCUACUGAGCAGAGGAUUGCUCACUUUCUCUGCAAUCCUGUACCCACACUUGGAAGUCAAUCUGCACCUUUAUUCUGCUUCCCUCUCUUACAAGCAUUCUCUUGUGUUGUUGUGAGGUUUAAGAAUGGCCAGGGAAGCACACUGCACGGUGGCAACUAUAUAGUGCACGAGAAUGGGACUUUGGAAAUAAUCAGGGCUCGGAAAGAAGACCAAGGAACUUACACCUGUGUGGCCACCAAUCUUCUGGGCAAAGCACAGAACCAGGUUCGUUUGGAAAUAAAAGGUAAGAUGGCUUCUGUUUAAGCAGAGAGCAAGUAUCCUCCAGAUAAUGUAGAUCUUGGGUACCCUUUGAUGACAAGAAUGCUAUAUUUAGUUCAUGCUCAUAAGGUUAAAUAGCUGUGCUCUUCAGUGGGUCUUAAGGCGGCUUUAAGUAUAACCAGGAGGGAAAGCAGCAAUACAUGCUAUGAUGUGACUGAUUGAGUGUUCCUGAAAUAAAUGGACUGUGGGCCUCUGUCACUUGUUGAGUUAUAGCUGAUAGACUCCCCCGAACUAACACUAAGCAACAAUUUCCAAAAGGCCUGUGAGUUGGUUCAUUUCCCAUCCUGCUUCCCUGUUUCAUUAUGAGAAGAUACAGAGGCUAUCUAGCUUUGGCCACUGAGAUGGGAAUGCUAUGGACUCCCAACAUCAUGCACCACACUCCAGUGACAGGAGGGAUCUGUCAUUUGACCCUGUUUCACCACCUAACCAGUAGAUCCUUGCAACAUAUGUUAAGUGGAGGGGGGUAGGGUAAAGGAAAGAUAGAAAUAAAGGAGAAGGAGGUGGAAAUAUAAAGAUUAUAGAGAGUAAGGAGACAGGGUGGGGUAAAAGAAGAGGUACGAAUGGAGACGGUGAGCUGAAAGGGGACACACUCUGUCACACACUCUGUCAGCAUUGGGCGUCCUUGCCUUUGGGGGCUCCCUAAGCAGAUGCUGAGAACUCUGGAGGGACCGCAGAGUGGGAGUCAGUGAAUAUAUUGGAGAAGUACAUAUCUGUAACCUGAAAUAUUUAAAACAGCUUAUCCAAACCAGGUCAGUUCCUGCCACUGGAAUUUGUGAUAUACCGUACUUUUCCGUCUAUUAGAUGCCCCCAUAUAUAAGACUCCCCCCUAUUUGGGGGGACUCCAUUUUAAGAAAAUGAGGGGAGAUGGCCCAAAGUUGUUGAGCCUCUCUGCCCAUGCAGCUGUGGGCAGGAAACACUCCCUAGAUGGUUUCCCGUGCGCAACAGCAUCAAGGGAAGUUGCGCUCCAGCCAGCCAGCCAGUUGGCUGGAGGGCACCUUCCCCCAUGCCGCUGUGCAUGGGAAAUGAUCCAGGGAGUGCUUCCCAUGCACAGCGGCAUCAGGAGAAAUUGUGCGCCACCAGCCAGUGCCCCCAGAUAGCUCCCUGCACGCAACAUCUCCCCCCCCCCCAUGCCACUAUCCGUGUAUUGGACAACCCCAGUUUUUUGACAUGAUUUUUCUGUGUCUUUUUCCAAUACACGGAAAAAUACAGUAACUUGCUUUUCUAAAAGCCAUUUAUCAAAUUGAUCCAUAGCACAAAAGUACACGUCUCAGAUACCACCACCAUGUGUAUUGAAAGUUGGCAUUGCUAUGGAAUAAAAGAACAUUUACAGGAUUUAUCACUCUUAAACGUGUAGUUAUGGGUAUGGAAAAGAAUUGCAGCUAGAAAUCUGUAGGAACUCUGCAAUCUGACUAAAUUAUUUCUCAUUGCCCAAAGUGACUGUGGUUUCAUCCACUAGACUUCGACUGACUACUCGCACAGUCCCCAAAAUUACAUUCUUACGAUUUAUAACUGUAUAACUCUUCACAGAUCUAACGAGGAUCAUAGAUGGGCCAAAGGAUGCUGUGCCAAAGAAGGGUUCCACAGUUCAUCUAAUGUGUCGGGUUAGGCAUGACCCCACGCUGAGACUUACGGUCACCUGGCUCAAGGAUGAUUCCCCCCUGUACUUUGGAAGCAGGUCUGUGCUGUCUUCGUUUUCAUAGGUUGUAUGUUUCUCAAGAUGUGAACAUUUUAUGUAUCCAGAGGACACAAAGAAGGAAUAAAUCAUUUUGCUAUCUUGGUAAGCUGUACCGCUGUCUUUUCUCCAGGGAGGGGGACUGUAGUUUUAAGGUCCCAGGUUCUGCCCCUGACAUCUCCAGGUAAAAUUAUCAAGUGAUAAGUGAUAGGACCCUCGAGAGCUGUUGCCAACCAGAGUAGACAAUAUUGACCUAGAUCAGGGAUGAGAAAGCCAUGGGCUUCUGGAUGUUGUUGGACUAUAACUCCCAUCAUCCCUGAUCAUUGGCCAAGCUGGUUAGGGCUGAUGGGAGUUGGAAUCCAACAACAUCUGCAGGGCCAAAGGUUCCCCCAUCUGUAGAUGGACAAAUAGUCUGACUUUAUAUAAGGUAGCGGUGCUGCCAAAGCCAGCCAGAAUCACUCUCUUCUUCUACCUUACUGAAUAAUAUUAUUUCCAUGUAAUUUGUUAAUUAGUGUCUUACAGUAUAAAUAAACUUGGAAUGGCCAAUUGUUGCUAUAUUGUUCCUGGGGGUGGUGUCUCUAUGCAGCAGUUAAUAUUGCUUACUCUGACAUACAACAGAAGUAGCAGACUGUGUGAAAAUAACAGUGGGUGUGUUUCUUACCUCUUACUGGAAAUUAAAAGCUUGGCAGAAGAAUCUAAAGUCUAGACGACAGCAGCAGGGUGUGAUAGAGAGGUGGAGCUACUGCCGUAUCUCUAGCCUGGUUGCUCAUACUGGCCAGGUUGGAAGGUGGAGGUGCAUGGAAAUUGUUGGGUCAGCCUGGAACUGGCCUGGAUAUGGCCCAGUGCUGGUAAAUUAUAGCAGGAGGGCCAGCUUGAGCUCGAGCAGAUCCAGGACUAGCUCAGCCUACCCACAAAACAUCAUAUUUUGGAGCUUUCUGAAGGCUACCACUGUUGAGGAUCCCGCUGUCUGUACAUCUCCUGCACAUUCAGUGGGUGCAAUGAGAGUUCUGCGCCAGUGGACGGACACCUUUACCCAGUUACAUGGAGGGGCAUUGCAAAGGGGGUUUCAAUUGCAGACAAAGAUUUUGUCACCAGAGGUCUGUUUUCUUACCCAUCCAUGUUACAGAACGUAAAAUUGUUGUACUAGAUCAUUUUAUAUUUUAUCUCUUAUGUUUGCAUUUUGUUUGUAACCUGCCCUUAGAUUAUAAGAUGCAGGGAAGCAUAAAAGUAUACUAAAUAUAAUUAAAAUGAAUAAACAUACACAAGAUAGCUGUUACAGCUGGUCCUGCCAUUGCUUGAAGCAAGCUGCGGGGUCAGAUUAUUCUUACUGUGUGUAUAUUUAUUUCUGAUGUUUUCCUUUUGUGAAAGGAUGAAGAAAGAAGAAGAUGGCCUGACGAUAUAUGGAGUGGCUGAAAAAGAUCAAGGAUAUUACACCUGUGUUGCCAGCACUGAAUUAGAUCGAGACACUGCCAGAGCCCAUCUCACUGUUCUGGGUAACUUGAUAUUCCUUUUAAGUUUACAGAGCUUGAGACGAGGUCCAUGGGGGAACUGACAGCUUAUUUUGACAGAUUUUAAUACCUGUUCUCCUGUGUUGUAGAGUAACACAUACAGGUACCAUGUGCAAUGGCCAUGAAACAAAUAACAAAUUCCUUUGAAUUUGGAAUGUUACUCUUAACAAUUUCUAACACCCUGUAUUGUCUUUAAAGUAAAAGGUUACCCAAAAAGGUUUCAGUGGCCUUUCUGAGCAGAUAUCUGAAAAUUAACCAGGGCACCUUGCUAACUGUAGCUAAUUUUCAUGAGGAUUAAAAAAAAAGUCACAAAAUGCUGCAGAAAUGUGGGAAGCUGAAUUUAAAAUUGGAAAGAUGAGAAACUGAGAGAAAUGAAAUGGACAGAUCCUUCCAUUCCUUGUUGCAAGUGACCAGGCAGGGCCCACAGGCCUUUGGUUAAUCUGAAGUUAAUGAAGUACACUUGAGUUUUGUCCAGAUGUUGAAGUCACUGACACCUAAGCAAACAUUUUGAACAACUCUGCAUUUUUUGUGUUUUGGUCUUGUCUGUGAGCUAGUUAGGGAAACAUUGAGGAUAACUGGAAUACAUUUAGGAGCAUAGCAGUGGUGCUGGUAGGGCCUGUCUUCCAAGAAAAUUCAGUGAUACUACUACUACUACUACUACUAAUAAUAAUAAUAAUAAUUUAUUUAUACCCCGCCCAUCUGACUGAGUUUCCCCAGACACUCUGGGCGGCUCCCAGUCAAGUGUUAAAAACAGUACAGCGUUACAUAUUAAAAACUUCCCUGAACAGGGCUGCCUUAAGAUGUCUUCUGAAUGUCAGGUAGUUGUUUAUCUCUUUGACAUCUGAUGGGAGGGCGUUCCACAGGGUGGGCGCCACUACCGAGAAGGCCCUCUGUCUGGUUCCCUGUAGGUCGGUACUCUGGUCCUUGUAGUCAGUGGUACUGAUAGGGCUGGACCAUGGGACACAACUGCAAGAGGAAGGACUGUAGCUCAAUGGUAGAGCAUCUGCUUUGCAUGCAGAAGCUUCCAGGUUCAGUCCCUGGCAUCUCCAGGGAGUGACUCUUGCCAGAAACCCUGGAGAGCCACUGUGAGUCAGUGCAGACAUAACUGAGCAAUGGCCUGAUUUAGGGUAAGGUAAGUGCCCUGUGCUCCCAAAGGGCACCACCAUGGUAGUCCCUGACUCUUCUUUUUUGAAACCCUUACAGCAGGGUUUGGUGCACAGUUGCCUUUGGAGCAAUGCUCUAGACAGUUGUACCCACCCAGGUGCCUCUGGUUUUCAUGUGGGCUCCAUAAACACUCCGAGAAAUUAAAAAGAAAGAUAAAACUAUCCAGAGCUUUGCUCUGAAUGCAGCAGCUUGUUUGCUCUGCUGUUUUGUUUUGUUUUGUUUUGUUUUGUUGUUUUUUUAAAGUGUUGACUGCUUCCACCACCAAGAGGAGGAAGUGCCACCACUAAGCAAACUUUUUUCCAAAAUGUUCUUUUAGAGAUUGUCAGGUAUGUUGGAGCCAAAGCGUCCAUCAGCCUCUAUAAAAAAAGUUUUGAAAAAAGACUAGGAAAGGGAACUUAAUUUGCUUUCCUGCUGCUUGUUAAGGGAUGGGGAGGAUGAGUCCUUUUUACUUCUAAUUUUUGUAUUUGUGGGAGGAUAUCCAUUCUUUCGGCGUUUCCGUGCACUGGUCUGGUUCACCAGAAGCGGCUUAGUCAUGCUGGCCACAUGACCCGGAAGCUGUACACCGGCUCCCUCGGCCCAUAAAGCGAGAUGAGCGCCGCAACCCCAGAGUCGGUCACGACUGGACCUAAUGGUCAGGGGUCCCUUUACCUUUUUUCCAUUCUUUCACCUCCUUUUAAACUUUCCUGGUUGUAGGAAGGUAACAGACAGGUUCCUUUCUUUCCCCUCCUCCAAGCAAAAGAGAGAACUAGGGUUCUGUCCAUUCCCUUCUCACCAUUUAGAAGAUGGGAAGCAACUAGGGCCUCCUGGUAGAGGAAGACAAAGUGUUUCAGUGGUGGAGGAGGGUCUGGAAGUCAUCUUGCCCAGGGCUUCUUGAAACCUGGCACAGCCACUGCACAUUGUAUCCCUGCAACAAGUUGUGCUUAAGAAUUGAACUAACCAUCUAAAUAGCUAAUAUCUAUUUUUGCAGCUCCUUCUUCUGUUAACCGUAUGACCCUACCCAAAGGUAAUCACUACUGAUCCAUUUACCACUUUGAUUAUUAUUAAUUUUUACAUUCACUGUUGCUUGACCAUUGCAAUGACUUUGGUAUGAAAUUUAAGUGCCUCUGAAAGUUGAAUAACUUUGGCUGGCCCAAACCUCAUGACAAAUAUCCCUGAUAAUUGGACCUCAUUGGGGUAGGGGAUCUUGAUUUCUGUUGCACAAAUUGUUGUUGAUGUUGCCCCCUACUGCAAAGGAAGAAUAUUUUAAUUAGUCCGCAUGGAUGAAUUUUGGAGGCUGAUGCUAAAAGUGAUGGGAGGUGUUUCUCACCCUCCUUUUUAUUUUUGCAAGGUGACUUUUGCCCUUCAUUGUAUUUAUGUUCCUUCUUUGUAAAGCUCUGCACUUUGCAAAGAAUGUGGAUUAACUGUUAGGGCCCUCUUAUGAAGAGGGCAGAGAAAAACAGAACCUUGGAUAGUUCUAAGUGAGCCCUGUUGGCUGAAGUGCUCUCCUACCAAGGUAGCUUUAUGAAGAUGUCCCAGCCGAGGCCAGAAGCCAACUGAAGGCUGGUAAGACCUGUUGCAUGUUUGGUUUCACCUGUGUAGAGGAGCUGGCUGAGUUGUUAAAGGGCCUUCACUGAUCUCGUAGCCUUUGACUUCUGCAAGGCUGAUUCCUAAUCUGAGUCCAUCAAUGGAGGCAGGGCUGUGUUCUGUGUCCAAGAGGUCCCCAAAUGCAAUACUGGCUAUUCUUCCUCUGAGGAAAUGGCCUUAGUGGAGUUCUCUCUGCUUCAUGCUGCAAGGUCCCAGAAUCAGUGGUCAUGAUACCCAAAGAUAUUAAGCACCAGCUCUUGAGUGGACUAGCCCAUGAGGGACACCUGCACCUUACAUGCAUUCUUUUGCCUGUAGCACGUCCUGAACGUCCUCGUGAUCUUGAACUAACUGACCUCGCUGAAAGGAGUGUGCGGUUGACGUGGAUUCCUGGCGACGACAACAACAGCCCUAUCACAGGUCAGCACUUGUUCCUCUACUUUGAAACCCUACAGGUGAACCGUGUUGCUUUGGUUUGGUUUCCUUUCUAAAAGUCAGCUGGCCGAUAAUUAUGUCGCAACUUUAGCAAGCCUUCACACUCUGCUCUUCUAGAUUACAUUGUGGAAUUUGAAGAGGAUAGAUUCCAGCCUGGAAGUUGGCACAACCAUUCCCGUUACCCAGGAAGCGUGAACUCUGCUAUCCUGCGCCUUGCACCCUACGUCAACUAUCAGUUCCGAGUAAUAGCUGUGAAUGAAGUAGGAAGCAGUUACCCCAGCUUGCCUUCUGAGCGAUACCAUACGAAUGGGGCACGUAAGUGCUAUUUGACUUGAGUGGGUGGGUAUAUUUGAAAGGAAAAGAACACUUACAUAAAAUUAUGCAAUUGUAAUGUACGCAAGAACAAGGACAGAUAAAAGAGAGAGACACUAAGAAUGUGGAUUCUGUCAAGCGUUACCUUUUUAGGUAGCCCAUAUUCGUCACUAUGUAUGCUCAUCAAGCAGUAGUGGCCAGUCUCAGUUCCCUGGAAAGUGUGCCUGUGAAAUAUAUGCAUGCACCUGUUUGUCAUGUUGUCCCAUUACAUUAGAUUUAAUGUGUACACAUAAAAACAUUUUUGGUGCAUCUUAUCCAUGUCAUGCAGAGAUAGGGAAUCUGCAGCCAUUCAGAUGCUGCUAAGCUGCAACCUCCAUCAGCUCUAGCCGGCAUGACCAAUAGUUAGGGGGAGGAUGUGAGUCAAGUCCAACAAUAUCUGGAGGGCCACAGAAUUCCCAUCCCUGGUGUAAUGUACGAAGCAGCCCUGAGCUUUUUCUGAGUCGACCAAGUAUCUUUAGGCUAAUGGGCUUUUGUCAGAGAUCCUAACAGAUAUGUACUGGCUUGGUAUUUUAAGUUUAAGAUUUUGGACUGUAGAUGUGCAUGGAGUGCAAGGGGAACCUCACAAAUAAAUACUUUUCUCAAAUUAGGGAAAUGAUGGGCUGGAUUUUGAUAUUUUUUUUGUACAAAACAUCAAAGAAGGCAUGUUUCUGUUGUAAGGCUCUUGUGCAUCUUAAUUUACUCAUAACCCUUUGUUUAAAUAUGUGGUGGGAAACAUGACCUCAUGGGCCAUAAGCAGCCCUUGACCAAAUUCCAUGCAGCCUCUGCAGCUGAUUAGUUCAGGCCAGUGUUAAUAGAAACACAGAAGGAGAGAGAGAGAGAAAGGGUAGCAUACACAGAGGGAAUUCUCUGUAGUGCUGUACACCGUAACCACUUUCUCUCUAGCCUUACCAGCAUGAGCCGCUGCUCCACACUGACUUUUUUGAGGGGGUUAAUGUCCCUUCAUAGUUUCCCCAUCUUUGUUUUAAGUGCUUUUUAAACAACUGACACCACCAGUGUCAUAGUAACCUUAAAAGUUUGCUUUGCAAAUAGCUUUUUUAGUACCAUAGCAAUUGCAUAGGUCUUUCCUUUUGGCAGAGGCUUUAUGUGGGUCUCCCCUUUGUGUUCUAGCCUUCCUAUGUGGGGAAAAAAAAGAUUAUUCCUUUAGCAAUAUUGCAGGGUAUAGAAAAGCUUGCAGUAGCUGUGUUGUAGCAUUCAAUGCUUUAAAACAAAUUUCAUGUUUUAAUUUAUUUCAGGUCCAGAAAUUAACCCCACAGGAGUUAAAGGAGCAGGAACAGCCAAAAAUAACAUGGUGAUAUCCUGGACGGUGAGUUAACAUGGGGGCUAUUGUUUAUAGCACAUUCUUUUCUUGCAUACAAGGUUUGCAUUCCAUGGCCUUUGCUGCAAUAAAUUUUAUCACAAGCUAAAUAACUCUGCAUGUGGUUCAUUGACAAUAAUGUACAAAAAAAAUUCAACACCUUCUAAUACUUAAAUGAUCUUUACAAUGCCAAAAUAAUAAUGGCAUGCACAAUCCAAUAUCUCAAAGCCAAACAGUCCAAAUAUUCCUGCAGCAAGUCCAAGAAAAUAACUCUCCAUGUGUAUACUUGUUGCUGGUGCAAUUCAUAUAAUUGGAAACUAUGCAGUUAUCUGGAUACAUUUUGCAUUUAUUAUCUCCAAAGUGAUAUUUAUUAUUAUUAUUAGAAUUUUAAUUUAUAUACCGCCCUAUACCCAGAGGUCUCAGGGCAGUUCACAGAAAAGUCUGCUGCAGUGAAAACAGAGUGUCCUGUGACACAGUAAAUACUCAGGCUGCAUAUUUGGGUAUAAGCUUUUGUGGGCUAGAGUCCAUAAAGGCUAAGAGGAAAGCUUGAAAACACCCAUACAGAGGGAGGGAGGGAGAAUCUGCCAAUGGAGGGCAACAUUUCAUGCAUCUGAUAAAGUAGACUCUAGCAUAUGAAAGCUUAUGACACCAUGGGCUUGUUAGUCCUGUUUGUUUUUAGAUUCAUCUAUGAUUCUGUAUCCUCUGGAGUCACAGAAACACUGUUCAGGUGGCAGGGAUAGCAGCUGAUGUUCAAAAUUAACAAGAGUAAUAACGGAUUUCUUAAUUUUUGUGUAUCCUUUAAGCCGCUAAAUGCAACCCAAGUUUACGGCCCCAACCUCAAGUACAUUGUGAAAUGGAGAAGAAGAGACACCCGGGAGAGUUGGAACAACAGGACGGUAAAGGGUGACACUAACCAGUUCACUGUCACACAGACGCCCAUCUAUACACCCUAUGAGAUCAAAGUGCAGGCCAAAAACGACUAUGGGGUUGCUAUGGAACCUGAGACCGUCAUUGGCUACUCGGGGGAAGAUUGUGAGUAUUCUCAUAGAUGUAAAGAGUUUGGGGUACCAAAAAAGACUCCACCACUGGCAGUCUUGCAAUCCAAGGUCUUAUGUGAUUGGCUCUGUUAACAGGAGGCAUUGAAUUCCAGUGCCAGGCACUUUGGAGAAUGAAACACUCAUGUAGAAACUUCAGAGGUCUCUGGAGUGCCCCAAGAGACCAUUUAGCUUGCAUGCCCAUGAACUUCAAAUUAACUCAUUUUUCUUGAAGAUUUAUAUUUCCAUCUCUUAUCUAUUUAAAAUACACACAUAUCUUCUUUAUUUAAAGCAUUAAUAGAAUAUUCAAGGCAAACUAACAGCACACAUGAAAAGCAACAAAACAUGCCAACCAUGACUAACACACUAUAUCAGAGGCAGAACAGCAGCAGACAAUAUAGUUACUAGGCUGCCUCAGCAUUUUGAGGUUAGAAAAAGAUAUUAUUCCAUCUUAUGGGUCUAGAACAGACUCGGAGAGGUUAUAUGAACCAGCUGUAGUCACCAGCUCAUUGUCUGGCUAACAAAGGUAAGUAAGUAAGUAAGUAAGUAAGUAGAUAAAUAACAUUCAUGUGAAUGGGGAUAUAAAUAAAAAGUUACAUGGAUAAAUACAAGAGAGUGUUGAAUGUAAAUUGUGGAUACUUGGGCUCAAAUCCGUAUUCACUUUUACACUGAUUUCAUCAGGAGAGUUAAGCACAGGCUUAAACCUUUUCCAUUACAAUCACUGGAAUGUAGAAGUGCUUCAUUCCACCUUUAAAAGGCAUCCAUCUUCCAUAACUUUUACUCCUAUUCAUUUCAUAUAUUUAUUGCUCCACAGGAGGUUCAUUCUUUUGCUGUGUUUUAAAAGGACCUGAUCAUGUAGACUUAAAUGCUUCGGAGACUUCUGAACAUUCGUACCUUGCAGUCAUGCUGUUGGUGGAGGGAAUAGGGACUGUUAACACACCAUAUGGUAGCGGUUUUAUUCAAAAACAAACCUACACGGGAGUCUUGGUCAAUGGCCAGCAUCAUUGCUAAAGGCAGCUUGGAAACAGGUGUCCACUUAUCUGUGCGGCAGUCCCAGACAUGCUGAGAACCAGUAGACUCUAGGAUACAACCAUGCAGUGAGAUCAGAGUUACAGUGCUUGGAUCAUCAGCCUGGUGCUCUCUGCCUGAUUUUAGCUCCCACAGUUUAUGAUUCUUAAAGAAAGUUUCAUGCUGGAAUUAUUCCCAAUGUUCUCAGGAACAUAAGAAAUUCACCUGAGUCCUCAAACUAUAAUCCCCUUUUAUUAUUCCAUAACAAAAUUCAGAAGUGACACAUGAAUCAUAUCCUCUGCUGCUAUGUUCUGUAGCAGAGGUGGAGAACCUAUGGUCUUCAGAAUGUUGCUGGACUACAACUUGAAUCCUUCAACAUUGGUCAUACGCUGGGUGGCUGGGGCUGAUGGGAAUUGGAGUCCAACAACAUCUGUAGGGCCAUAGAUUCUCUCCCCCUGUUCUGAAAUCAUAUCCCAAAACAAAAUCAAUAGUCACCAAGUGAAUUAUGCCCUUCAGCAGCUGCCAGAUAGGUCUACAAGUCACAAAAGUGAUUGCCAGGCAUUGAAGUUAAAUCUAUAUGUGAUGUUUGUUUUGGUCAUUGUGGUUCUCCAGCAAUCAUCUAAAAGAAUUGCUGAAUAAGCCAACUCUCAAAAAUAUAUUAUUCACUUUGAAUUAGCAGUGUAACACAUGCCAAGGGCUCUGUCGGGUUACAAGGUUUAGAAGUAGAUAUCUAGUGAUCAAAAUCAGAAGGAAGUGGUUGUUUUUUAAUUGGCAACCCAAGUUAAAGGGUGUUCAAAUGCCUCCUGAAAAUUGGGUGAGUAUCUAGGGAGGUCAGGUAUAUUCUACUAUGUUCUACCAGGGCGUAAAGAGAGAGGGAUCAAUCUAGAAUGCCCUGCUUGUCAAGUCAAUAUGUACAAACCUGGUUUAUGAAGAAAUCUCAGUUGAUUUUAGGGGUUGCCUCUUUACUGUGUCGUGCCACAAUCUUGUUAGCAUCUUUACUCUAGGUCAGGCUUCCUCAACCUCGGCCCUCCAGAUGUUUUUGGCCUACAACUCCCAUGAUCCCUAGCUAGCAGGACCAGUGGUCAGGGAUUAUGGGAAUUGUAGUCUCAAAACAUCUGGAAGGCCGAGGCUGAGGAAGCCUGCUCUAGGUUCUUACAGGCCUUCUUGGUCAAAAUCACCUUGUGGAUUGUGUUCAGAAGGCUCUAGCAAAGCAAGGCAAAUAAUGGUGUCAUACACUUCCACGUGCUGUUCUUAAAAUGAAUUUUUUCUGUGUAAUUUUGUAUAGAUACACAUUAACAAUGUAAAAAAUAACUUGCAACAACAAAGAAAUAGAAAGGCGAAGUAAGUGGGGGAGGGGAGAAGAUGAGGUAGGAAAGGAGUGAUGUAAGAAAGAAAAAGUGCUGCAAUACAAUGGGAAGAAAAGGACUGUGGCAGAAAAGGACUGUGGCUUCUCCUUUCUUGCUUUGCAAAAUACAGCUAAUUAACAGUUGCAAGCAACUAUGAAUGACUUGUUUUUUCAGGACCAAGGACAGCGUAGCCAGCCUCUCAAAAAGUGCUUGCUUAUCAAAGUUUUAUCACCUUGAAAGAUCACAGAAUUCACUUCUAUUCCUAUUAAUAAGUAGAGCAACCCUUCCUUCCAGGUUGUAUGUAAGGUCACAGUGUGUAAAUGGGAGUGGGGAAUCCAUUUUAUAGUAAAAUUUUGCUGCACCAGAAAUCGCAACUAGUUCACACAUCAAUGCUGUGUUAAUUAAUUAACCAUUUGCAGUGGGGAAGGUGAGAAAAUGGGUAAACUGAUUCUGUUGAUGAUGUUUUCAGUUGUGCAUAUCCUUCAUGGCUGCAGUUCACAAGGGGGCAGGGAGGGGGGAGGAUGAAGAAAUGCCAUCAUCCUCAACUUAGUAGUCUGCAGAAAGAAAUACAACAUGGUAUCUGGGUUUUCUUCCAAUUAAAAUGUAACUGUUCACUUAGGGUUGUCAUAUUUCGAAAAGUGAAAAUCCGGACACAAAAGUUGUUGAGCUCGGGGGGGGGGCAAAUUGUUGAGUUUUUUUGGGGGGGUUUUCAAAAUCUCCCCAAAAAGUUGAAGUUUUUGAGCUAUUUUUAAAGCAAUUCACCACCAAAAAGAAUGGGUUGCCAUAUACCCAGCUUUCCCUGCACAUUUUUUUCCAUUUUUUGUAAAUUCCGCCUGGAUGCUAUUUCCCAGAUAUGGCAGCCCUAUAUUCACUGCAAACUGAAAUACUGUUCUCAAACUAUCCAGAUACAUUGUAUGUAAACUUGCAUCCAGUCAGUUGUGUGGUAGACUUUUUUCAUUUUGUUUUGUCUUUUGUUAUCUACACUUUUUUCUAUUAUCUGUGCUCUACCCAGCCCUGGAGGAAGGGGCAGUAAGAGCAAAUCAGCUGUCCCCCACCACAUGGUGUUCAGCCACAGGAAACACUUUCCAGCAACAGCUGUUUCCCUCCUCAUUGGCCUGAGCAUCAUAUCCUGUCCCCAGGGAAUGGGAAAAUAUAUAAGCAGGUUUUUCCUCCCAUCUGCUCUGUAGCCCAGCCAGCCUGCUUACCAGGAAGCCUCUCAUCCUGCUGGGGUAGCUUCCUUGCUGUUUAAAGAGGAAAGCGCUUUUUUAAAAAGGGGGGGAAAGGAAAUGAAUAACAAGCAAGGCAAUAAUCUGCAUUGGUAUUUUGAACAAUAAGAAGCUACAGUGGAUGCAGUAACAACAAGUAGAAUCUAUUUUAACAAUGAGAUAAAGUAAAGAACUUUAUAACUCCUGUAAAUAGUACAAUGCAGACAUUUUCAAAUUCUGGUUGUAGAUGACUAAGCACUCAAUAGGCCAAACUCUUCCCUGGAAACUUCUUUAAUCACAUACCGCCUUUUACUUAGGGCAGAGUGGUUGUGUGGGGUUUGUUUGUUUUUAUGGCGCUGAGUGAUAUGAAACAAGCUUGGCUGUUCAUGGCAUGUAUACUUUCCCACUGUUCUAUCUUAUAAACAGGUUUUGUAGGGGGCGGGGGCUUUGGAACUGUUUCAAAAAUCAGUAAUAUCUGUUUAAACAGAAGUGCCAAGAGAAGGAAAGAACAAGUUUCUAAACCACUGAUACCCAACAUGGUACCUUCCAGGUGUGUUGUUGGACUGCAUUGGCCCAUCUCAGUGCUUUUAAUGGUCAAGGGUAAAGGGAGUUGCAGCUCAACAACACCUGGAGUCAAAUAUGUCUCUGUCAGGCCACCAACUCUCCUCAAAGCUAUGGACAAAAUGUUUCUGCACUUAUUCCCUGCAACAGGAGUAACUUUUCUCUGGGUUAACAACUGCUGGAUAAAGAAAUUUACCUCAACGGUUCCUAUGGAAAUAUUUACCAUAUCAAUAUUCUGCAAAUCUCUCUCAAAGAGACAGUUCUGAAGCUGAAAUUUAAGACCCGCCGCUUGCCUGUGCUGUGAGGCGUUCUCCUCUUAAAUGGGCAUUUCUCCAUCUGAAAUUGCUUACUACUGCUUGUGGGGACUUUCAGUUGUAAAUGAUUUUAUGGGUACAGCAUGAACUUGAUUUGUUGUGAAUCAAACACCUCUGAAUUUAAAAGGCAUUUGUAUAAAUCUCUAGAGUUGGCAGUUUUCUGUUGUCAGGUGAACUGUGAAAACCUAUGAGGGCACUGUAACAUUGUGAGUGCGCUGGUGAGGUAGGCAGAAAAGAGAAAUGUGAGAAAAACAGGAAACUGGCACCAGAGUAGAAUGGAUCCCGCCAUCAUGCAAACGCUUGUCAAAAAUGUGCACUUGAAAUUGCUUUAUAUCUCCACAUGAUGGCAGCAAUGUUUAAGAGCAGCCUCCUGUUUACAUGAUUUUCUUUGGGUAAACCACUGCAGCAUCUAGGGAGGGAAAUGGGGAUUUUCUUCAAAUUUCUGUGUAUGCUUAAUAUCUGCUUUGCUUUAUUCUUGGCAACUUAGAUCCUAAGGCCGCUCCCACUGAUAUUAGACUCAAAGUUGUAAACAGCACAGCAAUCAGCCUGCAAUGGAGUAGAGUGUACCCGGAAACCGUCCAGGGACAACUUAAGGAAUACAGAGUGAGCAAAACCCAAACCCAAUCACAUUAAUGUGGCUAACACCCAACACUAAUGAUGACUGAUGGUUACAUUGUCUUUUACACAAUGGAGAUGACAUGAAACACCCAGAAAUUGCUAAAUGGCACUGAAGACUAUUAUUAUGUAAACAAUAAGUAUUUGCAGUUGUGUUGGUGGGCGGGUGAUAAAGUACAGGUAUGUAAGGGCAUUGCUGAGAUACAGAAACCAAAAUAUUAUUACCAGUUGUAUAUAUCCCCUCCACCCACUUCAAAGAGCUUAGGCAAGGAGACCAGCCUUUUCCUUGAAAUUUAAGCAGUUUUAAAUUAGUGUGCCAAUUGUGGUUUCCUCCAAGAAUCCACCCAAAAAAUAAUUAUGUGAUUUGUUUUGAAGGGUUGCUUUGGGGGGGGGGGGUAGGGCUGGGGGAAUGAGGAAGGGAGACCAGAGAGACAAAGCAUUUUUUUAAUUGCUCUUUUUCAAUAGGGAAUCCAAUCCAAGUUUGAUUUUAGCAAUUCUUCAUCCCCUAUUCUAAAGAAAGCCUGUUUUGAUCAUUUGAAUGUUAAUUGGCUUCUUCCUGAUUCAAAAUCAUGAGUUUGUACUUAGCCUUGAACUGAAAGCAAAAAAAAGUCUUCAUUUCAUGUGCAAAAAAUAAAUUUGAUCUCUGCGUUUAUUACAAAUUAGAUUCUCCCUUCUUAUGGACUGGCACAUUUUUUUAACCUGUUGUAUUUCAUGUUCUAAAGUUGUGCUAUUGAGAGAUAUUUUUCUACCAUUUGGACGGUAAAAAUGUGCUUCCCAUAAGCAUUAGAAGCCAUGUAACAUUCUGAUCAUUCAUAGGGCAACACAUCAGAUACCUUCCUAGCCAAUCAUAUCCAAAUUACACACUAUACAUUCUAGACAUCUCUAGGGAACUUCUAGACCAGGUGUUCAUUGAGCAUUCAUGCUGAUAUGUUUGUAUGGAGGUUCUACAAGGUUGCUGGAUAGUGGCUGUUACUCCAUACUUUCUAGAACACUUGUCAAUUACUUUUCUUUUUCAGUGAGAAAAGUAACAGAGUAAUUGCACUAGAAAGUGAGAUAACAUACCGGUAUAUUUUUUUCUGAAUGAGCAGCCUGUCUGGAAGCACCCCUAGUUGUGAACAUCCAGUUAUUGCUCAGUCAGUUAGAAACAGAGAGUUCCAAGUAGCUGCUAUCUUAUGAGGUCUUUCUGCUUAUAAAACAAAACCAACAAACUGUUUUUAAUGUGGUUAAGAAAAUCAGCUCCUAGAGCAGUUUCCCCUGACUUCUAUGUCAUCCCCAGUGUGUAUUUAGCAUGUCAUUAAUCAAUACACUAAAGUUCUGUUUCGGCCUAGUCAGAAUUCAAGGAUUGUGCUCAGGGAUAAUAAAAAAUGUCUCCAGAAAACCAAACAUGUUCUGUCCUCAAGUUCAUGUUUUUUUUCCCUCUCUCUCUGUUUUCUGUCUUACCAAACAGAAAACAAGCAAAAACUCACACAAAUCAGCAGCGAAAUACUUUCUUUCAAAAUUGAUUUAUAUCACUGCCCUGGGAUCUUUGGAUAAGGGGUGGGAUAUAAAUCUAAUAAAUAAAAUAAAUAAUAAAAUAAAAUAUAUUUGAAGCAUUUGCACAUUUCUCAGAUCUGAGAAUUUUCAUUCAUAGGGUAUUUUUUUGUUUUGUUUCUGCCUCUGUACUGGAGUCUGGUUAUGUAUAUAUAUAUAUGGCCAUGAGUGAUUCUUGACAAAUUAAAAUUUCAUUCUACUACUACUACCACUACUAAUAAUAAUAAUCAGUGAUAGAUGAGGGAAGACUGCAGUUUGAAGCCUAGAAGCCUGGUCUUUGCUGAGGGGGCAGUUCUUUGUUAGCCAUUGCAUAAUCUGCCUAAAUGGUCUUGACCAAGAGUCAGCUUCCAUAUGUCUCUGUCUCCCCAUCUGUAAAAUGAGCAAUAAACAGUAUUGACUUCCUCCUCCCCUGUGGAAUGGUUGGUGAGAUCGAACUAAUCCUUGGGUGGAAGAAGAUCCAUAGUGACUUUGUCCUUGAAAUCCAGUUAAUACUCAAAUGGGAAAAACAUCACUCACCUUGCAUGUUUCUUGAAGGCCUACUUCUGGAGAGAAAGUAGUUUGCUGAAGAAUCUAUGGGUCUCUAAGAAAAAGCAGUCUAUGGGUUUUACUGGAGACCGGACACGGGGCAUAGUGUCCCGACUGUUUCCUUACAGCAACUACAAACUGGAGAUGGUUGUAGUCAACGGGAGAGGAGAUGGGCCUCGAAGUGAAACUCUGGAGUUCACAAUGCCUGAAGGAGGUAGGUCUCAGCAUACUAUUGGCCCAGCUUGGCAGAAUCCCAUCCUUUUAUGUGUGAAAUAAGAAGGUAGAACAGAACACGGUCUUAUUGAGAGCCUUAGAGCUCCUUAGGUUCUAUGUCAUCGGUCCUGAUAAAGACUUCAAAAAGGAUUUUCCACUUGAAAUGAAUAGUUAGGCUGGCUUCAGCUGCCAGAUUACUGUGUGCUCCUGCAGUGUGGAGCAAAGCAAAAGUCAACACAGUGAAGCCCUAAGGACUGAGGCUGUUCUGAUUCAUGGGAUUGUUUUUCACCAGCUUCAGACUCAUAAUACAUAAUAGAUUAUGAUAGACAAAUGAAUGCACAAAGAAACUAACUGAAAAUUGGUGAGUUGGGCAGAGCACGAUGCACUGACUUUUGACACCAGGCUUUAUUUCUAGCUCUACUGUUUGUCCUCUUAUGUAUUCUCAGACAAGUCUCUCUUAGCUUUAUUCUGUAAAAUUGGAGCAGUCGUGAGAUCCAUUGCCGCACGUGGCAGUAUGAUCUAUGGAAGGGUUUUAUGUUGCAAUUACUACCUAACUCUACAAAUUCCAUCUGAUUCUUAACAUACUCAAGGAUAGAUUUUAUGGUAGAAUUGAGAGUACUGCCUGUAUUUGCUUUCACAGCUAGAUCAAUAGCUUUUCAUCAGUUCUCAUAACUAGCAGUGAAAGCUUCUUUAAUGUUUACAGUUGCCAUCUCAUAUCACUCUAAUGGACCAUGCUUUGACUGAUAAGCACCAGCGCCUUUAUGAUUCUAGAGAUACUUAAAACCACAGAAUUGCACACCAGACAGAUAUCUUUGUUCUUGAAGAUUCUUCCAAGAAUUCAUUCCAGUUGUAAUUUUUAGAAAAUGAAAUCCUGGGGUCCCCCCCCCCAGCUGUUGCUGGUUUUGGUAACUGGAUUGAAUGAAAUCUGAUUUCUGCCUUGCUAAUGAGCCAAAUUGUGCAUUUAUAUGUAUCACACAGAAGCUUGAACUGGGUCCACUGCUUGAGUGCACUUAAAAGGUAAAGGGACCCCUGACCAUUAGGUCCAGUCAUGACCGACUCUGGGGUUGCGGCGCUCAUCUCGCUUUAUUGCCCGAGGGAGCUGGCGUACAGCUUCCAGGUCAUAUGGCCAGCAUGACUAAGCCGCUUCUGGCGAACCAGAGCAGCUCACGGAAACGCCAUUUACCUUCCUAUUUAUCUACUUGCACUUUGGCAUGCUUUCAAACUGCUAGGUUGGCAGGAGCUGGAACUGAGCAACAGGAGCUCACCCCGUCAUGGGGAUUCGAACCGCCAACCUUUCGACUGGCAAGUCCUAGGCCCUGUGGUUUAACCCACAGCGCCACCCACGUCCCAUACUUACCUACUUGCUAAAUGAUCUUUUGCUAUGCAUAGAAUUAUACUGGUAAGCCCUGGAAGUUUCAGCAUAAAACUCUGACCAGCUGCAUAUUGGAAAGGAAUUUUAAAAAUCCAUUCCAUUUCAUUGUAAUGCAGGGGAGGUGAGAGCCCUGCAUCCAUCGGGUCAGUCAGCAGUUCCACACAUAUGUGGAUCUCAUCCAGGCAGCAGGCAAAGGAGGAUUAAAAACAUCUGUAGGAAAAGACCAAACACCCACACAAAGAAACAGCUUCACAAAUGAUUGAGUUCCUAAUGCAUUUUGAGCAAAUCUCCUUUAUCAAGGAAAUUUCCUUCCAAGCAGUCUUUUCAAGAAGCAUGGACGGAAACUACCUUUAUAAAAGCAAUUUUCUUGACAUCAUUUGUGAAGCUGUCUUUUUUUACUCUCUGACCCAGAUACCUGCCGGUGAAGGGCAUGGCAGGAGAGGGUCUUUCCCCAGCAGCCUCUUCCUACAUACUGCAAUACCCUGCUUGUGAGCCCCCACCUCUCAACUCUCACAUCAGCAUCAAUAGGACUUAGAUGGCCUUGGCUUUGGUUGCAUGAAGCAUCAUGGAUAAAAUGUGGCUCAAAGUUGAGUGUUGUGAUUUGUGCUCAGAUAAGCCUUGUGUGCUUUGAGCAUAGGAAACAGAGCUGGUUAUGGUGAGGGACUUUAGCUGUGAUGAAAGCAAAUGGGCCAAGAAGGCACCAUCCCAAAGAGAUAGAAUGAUGAAAUCCACUUGCAUAUUAGGUUAUCUGUACAGUUCCAGGCAAGGGUAAGAACUGUAGGUUUUUAAUUAUAUGAAAACUGCAUCUGGCAAUAGACAAGCUCAUAGGAGCGGCUUAGCCCACAGAAGGAAGCACAACACGUGCACCAACGACUAAAUUUGUACAACUAAGAAACAGUAGGAUAGGUUCCUGUUAAUGGAUAUGCAGGCAUGAUUGUGUUGCACUGAAACUGCAUCUUAUACAGCUCCUACCAAGUUCUCCAUGCCACCAGACUCAAACUUUUCUAUGUGCAUACUCUUGACCAGUCUGCCUUCUAAGUUACCUUACCUUAUACGUCUUUUUCCUCUUCCCUUUUCUCUCUUGGACCCAUCUUUCCCUGAAGCACCCAGUCCCCCAAGGUAUUUCCGAAUCCGCCAACCAAACCUGGAAACCAUCACUAUGGAAUGGGAACACCCUGAACACCCCAAUGGCAUUCUUAUUGGAUACACCCUUAGAUACCAAGCCUGUAUGUCCUGUGCUUGUUUUUGUUUGUUGUCUCUUUAUUAACCAGGAUUUAGAAUCUAAUUUAUCUGGAAUUAGAAAAAACAAUACUAAUAAAUCAGUGGAGGGGAAAUCAGGAAUUCAGGAUUUAGAAUUUCUUUGGGAGGUGAAUUGCAUAUCUUAGUGCAGGAGGAUUUCAUAGGAAUCACUAACAGGCUAAUUUCCAGACACAUGUGACAAAUUUUCUUACUGAUCAUUUUGAUUCUUUAGUUAAAUGUUAUUGACAUAAGAAGAUAUUUCCAAGAAUAUGGCCAGUGGCACCUAAAAAUGUACCUCCUUCCCACCCCUUGAUAGAAUUUGAACAAGCAUGCAUCUAACUUCCUAAAAUCUCCUGCCCCUAACUGUUAGGAAAUGCAUGAACAAUGUAAUUUUUGCUCAAAUAAUUAGUGCAAAAGCUCUCCACCAUAACAAAUCCCUGACUUGAAAGCCCCUGCAAAACUAACAUGGUGUUUUAUCUUUGGCCUACAUGGGAGCUAAAAGUUUAAUUAGCUUAAUUAAAGUUCUUCCUUCUUGAAUGCAUAACAUUCCCCAGCCGUUUUUGCUUAAAAGUCCUCUAAAAUGAACAUGACCCAUUUUAAACAAAGCCAAUGCUUUUGUCAGGUGUAAGCCUAGACUGAGAAAUGGUGAGAUGCAUAGCAUAGGAUGUUUCUCAAAACAAGACUGAAGCCUACACAGCCUGCCUCUCUCUCCAGUUAAUGGAUCCAAAAGUGGCAGAACAAUGGUGGAAAACUUCUCUCCUAAUCAGACAAAGUUUAUACUCCAGAGGACGGACCCCAUAUCACGCUAUAGAUUCAACCUGCGUGGCAGGACACAGAUUGGGGAAGGUGAGCCUGCCACGGGGGAGUCACCACUUCCACUGAAUGAAGGUAAGUGAGAACAUGAUGCCAGUGUAACUGGGGUGAGAGAGGUGUGCCCUGCCAAGCUGGACAUAGGAGCCGCAUUCAAGAGUAUUUCAGAAUCCAUGCACGCCUGUAUAAAAACCAACCUUUGACAUGUGAGGUCUUGGCCUGCUGUAAAUUGAGCGAGAAUCAUUUGCAGCCUCUUAAAUAUGCCCCCUCCCCGUCCCACAAAAGUAGCUCUCUUAAUCAUGUCCCAUUGCCAUAUAAAAUCCUUACCAAAACUACUUGUGAAGUUCCAUGUAGUUCUAUGUGGGAGUUCUAAAUUGUGCAAUUAACACUGUGUGAAGUAGGAGAGCACCCAUUGGCUCCACUCCAGCUGUUGCUUCCCCUGCCAGUCCUGACCACACAUCAGGGGAAGAUCUGAGAAAUGUAGGCUUUCCACUGGAUUCAGAAGACAUCUCCACAUGAAGUUAGUCACAUGAUUUAGAAUGUCCACACAACAGCUUUUGGAGUGACAUUGAUGCUGGGAAGCGACAGGGAGUACAACCGCUUGGAGUUUUUAACAAUCAAGCGGAGUAUAAAUUUUAUGAAAUAAAUAAGUACAAGAGCCUCAUGCUGCCUGUCCUUUGCAUCUCUGCCUCAUGUGAAACAUUUCAAGUCUUCAUUUCUUUCCCCAGACCCUAGCCUCUCCCUGUACUGUAGGCAUACUCUCUUUUUUCAAAAGGUGCAAGAUAACAUUGAUAAAAGAUUCCACGUCAUUUCCCACUGCUUCUCCUUUGUGAAAUGAUUUACCAUAAAUUAUUUCUCCUGCUAUGUGAGAAUACAGAUUUCCCUACUAUAAAAGACAUUUUAAAAGGAUUGUGUGUUUCAAAGGAACAGCUGAUAACAAAAAUUGCAAAGCAGCUUUUAUGCAAAACCUCUCGAUUUUAUUCUAUAGUCAGCUUUCCUUUAAGCUUCUAUUAAGUACUUUUUUCAGUGCAAAUACUGGAAGAAUGAGCUUUUAAUAACCUUUGUUGUUUAUCAAAUGUAUUCAAAUGAUUUGAAUGUGUUUCCUUUUUACCCCAGCCACAUUUUUAAAUAGCAGUGCUGUCCUAUGUAUUAACGUUUCCAUUGUGUUUUAUUGGUGUUAAAUUGAGUAUUUAUAUUCAAGAAUGAUGGAUUUAGCUGUAUUAUUUUUAAAUAAUGAGUGCAUUGCAGAAAAGCAGUUCAGGGGUAUCAUAUAUAUCUUGCAUUGUUUUUCAAAAUAGUUAGUUGCAUCAUUUGGGUCUAAAAGAUAUCUUUAUCCAGCAGGUUGUUUGAAGGUACCAAUGGCUAAGCAUCACUCUUGGCAUACAGUUGCUAAUUUUAGACAGGGUGGACUGAUUUAAACUAAGGCGAUUCAAAUUAUUUAAAUAAGCAAGGAAAAGACUGUCAUUGAAUCAAGUUUCCCAUUUAUAUUUCGUCUCAUAUUUCCUAAAGUGUGAUGCAGAUCUGACCAGUAGACCAUGUUCAUUUACAACUAGUUAAAACAGGAAUAGGGGAAAUGUAGCCCUCUGGAUGUUAGACUCCAGCUCCCAUCAUCCCUGAUCACUGUCCAUAUCAGCUGGGGCUGAUGGGAACUGGAGUCCAACAAUGUUUGGAGAACAACAACUUCCCUAUGUCUGAAACAGAGCAUUAAUUAUACUAUUGUUUCAGUUUUGCAACCAAGCCUUGCCUCCCAUAGUCAAACAAUAUGCAUUUUGCAUGUUUUUCUUUUCUUUUACCAAUAGAAAGAAUCUCUUUAAAAUAUUUCCAUAUAGAUUCUUUCUGAAACUAUGCAGAUGACAGUUUGCAAGGUUAACAGCACAAUCCUGCAUGUUUACUUAGAAGCAAGUAGCCUUGACUUCAAAGGGGCUUUCUUCAAGUAAAUGUGUUUAUGACUGUAUCCUAAGGAUAGAAAUGUAGGAACCUUCACAACCGUACAAUGUGGACUUCAGUUCUUCUUUCCAGUAUUGCUCCUUUCUGCUUCACUUGGCCCAGCCGCACCCUCACGGGGCGGUGGGAGGGGGGAGUAGCAAACAAAAAUGAAGUGCUUAUGGCUGAUAGAUCAAAGCAGGACUCAUUGUUAUUGGGCAGACUAAAGCAGUUUAUUUUCAUCUGGUGAAGAUAAAGUGCCUAUGUUUGGUAGGUGGAGUGUAAAUCUCCAUUAGUGAGAAACGAUCAGCUUGGUUUUUCAUUUACAUAUAAAAGCCAUCUUUAUUGGGUAGAAGACAUGCGGUUAGAGAUUGACUGUAGAGUUAACACAACACUGUAACUAAACCACCACAAAUUAUGAGUUUGCAAAAAAAAAAAAGAGAGAGAGAGAGAACCUCAAUAGGCUCCUUGGGUUUGGCAAAGGAGAUGUACAGUGGUUCUUCCACCAUUGGCCAUCCCACUCACUUGCCUGCAUGGAAUUCCUUGUUGCCUAGAGCAACCAGGCUAGUUGAUAAAUUCAAGGGUGGACGAGCAUGCCUGUAGCCUCAUUACUUAAUGUCAAACUAGAUGAUUAUGAGAAACUUAGUAUUUAUAAUUUAGUUAUUUUUCAACUAAAUACCUGUGUGUAUGGGGUGGUAUACCAAUUUAAUAAAUAAUAAUAAUUUAAGUUUUUAUAUUUUAAAAUUAAUCAUCAUUUUUUUAACCCAUUCAAGUUUUUAGGCAAUAAUAGUAUUUCAUUCUCUCUGUCUCCAUCUCUCUCUCUCUCUUUCUGAUUCUCAAAUAUAUGUUUGUGACACGAUUUUAUCCAAUAUUAACAGGUUUCAAAGUUGACUAACAUGCCAGUAACUGUUUGUGUUUGGCACUUCUGGGUCUUUUGCAAAGUAGAUUGCUUUACUUGAGGUUUAUUUUUACCUUUAAAUGUACUUAUUUGAUAAGCAAUCAUUUUCACCACCACCACCUUGCUUGCCAUAAUAAUUUCAGAUUUUAAGCAGCUCUCAAGUUUUUAUUUUACUGACAUUGGCAUCCAGCUUCUUGUAUAUUGUGUUGAUUGGCUCGCUAUGUAUCUGCCCACUCACAGGUCCAUUAAGUAUAAUUUUCUCCCUUUUUUGAAACUUGACAUGUUUUUCAGGUUAGGGUAUACCAGAUUUGCACUAAACAAGUAGAGAAGAACUGGCUUUUGGGCAAGCAGGCUGGACUGAUGCUAGCUUAAAACAACAGCUCAAGAGGGGGAAAGGGUUUGAACAGAACCCCAUGACUCCACCACCACCAGCACCCCACAUUAUCUCUCCUAACUUCCAGCCAGGUUCCAGACUAACCCCACUACCAAACUAGGUUCCUUCCCCCUAAAAGAAGCCUUGAAGGUUUUAUGUCCUUCCUGACCUUUUCUAGCCUUUUAGGAAACACCCAGGCCACUUGGGGUCGGUAGGCACACCCCUGGCACCAUGGCAUCUCCCUUUGCUUACUCCCUUUUCCUUGGCAGUUUCACAGCAGUAGAAUAGAAUUAUUUCCAGUGGUCUCUGGUUGGAAGAUCACCUUUUCUUUUACUAGAACCCAUAUGAAAACAACUUUACAUGAUAAUGCAGUGCUUUGGUAUAGCAGUCGCCAUUUUCAUCCCAGAAGUCUCGUGGGAAUGACACUUUGUCAUCACCUACUGUCGUUCCCAGAUAGAUUCUGGCAGAAGAAAAUGGCUGCCAGCAGCCUGCUGGGAAGAGCUUUGUUUGCUACCUCGGGUAAGUCCCUUAUUUUUCUGCCCUUCAUGACCCUCUGUCCAGAAGACACCACCUCUCCUGUUACACUGCUUACAAAAUAAAUGUGGUGAGGGGGCCAUUUUGUUCAACCAAUGAUGCUGCUUGAUCAAAAUACCCAUCUAUUCUGAGGGAAGCAAAGAGAGAGAGAGAGAGUUUUUAUUAAGGCUAGCAAAAGUUCUUAGGGGUAUUGGACAAGGCUGCCAGUUGUUGACUUCAAUAAGGGCUUGGCAAUAAAACUCAUUGAGUGACUUCGGGCAGAUGCUGACAGGGCUGUGAAUACAACAGUUGCUCUGCUAUGCAAUCUCUUCCCCGCCUCCCCAGGACAGAUCUGCACUGCCCAGAAGACAAGUAUUUUUGCAAUGAGAUAUUAAUGUACAAUUAAGACGAAAAUGUAGAAGUUUUUAGAGGAUAAUCUACAAUAUGUUCUACAAUUAUUUCUUUUCAUUUAUGCUAAGGAAAUAGUACUUUCUAGAGAAAAGGUUUCCUACAUGGUAACAGUCUUUACGGUUGUAUAUACCAGGGAAUGAAGACCAACAAAAUCUCCCAGCUGUUGGAGAGUUAUGGGAAUGUGCUUUGUUACAAAAUUAAGCAGUUACGUGCAUUUGAAAGAAAGAAGACAGAAUGUGAAUACUUUUAAUAGAAAUUGUAUAUCCUUUGUUAGCUUUUGUAAUAAUAAUCCAUUCUUCUGUAAGGCAAUCAGCUCACACAACGUAAGAACAUCUCUGCAACUUGAUAUACUAUUAAUCAGGCUUAAAUACUUCUUAUUGAUAGAGAAACUUAUAAAACAGAUGCAUCCAAUAGCCUCCUGAAAACUGCAAAAAAAUGAGCUAGAGAUGCACAGCCUUUCCCAUCACUGCUGUAAUCAACAAACGACCCUCCAUAGGAAAAUGCCACAACUUGCAGACUUGUAAAAGGAUAAAAUACUCUUUGUGAAAUAUCUGUCAAGCUAAGUGAAAGUUCAGUAGCCCUCUGGGAAGUGAGUGCAAAACAAAGCUGACUCUUAACAUUCUGUAACGUUUCCAGAAAGACCCCCAAAUUCAGCUCAGUCUCUCACAGUAUUUAAUGAGCCCUUGCUUUUUAUCUCCUGAAUGGUAAUAUGUGGGAAAAGUAUUUCCCUGAAUACUCAUUUUAAAAAUGAAUCGCUUCCCAUAUUUCUAUAAGUGGGCAGGUUCCGGGUAUGUUAUAUAUAGCACUUGCUGAUAAUGUUAUCAGAUAUUUCUUCCCAUACUGUAUUAAAGGGGGGGGGGUAAUGUUCUGGUUGACAAUAGCUAGUGAAUGCACUGCAACUUUUGAACUCUGAAGGUGCUUCCCGCACUAAAUUUUGAUUUUUCUUAGAAUUUGCAAAACUGCUUUGAGGAAGAGUGGAGAAUUUAAAUAAUGGUUCAGAAUCUUAUUUCUAGACACAUUUUUCCUGGAUUUGUUGUAUAGCAUCUAUGCAUUUGUUAUGUUGCUGGUAAUUUGAAUUAGCCCAAGAGCAAUCAUAGCAGUCUAAAAAGGCUUUCUUGUAACAAUUUCUGUAGAAGAAAUCUGGGGAGCGGUGAAUUAGAAAUUUUUCCUUCUGAUUUGCAGCAAACCAUGGCUUGUCAUUUCAACAGAAUGUGGCAAACUGUUGCAUGCAAACCGUUGUUUACAAUCAAAUUGGGAUACCAAACCACAGCUAGAUUCUCAUUUGAGAUCCUGGUUUUAUUGUAAAUUAUGGGUUCCAUAAACCAUAGCUUGCCACAUUUAGAGGAAAUGAAAACGUAUGGUUUAGCACAAAUUUGAAGUAAAAGCUUCAGAUCUGCACCCCUUGUGUUCAGUGGAGAAAGGAAGGGGAAGGAGGAACAAGCAAGCCUGACACUUGGCUAAUUCUCAUAAUGACAAACCAUGAAUUGCUGUUAUGUCUGAAUUGAGGUGAUUACUCUAUUGCUGGUGCUGUUUGCAUCACAGUAAUCGAGUCCAGUGUCUCCCAGCCUAUUGCAUUAAAACAACUAUAUAUAUAUAUAUAGUAUAUAUAUAUAUAGUGUAUAUAUAUAUGUGUGUGUGUGUGUAUAUAUAUAUAUAUAUAUAUAUAUAUAUAUAUAUAUAUACACACACACACACACACAUACAUACACACACAUUCAUAUAAAAUAAAGAUAUUCUGUAAAGGUCUGAUAUACUCAAAACUACUCUUUCUUUCUCCCAAACCUUUGCUUAUCUUUCCAAGAUACCCAAGUAUAGUUGCUUUGCUACAGAGAGCCAGAGCUUUGUAGGCCCUGCAACAUUUAAUGGAACUUAUGGAACAGUUUGAACAACAAAGGAGGUGAACUGUGGUCUUAUGCUUAAAAAAGAAAAACACCCUCCUGGUAGCAUUCUAGUAGCCAAGGUACUCUUUCAUUUUCAUGCUGAAUUCUACCCAUAGCUGUCAUGUGUUAAAGUGACAGUGUGCAGACUGCCACCAGAUGCAGAAGAUUCUUCAUACUGGGAUUAUUGUUGCUUUGUGAGUGUUCAAAGCAGUGUGCGAAACCCCAAACUACAUUGACUUCUGCAUGUGGUGUCGGUAAUGCAGGACUGCCUCAGUGUAUGUGGCAACACAACUGGAAUUCAGCAAAGUUUUCAUAAAUACUGUAGUGAUCUUGUGGGUCAAGGGAAUUGUCCCUCAGUGGAAUCUCAUGAGUGAGGUUUUGCAGGAUCGUCAAAUAAAAGCGGAGAUGUGUACCACUCAGAUUAUUAAUGAAUGUUGAGCAGUCUCCGUAGGCAGAACGUUUAGGCCCAUCAGACACUCCGCAAUACGCAGCUAAGCAUUUGGAAUUGCACAAAAGCAUGUUGCCUAGAGGGAGCCUUGCCAAUUUUCUUUUCUCCUACCGAUUCAGGGGAGGCAUUUAUAAAUGGAAAUAAAGAUCCAAGCCACAGCUUCCAUUUCUCGCAGACGUUAUUUGAGCCAGGGGAUGCGAAUGAAAUACAGUAUUCCUGUGGUUAUUUGCAUUGCCUAUUGUCUCAUCCAUCAUAAGUGUCUAAGAAUCGAUAAUGAGCUUGCGGCCAAGUUGCAGUAGAAUAGAAUUUGUCCUGACAUUUAGAGGACUCAAAUGGAAGCUGACAGGAUGUGAAAGACCCAUUUGGUUGAAUUUAAAACCACAAACUGCGGAACUUUUGCCCCAAGAAAUGAAGAUAAGGUGAAGGAAACCAAAUCAACUGUGUCUCCCUCCGUUGGUUUGGAUGGUCAUUUAUGGUAAAGAUUGGCUGGGGGUAGCCGUGGAAUAUGGCGGACUAACACACCUUCUCUUUAUUACAGCCUCAGCCUGCCAUGUUUAUGUACCAUGUUUGUGCUGUGGUUUUAUAUAUUCCUGUGUUCUCUCUUUCCCUUCUUUCCUCAUGUUCCCCUUCCCUGUGUUUGGCGCUGCACACUCUGAAGUUCUUCCAACCUCAGGUACUGUACCAAGCUGGCAGACUACACAGGCAUGAUGGGGCAGUGUCAGCUGAAGGCUUGUCUCUUGGGAGCGCUGGCAUUAUAUAAGCAUGCACCAAGUUAACCCUUUCAAUGGGGGAGAGAAUGUAUAGACAGAUGCAUUGGCAGAUAGCCUACUCUUUCUGAUGUAGGGAAUGGGUCCAUUGAAAGGGUUGACCAUAAUGUUUGAGCUGCUAUUGCUGCUGCUGCUGCUGCUGCUGCGCAUGUAUGCAUGAUAGGCUUCUGCAUUUUUUUUUGCUGUUGCUACCACUUAACAACACUGAGAUACAGAGAAGUUGCAUGUGUUUAUGCACACGUGGGAGAACUGAAGGCUGUCUGGUGAAUGAAAGGCUCAAUCUUCUGCAUUCGUGCAGGCCAGAGGCCCCAUCCUCUGCUUGCCCCAUUCCCUCAAGCUACAUGUGUUAAGAGCAUAAGAAAAGCUUGCUGGAUCAGGCCAAGGACCCAUCUAGUCCAGCAUCCUGUUCUUACAGUGACCAACCAGAAGGUGAACCAUCCGUAGGAGAGUUGUUCCAUGAGUGGACCAGGGUGCUUUUCGAGGGGAAAAAGACAUCAGGUUGCCUCUCCCUACGCUAGAGCCUAGUGUUAACAACAGUCUAUAACAGGGAAGAGGCAUUUUUAAAAAGAAGAAAAAAUCCUCACCAGGUUGCAUUUCAAAGUUGUGUUCAUUAUAGCACCCUAACCUAUAACCUGAGAGCAGCUAUUGUUUUCCGCUAUAAAAAUGUGUCUAAAAGUGCCCUAGUUUUGGAAAUGUGUCUCUCUGGAACAGCAUCCAUUUUUCAGUUGCAUCAUAGAAAGGUCCACAUUUGCCUUUGGUCACAACUGGAGGUGGGAGUUGUUUUGUUCUCCUGAGAAUGUUAGUCAGACACAAAGCAAUACCCCCCCCCCCCCAUUUUUUCCAGGGGUUGUCUGGCUGACAGGCAAAAGGGCAGCACCAAAUUUCUUUUGACAGCAGAUGCCAGAGACUGUCUGCUGAUCAGAUUGCAGGUGCCAGGAUCAUUCUGUAGCCCAGCUUUUGGAGAACCAAAGAGUGUCCCUGAACCCUUGUGUCCCCAGCACUCAAAGUUUGUUCACCGCAAUAAUAAAAACAGUCCCCUUUUGGCUUGGGAAAUCUCAGUUGGCAGGAGUCACAAUACAGAACUCUGGGAAAUGAGGAUGCAUUUUGGUGCCCUUGGUAUUCUGGGGUUAGUUGAAUCCUGGGCAAGAAAAGGCUUCAUCCUCCCGUUGAGCUUACAGAAGCUGCUACAUUCAUAGGAUGAGAGAGAAAUAAUUCACUCUCUAGCCUUCUUGCCCCAUCUAAAGUCUUUGUUUGCAUUGGACUUGAAUAUUUUAGUAGGGUUUGGGCUGUAUUUUCUGCUGAUGCUUUCCCCUGCCUUAUUUUGUUGUAACUAUUUAACUGAUAUUACUUUGCAAACUUACUUUCCUUAUGUAUAGAUCCUCCCUCCUACCUUUUUAACUGUAUUUUUAUUCCCAGCGAUAUAAAGGGUAGCAGAUUGAUCUACUUUUGAUCAUUAAAGAACCAAAAUUAUAUUUCUGCUCUAGGAUAACCAAGUGCCCACACAUUUUGGUUUGGACUUGGCAGGGCUUCCUUGUGAGUAAAUGUGUAUCAGAUCAUGCUUUUAAAUUGGAUCAAUAUACAUUUUUGGAUCAGAAUACAUUUUUUGCAUUCAUUACUCCUCCCUAUUAUAAUUAUAAUCAAGCCCCGUAAAGUUGGUAGAGCUCAGAAGAACCUUGAAACACAGGGUAUGUAAUCCAGCUGCAAGCUGCAACUUGGAACCUCAUUUUAAAACAUGGGCAGCACCUCUCUCUGUCUCUCUCUCAGACAUGGCUGAGGCUGGUACCCUUGAGAUCUUGAAACUUCAUGGAGUUGACUCAUUUGCUUCUAUUGCUGAGUUGGUCCUGGAGCUUGGCAACCAAGCAUUUACAUUGCCAAGUAGCAAAAUAAACAAAAGGCUUUUUUUGGUGACCACCAGAAUUAAAUUUCUGGUUGAUAACAUAGGAAGUUGCCUUAUACUGAGUCAGACCAUUGGUCCAUCUAGCUCAGUACGGCCUGCACUGAUUGGCAAUGGCUCUCCAGGGUUUGAGGCAAGGAUUUUACAAAGCUCUACCUGGAAAGAUCUUGUAUUGAACCAGGGACCUUCUGAAUGCAAGGUAGAUGUUCACUGAUUGAGCUACAACCCUCCUCAAAUUUGCCGCUAGUGAUCUGUGAUUACUGUAUUUGUGGACCUCUGAUGUUAACCAAACUCAUUACUGAACAGCACCAAUAAUGCCUGAAUCUAAUCUAGGCUCUAUUUGUGCAUGUAUGAAUGUAGCAUUAUAUAGCCCAGCUUUGGCUUCAUCCUGACCCAUGUUUUGUUUGGGCAAAUAGAAGACAGAUUUUUACUGCUUGAAGUCAGACACAUCUCACCUUGGAAAGGGAAUUGUAAGGUUUUUGUUAUGCUUUCCAGAAGAACUACUGUGUAACGGAAUUCAGACUGGAAUUAUGAGAUCUAAUAAUAUUAACAAUCAAAACUGGAAAGUGUCAAGAAACCCAAGUCUGACAAUUUUGGAGACAUAAAAAUGAUAGAACCAGAGCAAUAUUCUGUGCAAUGUCAAAACAAAAAAGCCUUUUACUCAGACUUUAAAGCUGACAGUUGCCCUUUAGUCUAGCAUAUUUUGUACUGAUGUACAAACUGAAUAGAACAAAGCUGUACAUUUAGAUGGACUGAAACUUCAGGGGUUGCUGGACCACAGUGUGAAAACAGUUGCAUGGCCUACAUAAAAAGGGCCUGUCCAAUUUGGUUUAAAAGGAUGCCAGUCUAGCACGGCAUACAUUAAAAUUAUUAGCUCUUAUGAGUGGUGUUUUGCAGCUCCUACAGAGUAAAUGCAUGUGUGGUUGCCAAGAUCCUAUGAAUGUUGACAUGUGCACUAUGAGCAAAAGGCUCUUAGUUCCAUGUUUUCUUUAUGAUGUGAUAUUAUCCACUGUAUGAGCUAGACCUAAGAUUUACAUUAGGGACAGGGAAGGAUUUGAUGUUCCUCACGUACACUUAGGAAUCCAGCAGUGUGCUCUGAUGAAAGAAAGUGGCUUAUUAGAGUUGUCUGCCUUGCUCUCCUGCAACCCUGAUUUAAAGGAUUGUAGUUUCAUUUGCUAAGGAUAAAUCUGGAUCAAUUUGUUUUUUGUUAUGCAGUACAACUAGUCCAUAAGUGAUUGAUUCUGGCUCUUCUGCUAGAGAGAAGCAGUUUUGCUAAUGUGUAAGAAGUUACAACUAAAAUCUCAGGAAGAUCUGACUCUUGAAAGAAUAAGUUCUAGAAUUUUUGGUUCUGUGCCUAAGAAGCAGCAGCCACUGGUUUCUGUGGAAUAGGCCUGGGUAGCAGUCCUAUUCCUUGACAAAGACAAAUUUCUUUGUCAAGAAGAAAAAGACUGGAUGUCCACUGGUAGAAAAUAAAGAAUUUGCUAGUCUUUCCCCAUAUGCAGAAAUGGGAGAUAAAUGCUUCAAAAUCAAGGGUAGAGAUUGACAUGAGGAUAAUGGCUUGUAUUCAAUGUCACGCUAAGUAACCAUCCAGCCAGCACAAGGAUUUACACGGACAACAGGACUUUCUCUCACCUCUCCAUGCAUGGCCCCUAAAUUUUUCCUGCAGGUUCCCCCACUCUCUGGAGCAUAUUUGGAGAGGGUACAGAGGGGCAGAAAGUCCUGUUGCGCAAGCAUAAAUCCUUACGCUGGAGGGAUGCUUACUUAGUGCUAUAUUGUUACAAGCCUAAGAUGAUUAGCUUUUCAGCAGAACCAUAUUUCAGUCCUCACAUUUGUGGUUCAUUCAAUUUGGCACUUAUAUCACUUACUGAAUGACUACAUGUCUGCAUAUUUAUUUAUUUGUUUGUUUGUUUGUUUUGCAGUCGUUAGACUUGGAGCAAAUUAAUGGGUUAUUUCUCUUUCAGUUUCCUCACAUUGCCAAAGCAAGGGAAAACUCUCCUGGAAAUAGGUUUGGCUCCCCAUCAGUGUUUAUAAAAUAUUCAUCCAGCCUUCCCAAGCCUACAAGUGCUGUACACACACUCUGGGAAGGCAGUUCUUGUUAACAGCCCAUUAGAAUCUUCUUUGAAUAAUUAAAUAAUAGUACGUGUGUGUCUAGUUGUUUCCUUUGUGCAUGGCAGUACCAGGGCUCUAGAAGUGUACUUUUAAAGAUGCAGCACUAUACACAUUUGCCAGGGAGCAUGUGUCAUUGAACUCCCUUCUGAGCAGACAUACAUAGAGAUUACACUAUUAGUGAUGGAGAAAUUUCAACCGAGUUCCAUGCCUUUCUAGCAAUUAUUUCAGUUUAGUAGGUUAAAAGUAAAUGAAUGGAUUCCUGUUCAACAUUGAAAACUGUAAAUGUUCAGCAGCUAGUAGGGAAACAUUUCUACCUUGAGCCUUUAAGGUGCUACAUUUAAUUUUAGAAAAAACAUUAAGGGGACUGGAGAAAGAAACAAAACAAAACCUGCUGAAUUAGAAGUUAUUAACACAUUGAGUACCAUGUGUAUUGGUUUAAAUAAGGAAUAUAUGUGGUUAUCUCACUACCAAAGGAAAUUGUGCUGUGUGUACCUAUUGCUUGCUGUUCUGGCAAAUAGAGGUCAUCCUCCAAUUAUCUAGAACAACCUUGCUCUCAGACUUUGCUCCUUGCAUUUCUGCAGCUUUUAAGCCUCAGCGUGUUGUCUUGAUUUUCCCUUCCUCUUAUCCAUCACAGAUAGAAUGACUAUAUAUAAAGGUCAGAACUCCUGUAUGAAAUAACUUGUAUUGAAGAGGCUCAUCAGGUACAGCUUUUCUUAUCCCUCCCUAACAACCUGUACCUGUUAAAAUUCCUUCUUCAGUCCAGCUAUUCUAGGUACAUGAGCAUUGUCCUCCUUUGCAUCAAAUUGAAGUUUGGAUAAUCAGUAUGAAUGCAAAUAUAUCUCUGUGAAAUAUAGAUAUGUAUUUCUUUCUGCAUACAGAUUCCCCACCUUCCCCGUUCAGCCUGUAUAUUUGUCGAAGCAGGCUCAGUAAUAAUAUGCUAGAUUUAAUUAGGCAGAGCCUCAAAUUCUGUCUUCUCGUCUCUGCUAAUGAAAGCAGGCAGCAUUUGUAUCUGGAUAUAGAGGUUGAGACUAUGAACAUAAGUGGAGCCCUUUACUCUGGGGAAAAUCAUUACUUAGUGAGGGUCUCUUGGUUUCAUUUACUUUUAGCUAAUCAGUUAGAAAGCUGCACAUCUGUGUCUUUCAGCCUGCUUUCACUGACUCUUACACCAUAGCAAUUAAACACAGUCUCACGGAACAUACCAAGGCAAUAAACCCAGGCAUGCUGUUCUAUAAAUUGUGUAAGAAAAGCCUGCCUCUAGUGCACUUGGUUUAUCUGCAUCACUGGCAUCAAGGGAAGUGCACGGUUCCAGCAAAUGAUUGUCACUCCUUGCCAAAGUUAAUCCUUGCUGAAGGGUGCCCAAUAGUGGUUAGAGCACUGGAUAGCAAACUUACAAAGCAAGCCAGUGGUUUCAGCUGACAGCACCUUUAAAACCAAACCCACGUUUGAUGUCCUUAAAAAACAGCUGAAAUACCUGGCCAUGACUAUCUGUUGGGACCUUAAAGUGGCUGAAUGGACAUUGUCUUUUCUGCAGCGUUCUCCUGCCAAAAUAGUCACCUUAGUGGGAUCUAUCUUAAAAUCAGAUUUUUCCUUUUAGUAUGUUUUCAAAGUUCCCCUCUCCCCUGCGGGUUGAUAAUGGUUACGUUACCCAAGUGCGUUAGAAGAGGGACAGGACUUCAAAGUCCUGAAGUCCUCAUUGUGACACAAGGAGGGUUAUGGCUCAGAUGCUGCUUCCAGUACCACACACUGUGUGCUUGCACAACUCCCUUAGAUGGCUGCCCAAGUGUCCAUUGCCCUUCACAGUAUGUCUUUGUCACUCCUCAUAUGCAGCAAGGCUCUGCUUCUGAUCAAAGGCUCCCUUUAUCUUUAAGCCCGCAGUGCACUCUCAUUAAAGGGUUGGAUUUCAAAUGAGAAGCCAGUCCCCUCCUUCGCCCUUCAGUACCCAGCAGCUGAGCUUCUUUCUGUCAUGUGUUUAAUAUUCAGAAGCAAAUGAAGGAAUACCUUUAUUAGGAUUAGGACCAAACCCACGCAACCACUCUCCAGUGCUACCCUUUGCUUCCAUCUUCCUCCAUCUGGCCAGUUUAGGUCUUUCUCUUCCUACUGCCACAGCAGGGAACCUGCCAGCAUCUGUUAAUCUAAUUUCAUAUCCAUCCAAACAUGAAGCCCAAAGAUUGGACAUUUUUUUGCAGCUUUAUCUUUAUGACAGCAGGGCUUGAUUCCCCACCCUCUUUUAAAGUAAACAUUCAGCAAUGGUUGCCGUAGUUGUGCUAUACAAUGCAGUUGUGCUACCCCAAGAUAAUCAUUUUGGUGGACCUGCUUUUUGUACUAAUUACUUUGUGUGACUGCUGUUGGACCCAGUUAAAGAAGAGUAGCUCCGGUGAACACCAGCUACCUUAGGCCACAGAAAGUUCUAGGAAUUGCAGGAAAUAACUUUUUUGCAUCUGAGGAAACAUGUCAGGUGAAAAGCAGAGUACAGUUUUAAAUGGUGAGUGAAAUCAGAAGCUUCAGGAAGAGAGCUCAGUAACAAAUCUGAUUCCUAAUAAAGAUUAAGGGCUGGUUUUUUUCUCCACAAAAAAGUAAAGGUUGCAUCUGAAGUGAGAAUUGUUCCAUGGCUGUAGUCACACCCUCAUGUUCCUUCAGCCAGAAAAUGUUGCCAUUCUGGGCAUGGGUAGCCCUUUCCUGGAUUUCUUUUUCAGGGCAGGGUAUUUAAUGCCUAGUAUUCCAGAAUUGCAAUUUUGUGGUUGUCUAGGAGACUAGAAGAGGAAUUACGUGUCUGCCUGAGCUACUGCAAACCUAGUUGCUGCAAUGAAAUUUUGCAUGCAGCUAAUGAUUGCUGUCAGGACAAUACUUUGACUUGGACUCUGCAUUGGCCAAAGCUCUCCUCUGAGCUGCUUGCACCCAUCAGAUGGAAGUGUUGGGAAACAGAUUCCUCCCAAACAACAACCACCAACCCUCCACACAGAAAAUAGGACGAUGCUUGUUCACAUGUCACACAAAGAUCCAUUUUGGAUCUUUCCCGAGUCAGAAUAUUUAUUUAUUUAUUUAUUUAGCCUCACAAGAAAAGGCAGCUUCUUUAGUACAUUAUUCCAGAAUACUAGCUGAAUAAUGCCAAUCUUGUGUAGUCAAAAAGUGCCCCAAACCUAACAACUCUACCACUAUAACGGUAAGUGCAGAAAGGCCCUAAGAGAACUCAGACUCUUCCACUUUCCCUCUGUCAUAUUCUAUAAAGUAUACAUGCUAGUUUUCCUAAGCUUGAGUUCCUUGGUUAUAUAAUGCACUUUCUCUGGGUUUUUCUUCAGUGUUGUUUGACAAAUCUUACACACUUUAAAGUGACUUUAUUGCAUUUGCUGUGCUUUUGCAUGAAGGUAUGAAAUGCUAUCGCUGUGGCAUCUGCUGUGAUGUUGAAUUGAACACUUGGUUUAUCAUGAAGAUCCUGCCAAAUAGAUAGUAUUGUUGGCUGCUUGGUGUCUUCAUUUCUUUUACACCUAUUAUGUUGUUGGACAAAAGCAGCAGGAAGAUUACCUGUAUAGUGUGAUGAUUUUCAUUGGUCUCUGAUUUUAUGCACUGGUUCUCUUUUGGUGUCAUGCAUCUUUUGUUCAAGAUCCUUCAAAGACAAAAAACCAUAUGUGUGUCCACCUCAGUGAACCUGCAAGUGCUUGGGGGGGGGGCAUAUCUUGGUUCUUCUGCAGCAGGGGAGCCAUUUGUAGUCCAGAGAGCUUUUGUGAUUAUCUCAAGUGUAUUUAAUUAAUCUUUCACUCCAAACCUCAUUUGUUAUAGAAAUUCAUGAGAACGUGUGUUUUCGUUUUAAUGCUGGAGUAAUUCUCCAACCCUCACUCUGUUGGAGAAUAUCAAGCGUCUGACCCUCAUGGACCCAGAGGAGGUCGAAAGCCAGAUGAUAAAAGGGGCACUUAAGCCAACUCAUUAUAUAUAGUGAACUUUGAGAGAUGGCAAGACUGUUAACAACAAUGAAAUCCUCAAGAUUUAAAGCCUUGUUUGGCGUCUUGUGACUGGGAAGUCAGGCUUGGGGUGAAGGAAAAGGACACUUUCAGUCAUGUGUGGAGAGUUUGGAAGUGUAACAAAUGAAAGCUACGUUACAUCGUUUAGAAUUAAAAGCCCACCAAUUUGGCGUUCAUUUUUUAAAAACAGGAAAUUGAGAAUAUGGAAUUUUCCCGAUUGCAGCAAAUCAUCAGAAACAAAAUGGCUUAGGGGAAAACCUUAAGUUCACAGCCUAUCAGUUUUAUGCAAGAUCUAGGUUUAAAAGACAUACUGAGUGGAAUUCGAUGUGCAGUCGGGCUCCCUCUUCCCCCUGCCUGGUCUUCUCCCCUGAGGCACUAUUCUGGGGUUUCUUCUGAGGUAAAACCCCCAACCAAUUUUGGGGGGGUACUUUGGAAGGGAGGAGGAAGCCCCAUUAUGCAAGUGGAAGUCGUUACACAGGGCUUCUGCUGAUGGGGUUGGUUAGGUGAAUCCUGCCCACUGAUUUCAAUCGAGCACUGUUAGCGGUUUGUUCCUUGGAAGCUAUAGUUUGCCUCCCAGAUACAAACUGGAAUGAGGAUGGGGGGAAGCAAAUUCUGUUUAGUCCAAAUUAGUGAAGGGAGGAGAGAAAUGGUAUGUUGCACAUUAUUGAAGCAUUCAGGACUCCCCAUGUGAGAUUUCUGUUACUUCUUGGCCUAGCUGAUUAAUUGUGCAGAUUUUUAGUUGGUCAUUAAAGCUUUAGCUGAUUUCACAUCCCUGGGUUAGUUGAUUGAAGCUUGCAGCUGUGAUCUUUCCACAUUAUGAGAGUGACAAAACCUAGUAUUCUGUAGGAUUAGAUCACUAAGUGGGCUAUAUUUAAAGUUCCAGCGUUAAAUAUUCUGAUAUUAAUUUUUACAAAAACAGACAAACAAAAGCCAUCAAAGUAUGCAGCAGGUUUUAUGGGUAGAGCGGUACCCAGUAGCUGAGCUACUUUCUACCAUGUGUUUAAAUUUCAGAAGCAAUCUGUACUACAGCAAACCAGCCAAGGGUUUUCAGAGACAUUUUGCAGAGAGAGCAAUAUAACAAAGCCAAAACGGCUAGUAAGACUUUCUGCAGUUAGGAAGGUCCAUUUUCAUAAUGUAGCCUGACCUCUGGUCUUAACCCAGACCAUCUUAUUUCAUCUAGAAUCCACUAACAAAGAGUCCAUUUACAAUGUUAUUAACCAAAAGCACUAUUUCUCUUCCCAUUCAUAUCCUUUUUGGGAUUCAGGUCCUGACCCCCCGGGAGAAUUCAGGCAAGACAAAAAAUGCCUUAAAUUCCAUUUUCAGCUUGCUCUGCCAAAAAUCUUAAACAGAUAGAGGAAGUAUACAGCACUGAUGCUGUAGUAAGCAGAUCAGCUUAAAACUGUUCCUUAUCUACAGACUAACAUUACAGUUAUUUCUAGUGGUAUAUAUAUUUUACAGCAUGUGUGUGUGAUUCUACAAAAACUAGGGUUGUUGGGUUUUUUAACUAACACAAUGUGGGGAUUGGAGUGUGGGAAUGGGCUUCAAUUUGAAGUCCAACCUCAUCUAAAAUAAAUAAUUUGAAAUUUGCAAGAUGUGAGAAUCUGUGAUAAGUAUUUCAUGUUGCUUCAGAGCUUAAAAGUAGGGAAAAUGUAUGAUCUGCACAAAAUUCUAUUGUCAGAAAGCUGUCAACUGAGAAAUGCCUUUGCUACAGUUCAGGGUGUGCAGUGUUAAUUUAAUUUUUGCUCUGCCUGGUCCACAACAAAUUGGAUCAUUCUAUUUUGCUAAGAGUUUUAAAAUCUAAUUGUCUGUUUAAAGGUGACUUGCCUGCUUAAAGCCAAAUUCUGUCAUUUUUAAGAGAAUAGGAUUUACCUUGCCGAUGGCCCAUUUAGCACAAUAUGCUUCCUGCCAAAAAAUUAUCAAAACCUAGUGCUUUUGAAGAAUAUGGAAAACCUUUUGAUUUGGCAGAAAUGGGACAAUUUUCUUCCCUUCCCUACUUUAGUUAUUUUAGGUAAAGGUAAAGGGACCCCUGACCAUUAGGUCCAGUCGCGGACGACUCUGGGGUUGCGCCGCUCAUCUCGCUUUAUUGGCCGAGGGAGCAGGCGUACAGCUUCCGGGUCAUGUGACCAGCAUGACUAAGCCGCUUCUGGUGAACCAGAGCAGUGCACGGAAAUGCUGUUUACCUUCCCACCGGAGUGGUACCUAUUUAUCUACUUGCACUUCGUGCUUUCAAACUGCUAGGUUGGCAGGAGCAGGGACCAAGCAACGGGAGCUCACCCCGUCGCGGAGAUUCAAACUGCCGACCUUCUGAUCGGCAAGCCCUAGUCCCUUUAGUAUUUUAACCCUGAGCUAAGUCCCACCUGUAUAAGAGUUCUUACUCUUAUUACUAUUAUUUAUAAAAUUUCUAUACCGCCCUUCAUCCAUCACAGAGUGGGUUACAAUAUAAAAACACAAAAAUACAUACCAUAAUAACAAACAAAAAGAAUAACUACCCCAUACACACUUUAAAAGGCCAUAGAUUGUUUAAUUAGUCAAAGACUUGGGAGAGUAGGAGCGUUUUUGCCUGGCCACUAAAGAUAGGUAACGAAGGUUCCAGGUGAACUCCCUGGGGAGAGCAUUCCAGAAGCAGGAAGCCACCAUAGGAGAGGAUACAUAAAAGUUAUUUGUAUUUAUUUCUUCUAUAUGUUUGAAAAGCAAACACAUGUUCAUGAGCUAAAGCUGUGAUCUGUUUACAUGGGAGUAAGGCCCAGAUAUAUACAGGAUCACAUUAUAAGUGCAUUCACAUGUGAAACUAUUAUGUAUUUUCUUUAGAUGUAUUAUUUGGCAACCCACUGAGUCUUAAAAUAGCUAUGUUUUAAACGUGGUAGCUUUAGAAUUGUAAAAACCACUUAGAAGUUAAGUUCAUUGUUUGUGGUUUCCACAUGUCUUACUCUUAACUUUAAAAGGCUGAAUCACAGUUUCUUGUUCUGCAUUGUUCCUUGAAGUUUCCUAUUUCAGUGUCAAGGGAGGGAAACUUUACUUGCUGUAUCAUACAAGUUGCUCCAUUUUGAGGAGUCAGGCCCAUUCUCAUGGUAUCUCACGGAGAUAUGUAUGCAUUUCCUUGCUUUUCAAUCCAGUUAAGCCUAUAUCUGCUGUCCGCAGGGGCUGGAGUGCCCUAAUGCUCUCACAACCAAGAGAAGCAUUCUGUUCCGUCAGUGAAUGGAACCUAAAAACAAAUAGCAUGUUUGUGGGCAAGUAUUUGUUUUAAGCCAAUGCCUCCCACUUUCUGCUGCUUUGCCCAUAUGUUUACAGUGCACUUGCCUACAGAAGGUUUUGCAUGCGCCUUUAUUUGACGGAUUCCAGGACUCUCCCACACCUGCCCACUCUGCAGCUGAAUUGCAUUAACUGUUGUUAGUCAAAAGUGUGCCAAGGAAAGAAAGUGAAGCUCAGGCUUUGUUGUCCUAUUUGCAAAUGGCUUCGUUCUUUUUGCCCCUGAAUUGUAUGUUUUGUGUUUGUUUGUGUGUGUGUGUGUGUCUUGAUCCACUUUGCCAUAUCUUGCAUGCGCGCCUAGCUUCAGGGAAUGACAAAGCCAAAGAACUGGAAAAUAUAAAUACUUUUCAAAAUGUAGUUUUUACACUUCCUUCUCCCAGUUGUAAUAUCUCCAACAACCAUCAGCCCUACUACCAUUGUGGCCACCACCACCACCACCACCACAGAAGCUACUACUAUCGCAACCACCACAGAAGCUACCACCACAACCACGACCACAGAAGCUCCAACCACUACCGAAGCUCCAACCACCACAGAAGCUCCAACCACCACAGAAGCAGCCCUCACCACAGUUAUUGCUAGCACAAUAGGUAUCCCAGUAGAGGAUUCUGGUACUGUGUUUUCAUCUUUCCUUUUCUAUUAGUCGUCCAAUCCAUACCUGGAUCUUGUCAGGGGUUUUUUAAGCCUGUAAUUCAGGCGUAACAUCAAGGUAUGGUUGCUUUGAAAACCAUCCAACACGUAGAGUUUCUCAGUGCUGUGAUAAAAGAUUAGCAGCAAAUGAAAAGUAAUCCUUGGGUUGUGCAUUCAAGGUCUCAGUAUGUUGCCGUGAUAAAGUUACUUUAGAUUACCGGUAAUUUGCUCUUCAGAGAGACAGGGCAGCUUUGUUUAUGCAUAAGAGUUGUCCUUGCUUUCUAUAGGCUAGGAUAAGCAGGUACAGCAAAUACACUAUAACAAAAUAUAGUGGGCUAAAUUGGCUGUCAUCCAUACAAUGUAGUAAAAGCAGUGGUUGCAUUAAUUAAUGCAUCUGUUUCAUUAUGGGACUUGGCAAAUACCAUAUGAUGCUUUUCAGUGUUAAAAAAAAAAUCUUUACAUAAGAGAACUGCUUCUUAGGGCUGCUGCAGAGAGAUCAUGCUAGGUCCCUACCAACAAAUGAUGUGCACAUCCAAACGUUCACUAUGCAAAUAUUUGGUUGCCCUGUAUGAAAAAUGCAACAUGUGUCAAACUUACUGGAACAGAUAUUUAACCAAGUCCACAUCUACUGCAUAUAAAUACCUCAAUCUGAAAUAGGAACACAUCCAGAAAAAGGUCUUUGACUGACCACUGGGGCACAAUGCCUCAUUUUGCUUAGCCACUUAAAAAAAAAAAACCACAACCAUGUAGUAUCUCAUGGUUUGCAGUAAAUUUAUACUCCUGAAGAGAAGUUAAAGCAAACUCAAGUAGUUCUGAUUAAGCCCAGCUUCAAAUUUCUUGCAUGCAUGAAGUCUCAUUGGAGUCAAUGGGAAUGCUCAUGUAUAUUCUAAGCAUAGGCAUAUGAACUUGAUGCCUGGCUUGCAGUUUAUUGAUGCAAGGAUUUCUCAGCUGUGGCUGAAAACUAAAUGUUGCAUGAAUGAGCAUGCAGUGGUAAUUGACGGAUCAAGAUAUGAAAUUAUAGACAUUUUAAAAACUGAACUGUUCUUGUUAGAAAUAGCUUUUUGUAAAGACGUAAAAGUAUAGCUGAGGAGGAAACUGUCAUUUUCUAAGUCAUAAAGUGGCUGUAUUUAUUGUUGAAGAAUGUGUUCUCAUGUCAAAGAUAUAUUGAAGUGUUUUCACUUUAUCAUGUUAUAAUAGCUAAUAGAACAAUUCUCUGCGUGUCUAUUCAGAAGUAAGUCCCACUGAGUUCAAUGGGACUUACCCCAACUGAAUUCAGUGGGACUUACUCCCAGGUAAGUAUGUAUAGACUUGAAGCCAAAUGCAAUAGUCAGAGUUUCUAAACUAAUGAAUUGAAGCCAGUUAAACUGAUGUUGUCACAAACUAACUUGACCUAAAACCAGCUAAUUCUGUUACCCACUAUCCAGAAUAGUGACAAGAACAUUUUGCUUUCCAGUAUUUUCUCAAUUUUAAAACAGUGAGAAUUGGCAAUGAAUUUCACCUUGGUUUGGUGCAAUGUUGAAACAGAUCAUCAUUAAUAAAUCUCUGCCUGUCUAGUUACGUAGACCACCAGGAGCUGCUAUGUGGGAUUUCUAUAAUCCUGCAAAGUAGGAAUUGGCAUAAGGGCUGGGAACGUAACCUUCUGCAGUGCCCUGUAAGAAUUAGGCAGCUGAGUUGACCCUGCCCUGUAGAGUGUUGCUUUGGACAGGCAAGUGGCUCAUUAAUUUGUGGCACUAAAAUUCCUAAGGUGAUUUGUGCUCUUAUAGAUGUAUGGACACAUGACGUCUAUCUUGGGCCAUUAUCCUUCUUCCAAGGUAAUUUGGCAGAAAGAUUGAUGUCUCUAUCCUUGGCCAUUUUGAAAAUGUUGUACCUCUCAAUUUGCUGAUGCAAUGACAACCUUCACCAACUUGGUGCCCUCCAGAUGUUUUGGACUACAACUCCCAUCACCUUUGGUAAUAGUUCAAAGCAUCUAGGGGGCACUAGGUUGUUCAAGGCUGCACUAGAAAAUGGCUAUGGCGGAAGAGAGUAUUAGCAUGGGCAUAUAUCCUGGUGUACAUUUUUAUAUGUAAUUUCUAUGCAAACCUUGCUGUUUCAAAGGAUAUAUUUAGAUAUACCCCCAAAAAAGUUCUUCUCAUUACUAAAGUGACAUAUGAAUUGAAAUGGCUUUGCAAUGUUUUUUGUUUGUGUUAUGUGAGGUAAUGUUGAAGCAUCCACAGUCUGUUGUGUGCUAUACCUGGUGGGGGUGGGGAGGAGGAGGAUGCUCUGCAUUUCCUUCGAAGGAAAACAAUUCAUUUAAAUCUGGGCAUGCAGUUAGAAUGCAUCUCUCUGUUCAUAAUCCAGUUUACUAACCUCUGUUCUAACCUGUUCACCAGCUGGUGGUGCAAAGCAGCCUAUCUGGGAUGUAAAAGCUUCACCUAACAGUAACUGGGCAAACAUCACCUGGAACCACACAUUUGAUCCUGAAACUGAGUUUGUGGUUGAGUAUAUCAACAGUAAGCAUUGGGAGCUCGAGAAUUCUGCAGGGUCCUUAAUGUCACCAGAGAUUCUGUCAUCUCUCAGAGGUUUAAUGGACCUUUCAUGCAAUGUUCAUUAUAGUGUAACUAAUUGUACUGCUUAAUUUGUGCAUGGAGGAUUUUUUUUUUGGGGGGGGGGGGACCAAAGGCAUGGCAUUUAACUUGUCCUUCAGAUUAUAUUGACACUGUGUUUUAUGUUGCUGUUCUCUUAAACACAAUAACUGCCAAGUCCUUUCAGUGGAGGAUUCAGAAUAACACAUCCUAAAAAGGACCUGCUUUUUAGAAAACACUGCCCUAAGUGAAUCUGUGAUGGCUGUAAGUGCCGUAGAAUGAAGCAGAAAUAGAUACAAAAAUCUAUAGAUCCCCUCUAUAGCAAAUAAUUUGGGGGUUAAUAGUAAUGCUCACAUUUUGUUUUAGUUGGAGAUUUAUAAUUAGUUAUCUACAUAAAUUUUGUUUUCAAGCCAUUCAUACCUCACUCUACUUCCUGCUGGCAUGCUAUCUGCAGUUUUUAAGUGGUUAUGUGCUGGUCAAAGAAUUAAACAUUGACUGUCAACCUUAUAGCUUUGGGGGCAAGUUAUAUAUGUGCCCUAAACCUGCUUUCCUUGGUUUUAGUUUGCUGGGCCAAGUCCUGUUCUAGGUGUUGGUUCCAUAAAAUUAUCAAUACAGUAUUGUGUUUAGAUUUUUAAAUUAAGUAAUCAAGAACUGGCCCUUUAGGAAUUUGCAUCUAGCAUGAUUAAAUAGUAAGCAGUCAAUGUAAGACCCAUUGUGUGGAUAUGAUUUGGAGGAUUCCUGUGUAUUCCGCUCCCCUGGCUGCUGCAUUGUCACAGAGUGGGAAAGGGAAUCUUCUUUUCUUUGGGAAGCUUCUCAUGCUUCCAGUUUUGUAGUACUUUGAUAAAUUAGGUUUGUCAAAACCAGCUGCUUAGAUUUUCUUUAAAGGACUCCAGUGAUUUCAAUUCUCAGGCCUGGUGCUCUCAUUAACCUAGCCAUUGCUAGCAAAAGUAUAUUUGUAGAUUCAUACACGUCUGUAACAUUGCCGAUUAGGGACUUCCAUGCCUAAUGAUUUGCUAAGGUUUAGUUAACACAGCAUCCAAGCACUUCCAAAACUCCUGAAGUAUUGGAAUACUUGAAAUUUCAUAGGGUAUCUACACUGGAGUUUGCAAACAGGGUUCUUUUUUAUUCACUUUAUGUUUGAAUGCUUUUAGCAGUGUACCUUUAAUAUAAUUUGACGUUGUGAUCUGUGUGCAUGCUCUUAAUAAGAGUUUAGAAGUGACUUUUUCUACAUCUUUUGCAAAAUGUGUUGAGGUUAAUUCAGAAAAGGCAGUUCAAAUGCAUCAGAAGCAUGCUGCCAGAAAAAGAGUUGCUGUUGUUACUGAUUCGGCACAUCUGGCACUUGCGAGUUGCACAAAGCCUAUGCCAGUCGCUUUCUGUUCCAAGUAAGAAUUUCCCAGAGAUGGCUGUACAAAGUCUUCCCUCUUUUUCUGGGUGUCCCCCCCACUUCUAGUUUUAUGCAAAAUCGCUGAACCAGUAAUGUGAUAAGCUUCCAUCUGGUUGCUGGCUGCCUUACGAUGCCAAAGCAGGUGCUCCGUUAGAUUAAAUGGUGUCUGGAAAAUAGAAUUCUCCUACAUACAAGUGGAGUGAGCUUCUGUAAACGAGCCCUUCAACUUUGAACUGAUGGUGCCAGAAACUCUGGGUGUUCACUCUGUGUUAGUCAGUGGUGUCAUCGGCAGGGACAUGUGUCGAGUCAGUAGCUGGACCUGGCAUUAGGGAUGUUUGCCUACAGAGUAAUCUGCAUUUCUUGCUAGCUGCCUUUGAUAUGAAGUUUCUGUUUCUCAGGUAACAAAACAGUGAAAUCUUCCCCUGCUAAAGGCUUUCUGGAGCUGGUUGACCUGACUCCUGGGGAGAAGUACAUAGUGCGGGUUUUUCUCAAAGGGAAUGAUACUAUCAGCUCGAACGUAACCUUUCAGACAAGUCCAGGUGAGAUGGGGUUCAGCCCCACAAUGUGCUGCGUUUUGGAGGCACAUUCCAUUCCAAGCCUUACUGCCUUUGCGUGCUGCUGCUUCAGAUGGAGGAAUUAUGCCAUGCAUGGAGAAAAUGUCACCCAUCUCUUCACUGACGAUGUGCACUCUGCCCUUAUUAUACAAGUACCAAAGUGAAAUGUAUCCUCUCUUAAUGAGGUUCUUUAGACUGUGUUCUGCUAAAACAAACAAAGGAAAAAAAUAUUGGCAUAACUUUUCUUUUAAUGAAACAAGCUUGGUUUUGGAAGAUAUCUAUAAAAAGGGCAGAGACCCAUGGUUUUCCAUCUAGACUUAAUAAUAAACACUAUUGUUAAGGAAUAUGCUACAGGCUAUGUGUUGCUAUCUGCGCAUUCAUGUUUCCCUUUGUGUGCGUGUGCACUGCUCAUUACCAUGCUGCCAGCUGUUGCAUGAGCACAUGCGAAUUUCUGAUUGGCUUUAUGUCUGGGUAUUCAUGAAAAAGAUUUUAGAUAUUAUAAUGUGGUCGAUUUGUCUGCAAGACAUCCACAGAGCUAUGUGGCAUACUCAUAAUUUCAAAUGAAGUCACAAUCUGAGAAUUGUAGCAAUUUACCUUUACAGAAUAUUGCCUUAUAUCCUAUUUGUGUGUCUCAAAAGUGCCUUAUAUAGGUUGCUUCUAUGUUGCCCCUCUGUUUUAUGAAGAAUUCAAAUGAACAUCAUUAGGUCAAUGUAUUCCAGUAACUUUUUUCUGUUUCCCAAGGGUUUUUUCAGUUGGGGGAGUGGCAAUAAAAACACAAUUGGAUUGCCAGCCUGUCUAAUGUAGACAAUUGCUUUUGACAUCUUUCAGGGCUACUUCAUCUUUACCCGAAGCUUCCUGUUUUCUAUUUCACUAUUUUUAAAAAUGAAAGGAAGCUUACAAAUGAGGAAAUUAAGGGGCAAGUCACUAAUCCUUCAGCACCACUGAAUAUGAAGCAAUAAAAUGGCUACAACCCCAAGCAGGAAGCUUUUAAUUAUCAUUGAAAAGAGCCUUUGCUGAACAGGACUUGCCUGUGAAUAAACAUAAUGGAUAUUGACCAUGGUAAAAGACAUUCCUGGAUGGUAUAACACAAUGUUAAAUACUGUGUGGAAUCUCCUUUUAGAUCUAUUUCCAGUACUGCCUGGUAGUGCUAUAGGGCUACAGCAUGGAACCAGUCAGACUUUACUAAAUAUUACUAAAUAUUAGUUUAUGCAUUCACAUUUCUGACCUCUGCUUUCAGAAUUUUAGGUAGCUGUCAAACAAUCAGCUUCAGCCAUAGUGCAGCUUAAUCAAACAUAAUCAUAUCCCAGGUUUCCUCCUGUGUCCAUAAUAAAAGCUCCUUUUGUCAAUGCAGGUAAUUAGAAAAGUAGUUUCCAUGUGAGAAAUAGCUGAAAUGUAUGCUGAGUGGAAAGAAUCGGAAGGUCAUUCUGUAGAAAGCUUUAAGCAAUGUGUCAAAAGCUGUAAGCAAAAUGUCCACACAAUUUAAGCAAGGUUUCUCUUUUCACUCUAAAAUGAUAAAGUUUAUGGUGGCAUACAGACAAAUGGUGGAAAGAAAUUGCUAACCUAGUCUGAACAUGUGUGAAAACAAAUGAAAAAUGCCAUAUUUUAAAAUCUAGCACGGGUAACUAACCAGUGGCCCACAGUUCCUAUACAUCCCCCAAGCAAUUUCUGCCUGCCCGCCCCAGCCCCUCAACAACUUGGUUGUUCUGUCAGAAACAAUUAACUUUUGUAACACUGCUGACCUUCACAGUUGCACUGGUGUGAGUGGAGAGGUUCUCAUCCUGCUUCCCAGGUGUUCAGCCAGAUGCUACUGGAAAGCUCACAAGCAGGACAUGAAGGCAAUAGCCUUCUCCAACUGUUGAUCUCCAGAAACUGGUACACUGAGGCAUGGUGCCCCUGAAAAUGCAGAUUCUGUAUAGCCAUCAUGACGGCUAGUAGCUUUUACAGAAAUGCUUGAGCAACAGUUCCUUUGCUGCAUUUGUAAAUAUUUGCUCAGAUGGCAUACAGUUUUAGCAGUCCAGCAACUGGAGGAGUACAUCCUUCCUGCUAAUGGACUGAACCAGAAAGAACCAUCUGUUUGAUCUUGGGGAACUUUAUUUUUUCUGCAAUCCAGUAUCAGUUUGUACAUAGUUACGUAUGUGUGUAGAGAGUGAGAUCAUCUUCUGUGUUGCAGAUGAAAUGCCUCCCAGCUGAGGAUGGAUAUGUUGAAAAUGUAACCGUACGUAACAUAGUUCAUUAGUGGUGCUAUCUCACUGAAAUUUGGUGGUGUUUUCCCCAGGAAACUGGAUAUUGAGAGCAGUGCUUCAGAUGAACCUUGAUUUACACAGAAUGUGUUGUGGUUUACAAAUAAGAAUCCAAAAUGCAACAUAUAUCAGGCUAAAUAUUUUAGUUUAUUUUGGCUUGGCAAACCUCCUAGCUACAUCAACCAAAAAAAUUACAAGGGAAUAACACAGUUCUUGCUCCUGGCCGUAAUUGGGUAAAUUGGAUCAGUGCUGAUAGAUUUGCUUUUUGUUGUAUGUUUGUGUGUGUUCCAUAUGCAUUUUGUGCAUUAAAAGAGUACUUUUUCUGUAUCUCAAGAUACAGUAAUGGAAGAUUUCCAAGAUCUAUGCUUUUUUCCUCUGAUGCAUCCCAGGUGACUGCCAAAGCUACACUAUUUUAGUGACCUCCCUUGCUUUCUUUUAGUGCCUCUUGUAUUUUCAUUCCUUUUCUCUUCCAGGCUGGCUGCUUCUGAUGUGAUAGAUCAGAGCUUACUAUCAUGUUCCAUCAUUAAUACCUGUGAGACGAAAGCGCUGUCCUUUUUCUUUAGGUUAUUUUGAAAGUCACUCUUCAGGAGACAGCAGCUUAUUUUUCUAAGUAGAAAUUGCACUAGCCAAGUAGCCCCACAGCUGCAGUUUUACUACAUUAUUUCUUUUGCUCAGUUUUGGUUUAUUAGAACAAUACUUUGCUGUGCAGUGAGUGAUAUUUAAUGUUACACAAAUAUACCUGGAUGGAAAAAUAAUAUUAACCUCCACUGCCCUGUUAAAAAUACAGUAAGUAUGCAUGUAAAAUGUCCUAAGGGUGUGGCGCUGUCUUGACAACCUAUUAUAUGCAAAAUGCAAUUCAUCACUGAUGUCGCUCUACAGGUGGGGCCCAGAAGGAGGCCAGCAAGGCCAAUCCAUAAAAAUCGCAGCCAACUGCAAAGUAGGUGUGGAUUCCUGUUAUCUGCCAAGGACUUUGGGGCCUAAGCCACAUUCACCUGGCACAACCUUGAGUACAAUGAAGUUACAUUCAAUAUUGGGAAUGUACAUUUAGGCCUGUCUUCUAUUUUUUUGACACUCAAGGAGGAACACAGGGGUUGCUUUAAAGCCUUUGCAAAGCUCCCCAUGCUCACCCUAACAUCCGGAAUUAGGGGUUUAAAUGGGGAGUAGAAGGAGAGUUGCAAAGCUGCCUAAGGGAUUUUUAAAGGUGCAUGCCCACGCCCACCUGUCGAUCAUGUGACAUCAUAUUUAUGUCAUUUAAUUGGCAGAUGGUGUCACCCACCUGUCAAAUUUGGCCCGUGAGACCGGUCCUGAUAAGGAUCUGGCCCACUGAGCUAAAGAAAGGUUCCCUGCUCUGUCCUAUGGCAUCCUCUUUUGGUCUCUGUCACACUUCCCCCUAAAAGCCAAAGCAAGGCUGCAUCAAGUUUAGAAACUGUUGCCUCAUGCCAAUGGCUAUAAGACAUCAGGUGAAAGCGUUUUGGCUUUGCAAAACGGGAUCAGGCUGUUUGCAAAUGAAAUGUAUGCUUAAGAAGGACAGAACAACUACAUUUGAUGUGUGCCGUUGUAUCAUUUUGACAUUGCCUAUUUGAUUUGGACAGGGUUCUGUGAAUAUGUUGGAGGAUUUUUUUAUCAUUAUUGUAUCAAAAGUAUACUUGUAUAUUAUACUUUCCCCCCUUUCAUUCUGCAUAUCGUGCGAUCUGAUAGUUGCCUUUCCUAUCUUCCUUCUAUUCUAUUGAAAGCUUUUAUAUGUUAGCAUCAUUAAUUGAAUCACCAUUUGUUCCAAAAGCCUCCAGUAUAAUUCUAUUCCCUCUUUGUCAACCCUGUAGUUUCAUUUAGCCUAAUGCAAUUCUGAAGUCCAUGCAAUUAGUGUCUUGCUCCUUCCAUUAGAAUAGCUUCAAAGUGGACUUUUUUCCCACCGUAGUGCUUUUAACAGGAAAAGGGAAUGCAUGGUAAAUCAGCUGCCAGUAGUGAACAGGGAGAAUGUCAAAGCACAAAGGCCAAUGGGGCACCUGGCACUUUUGAGUCAAUUAAAAUUGCUCAUACCUUUUGAAAAAACAUCAUAAUGAUGUAGUGGUAGAUUCCUCAAAUGAUAUGAACGUAACAGGAAAUCAGUAUUUGCCCCUGAGAAUAGGCCUUUCAAACAUUUUGAGUUUGGGUUUCCUGUUAAAACUUGUCCAACAAUAGCUUUUGCUUUAAAGGCUCAAAAACUCACAUGAAGGUUAAAAGUACUAGGGAAUGUUCUGGAAGUUUUGCACAGGACGGUCAAAGGUUCAGCCUUGGAACAUGACAGUUAAGGGAAAAAACCAGAAACUUUAAGCAGGAGUCUACAGUACACUUCUAAUGAUGGGCUAAGAGGUUGGGAGGGAAGUAAAAACAUUGUGUGUAAGUCAAGCUGGAAAGUAGUGUAAUUAAAAAGCUGUGGUGAGAGACACAAUGGAGAUGGAGGUGAAAAGCAAAAGAGGCCUUAAGAUUUUCUAAGGGAGCUGGAACACUGGCGAUUGUUAAGAUAGCACAUCAUGACAGACGAAAGAUGCUGGAAGAUGACUACAGAGAACCUAGAGGCUGCACUGAGGGAGGCAAAUUGAGAAGUACUGACUUUGUUAGGGAGAGUAGUUGGACGUGUUUGUUUUUCUUUCAGAGGAUGAAAGGGCUAAGGUGGGGCAGCUUAGAGCUUCCACUUUCCAUGGAUUCCAAGGACAGCCAGCUACCACUUCUGGGCGUCUUCCUUGUUCCUUUCCACUUCAUGCCGUUGCUCUGGGUCUCAAGGCUAGCUGGCACUUCUGGGCACCUUCCUCACCCCUGUGUUGCUCUUGAUACUAAACGGUGGUGGAAACAGCAGUGGGUUUUGAGGCUGGCCAAGGAGGAGGAAGGUUGCUAGCACAGGGCUAGCUGGCUUGGGGAUCUGGAUCCUAGGGGCAAGGUCCCUGAGGCUGGCAAGCAAAGGAGUCAGUGGGUGGGGGGGCAGUGCAAGGCUGCAGUCUGUUCUGCCUGUCCUUCUACGGCUUGCCUGGACUUCCCAUCCACUGCCUCUCAUCAUAAUUUUUUUUGCAGUGCUCCCUAUCUGUGGCCGAACUACAGCAUGAAACACUUUACCUAAUUAUAUCUAAGAAAGAUGGCUCUGGGGUCUAAAUGUUCGUGGGCCAUGGUAUUGUGUGAGUUUGGGCCUCUGCCCCAAAAAUCCUGAGGCCAAAUGCACAUUUUUUAUAAUUCAUUCCCAUCUUUGAAGACAACCUGAUUCUGAUUUUAGGGGGGCUGGGGAACCAAAAUAACUUAUAUUCACUUAUUUGGGUGGAAUUAAAAGAGAGGGUGUCCUCUAAUACAUUUGCAUGUCCUCCUGUGAUCAAACUUUUGUUGUAAGUAUUGCGGAAUUGAGCACUUAAUGUGAGAAGACCCAGAGAGAGUCUGAGAAAGGUCUGUUGGCUACGAAUAUAGAGUGUAUCUUCAUUAUGCUGUUGGCAGAACUUCAACUCUGCGUGGCUGUGAUAAUCUUCCAUUAGUGCUAUUCAGGAUAUUUUUAAUUUAUUGUCAAUAACUUGAAAGCUGCUUAUACAUGUUACUUCCUACUGGUGUUCUGAUAAAGCCAUUAGGUUAUGGUUUAAUAGCGCAAUUCCAGUUUGAUUCACAAGGAGGAAAAAUUACCAUUGAUUUUAAAGUCAUGAAGCCAACCAUUAAACCCUUUCACAGUUUCUCUGAGUGAAUCAUUCCUAUAAUGAAGUGUGCAUACAGUCUUGAUGAGCUCUGCUUUUUUGCGAAGUUUGAAAUGCACAAGUUAGGUACUUUCAAAUGUCUAUGUUUUAGUGAUUCAGGAUGAACUUGGCCCAAGAAAAUAAAGUGCUAUAUAAGCUAGGAAUUGACUUCAAUGAAUUGCUGCUCAUUUAAGACUUGACUCUGUUUCACUUGUCAUAUGUCACUAAUAACACUUGCUUAAAAUCCAACAGAGUACUGGGUUGUGUGCAAUAUUAUAAUAAUUAGGUCAGUUAGAUGUGUAUGUUUUCCUUUUUCGCAAAAUAAUUUACCGGUAGAAGAAAUAUACUACCAUCAUAGUUGGUAAGUCACAUAAGCUUCAAGCUUUGGGUGGUAUUCAACUAAGCUCACUCAGAGUAAACUCAUUGAAAUUAAUGAGCAUGACUUAGGGCUCAUCCCAUGAUUUCUUCCAUUUGUCCCAUGCUUUCUAAUCAGGGCUCUGAGAGGGUUUUUUUGUUUGUUUGUUUAGUCCUGCCACUUUCCCUGGGAAAACUUUGUGAUGUUUUGCAAAAACACAUCAUGUUAUAAACCAUUACUUAAUGCAUUGUACACAAGCCUGGGCAAGCCUCAGUCUCUCAUGUUCUCUGUGGUUUUCAGGACAUUGAAUAAUGUGUUAGGAAGCCUUUUGUACUUGUUUGUUCUAGCUAUGUACCAGAUAAAUAUGAAUCCUUGGUUGUUCCUUGGAGAACGUUGCAUCCUCAUUUGAGGUACCACCUACAAUAUUUCCCAUUACCAUGAAUCAAAUCUGUUACCCAGCUUCUUCUGCUCCCCCCACCCAUUUUAUAUAACCCUCCUUUGUUAGGCAAUACCAUAUAUUUAUUUCUCUGCCCAAGUCUGCUGUACCCACCUGUGUUAUCCUUUGCCUUCACUGCUGCCCUUGGAUCUGAAUUGUCACUGUUAGAACUUGGGCUGUGAUGUGUUUGGAAAAAUAGAAAGGCCCGAUAUGAUGUCUCAAAUCUGAAAAAUCCCCACACACAGAGAAAGAUAAUGACCUGGUUUGUACAUGUUAAACCAUAGUUAAAAUUAAGUGCUUUAUGUGAAUGAGCAGUGUGCUGGAGCAUACUGCUCAAAAGUCCCUAUUGCACUCUUCCUUUGGUGUGUCAAGGAGGAAACAAACCAGAGGCUGCCUUUGUCUUCUAUGUGAACCAGUGCUUAUGGUUUGUUUCUCCCAAAGAAACCAUGGCUGCAGUCACAUGACAGUUUAUUCCAUUUUCUCAGUAUCUAUCUAACUGAUCAUUUCCACAUUAUAUUUGAGCUUUCAUGUUACAUAAAAGCCACUUCCACAAAUAUAUCAGAAUAUAGCACAACUUUAGCACUCAUUUCUAUGUUGUUUGUUUACAAAAAAAAUUCAUUUGCAAAUAACAUGAAAAUAAGCACUAAACUUGCACUAUAUUCUAGUGUAUUUCUGGAAGUAGCUUUUAUGUGGUGUAAAAGCUCAAAUGUGAUGUGGAAAUAAACAGUUAGGAAAACAGGGGAACAGAAUAAACUGCAAUGUGAAUGCAGCCCAUGAGCAGAACCAGGCAGGGGGCCUUCUUGGUAGUGGCGCCCACCCUGUGGAACGCCCUCCCAUCAGAGGUCAAGGAAAUAAACAACUACCUGACUUUUAGAAAACAUCUGAAGGCAGCCCUGUUUAGGGAAGUUUUUAGUUUUAUUCUGUUUUUAGUCCUCUGUUGGGAGCCGCCCAGAGUGGCUGGGGAAACCCAACCAGAUGGGUGGGGUAUAAAUAUUAUUAUUAUUAUUAUUAUUAUUAUUAUUAAGCAAAGAACAAACCUUAGCUUCCAUGCUUGGUUUGGAGAGAAACAAAUCACAACUGCUGGUUCGCAUAUAAUAUACAAAACCACCCUUUGAUUUGCUUCCUCCCCAGUCACAACAGGCACUUUAGAGCAGCAUGUACUAGCAUACUGCUCUUUUACAUUAACCAUAAUUCUAUUUUAACUGUGGUUUCAUGUGGCAACCAAACCAGGCCAAUUUGGGAAGACCAGCAUUGAGAGACACCAGUCCUCAAAUGUGAAGCUUGGGAAUGGGUGGGACAGGAAGCAUCUAAUAGCUUUUGCUUGCUAUUUUCAUUUUUCAGCACUAUGUGGAUCAAUUGUAUUUCUUCUUAACGUUUUUUCUUUCAACUUCUCCUACUAGCCUAUAACAAGAACCAAGGGGACAUUGCAACUCAGGGCUGGUUUAUUGGACUGAUGUGUGCCAUCGCUCUCCUGGUCCUGAUUUUGCUGAUAGUUUGCUUCAUUAAGAGAAGCAGAGGAGGGAAAUAUCCAGGUAAGAGAAAUAGCUAUCAACUAGCAUUGUUGUUGGGUUUGAAGUAUUCAUUCCCAAAUCUAGAUAGAUGGUCUGAUCAUAAUCAUCCAGUGCUUUUUUCUGCCGGAACUCAUUGGAACUCAGUUCUGGCAUCUCUCACGUAGGUGCCAUUGCCAUUAUAAGAGAACAAAGGAGAUGUUCAUGGUGAGUUCCAGCACCUCUUCUUCUAGAAAAACAGCACUGAUCAUAGGCUUCCCACUCAAAGGAUUUCGUCCUACCACUUUUUAGCAGCUGUGGCACUGAAAAGAAUUAAUCUCAUUAAAGGCAAUGCAAGAGGACUUCCAGCUAGGUAGGAGGUGAAGCCUCAUCCCAUGACUUUUGUUGGGAUUUGACCUCACUACGAUAAGUGUCUUCUGUAUUUGCAAAAGGACUUUCUCCAGGGGGGGUUGCAUUGAUACCUUUCUUUUUCAAAGGGCUUAGGGGUAAAACACCUCUCUCAGAACCUGCUUGGACUGCAUACUAUGGUUGUGCGAUGACCACUGUGUUCUCUCCCAAGAUCUGAUAAGGUCUUGUGUGCAAGAAGGUUUUGUGCUAGACCCUUAAGUACACAUAAGGAUUGUGGCAGGCGGCUUCUAACAUCAAGCUGCAGUGCGUGACAAGAAUGACAAGCCAGUUAUACAGAAACAAUUAUCUGUUUCCUUAGUCCAAAAGGAAAUAAUACCCUACCUAAAAUACAUGGCAUGGUGUUUGUUUAUUAUGCCAAGGUCCAAAAGAGACAUAACAUGGGGCAUCCGUGACCAGUUUCCUUAAAAGAAAGAGAAAAACCAUAUUAUUUAUGGGCAGAUAUGCAAGAGGGUUUUUUUAUUAGGGAGCUGCAUUAGGACAGGGAGUUCUUAAACUUUUCUUCCUGCACGGUUUUCUAUAUCACAAUUGCACUGACCCCUGACCCCCAUCCCACCUGAACUAUUAACCAUGGGGGGGGGGGGGGAGAAGUACCAUACAGAUUUUGACUAUGCUGUCUCUGGAGGUGAGAGGCAAUCACAUAAUAGGAUAUAAGUCCCUUCCCCCCUUUUUUUAUUUGCUGGAAGAGGUAUUUGAAAUGUACUCACAUUUUUCAGCUAAUAGAUAUACUUGUAUUUCUUUCACUUGUCCCACUGUCCCUUGCAAAAAUUAUUUACUUUUUCACGGGUCUUUUCAAGCAUAAAGGAAGUGUGGUAAUUUAAGAAUACAUUCACCAGUAGAAAGGGUCUAUGUGAUAUUGGGAUGAAGUAAACUGGUUGCUUUUAAUUUAUUCCAAAGAUGUCUUAACCACUCUUCCUCAAAAAGAUUCCAAGGUGCUGUAGGAAAGUGUGAAUAGAAUUCAUUCACACAACGUAUAAAUACAAUUUAAAACCAGCAAAUAAGUUUGAUAAGACGCAAGAGGAGAGAACAAAAACUCAAGAAGCUAAAAGCAAGAAUAGAAUACAGUUCCAAAAGCCAUCCACACAAUCCAAAAUGCCUUGGCAUAAAUAGGAAGGUUCUCAUAUGGCACUGAAAAGCUUGCCAUGUUGGCUUGUAAUCCAAGUUGUCUGGUGUAUCUGGCCACUGUAUUUAGGGAGCAAUCCCACAUUCUAGUCAAUUAAGGGCAAACCAGAAUGUGUGUGUGCGCGCGCGUGUACACAUACACACAUGCACACUUGUUGCAAAAUGACUUGGUCUGUCUAGAGAUCCUUGUUUCAAAGUAAGAUAGCAGAGUGCUAAAUAUCUCUAUAAAACACAGUUAAGAGUAUUCAGUUAGCCCCAAGGGUAUGCAGUUAAGAUGAGUAUGGUCAUAUUAAGAGUCCAAGAAAUAUUCUUUGUACGUUACAAUAGCUGUGGUUUAGGAAACACUUCCAAGCCAUAAUCUUUUACUACUAUUUUCUUCUGUUUUAUUAUUUACCAGAUAUCACACUGCAUAUAGUAGUCGGCAAAUGUCGGCUUUUUCAGGACUGCAUCCAAAUAAUACUAGAGCAGCAGUUCUAAAAAUAAGGCACAUCAGCUUGUAUUUUGUCUUGCUUUAAGCUCAUGGGACAAUUUCCCAACAAUUCUAAACACCAUAUGCACAGGAAAUGCUCCCCUUACUAUUCACAAUAUAGUAACAUCAAUUUAUUUGUUGCGCUCUGUUCAGCAUGCAACUAGCGUGACAGUUUUGAGCCAGGCAUUUGUGAUGCAGGAAAUAAUAAUGAUUACUUCAAUGGCAGGAGACAAGAUUUGAAAGAGAACUUGAAUCAGAAUCUUGCUCAGCCUGGGAUUUAUGUGUAUUAUAUUUUGGAGAUUAAAAGCAUGGAAGUGAUCAAAAAUGACUUUGCACAUACAUUUGCCAACAGCAAAACCACCUCAAUGUCAGUUAUUUCUUCAGAUGCUUCUCAUCCAUUUUCAGUCUAAAUUCCUGACCACCUACAAGACAGCAGAGGCUGGGAGGCUAGCAGCACAAUCCUAAACAGGUUUUCUCAGACCUAGGAAUGGAUGGACACAUAAACAUCUGAACCAAUUCUACAUGGGGAUGAGACUUAAGUCCCCCCAUCCCAUUUCAGUGUAUAUUUUUAAAAAGAAAAACAUGAAAUAUCCAUGCACAAACAGCAAGGUAUUAAAAAAAAAUGUUUGAGAGAGGUGAAGGGUCCAUGUGAAUUCUGGGGGCAGCAGUGUUUUUUCCCAUACAUUUCUUCAUGAGAAUGAUGGAGCUUCAUCAAAUCCCAUUGCUCCCAGAGGGACUUGCAUUCUAUUGCAUUCAAAGCACUAGCUGCUCGGGCCAAGGGUGGCUGGAUUAACCAUUUUUACAAGUUUAAAGAUCAGGAAACACUUUCAAAAGAGCAGAAGCAGGCCCACAGCCCUCAUUCUGAAAUCAUGAUUUGCCCAGAUCAAAAUGUGAGAGUCUGCUUUGGAAUCGGAGUUUGGUGGAUUCCUCACCCGUCCCCACUCAAGUCAGAAACAAGUCCCGUAAGUGUGUUUAGGACUGCAGCCUUGAAUACAUGAAAGUAAGAUGUCUGCUUCUUCUUCUUCUUCUUCUUUGCAUAUGUAUUCACAGUGCGAGAAAAUAAAGAUGUACCCCUGGACCCUGAUGACCAGAAGGUAGAUAAUGGGUCGUUUGAUUACAGGUAUGCUUCCUGCUUGGUAUGUGUGACAGGCAUUUGUUUUCUGCCCUCUACCCCACCUAUUACAAAGAGCAACUUUGUCGGUUCAAUAGUCAUCAAGAUAUCACAUUCCCAUAAAUGUGCAUUUUCUACCACCCUUUGUUCUCCCAUUAUGUCUCAAAGAUCUCUGCAAAAGAAAAAGGUGUUGAUCUCCACAUGCAGAUAACUUGCAUGGUAUACUAUUCCUAUAUCUGUACCAUUUCAGGCUGCAGAUAAAAGAUGUUUUUUUACUCACAUCAAAAUUUCUCUGGAAACUUAGCACAUGAGGAACAGAGGUCCUAGCUUAUGUUUGUGCUAGUAUUGUAUGUGCAGAUAGUGGGGACAUGGGCAUUCAGAUGUGCAGUGCUUCAUGUGUAGUCUGAAAUGGUACAGUCCCAGGAAAUUUGCACUACAUGAUGGACCAAGAAAGAUAAUAGAAUGCUCAUUAGCAUCACCACAGCAGAUAGAAAGCUAGAUGCUAUGGGAGAGAUGGAAGCAAUGUGUUUGGUCUCUCUCACACACCAGAUUAUUCAGAGAGGCAUCUUCAGGGUUUUUCAGCAACUUACCCUCCUCACGCUCGUGCAUUCACUGCCCAGAAACAGGUUAACCCAACCGUGCUCAGAUUGUAUCUAGAGAAAAAUAAACACAUUUUCUCCAAAAGCCUGUGAUGGGCUCCAUAUUCCAUCCUUUUCUAUAGGAUCUCAGACAAUCUCAUUUUGUUGAUCGUCUCUGUAUAACCUAGCAAACCCACCUCUCUUGACUGUUGUAGUGGGGGCCAUGUGCCACUACAAUCACCCCUCUAUGAAACUCAAAGGCAACCUUUUAAGGACAUCAGCCACUUUUUAUCUCAGCUUCCCAAAGCAAGGUGUUUUCUUUGGCUGUUCACAGAUGGGUCCUGCGUUCAAGUUUUACAUUUGUUUCCCCCUUGCUUCCAAGGCACUGAAACAGGUAACACUGCUAGCAUUUUGUUAAUCUAUGUGACUUAGAGCAAACGUGCUCUUUGUACAUCUCUGCUUGCUUAGUGCUUUUAAGCAAACAGGAUGAUUUACUCAGAUUCAGCCAGCCGAACACCUUUUGCUGCCUGAGGCAGAACAGCAAAUGGUGUACCACCAUCAAGUCAAGGUGUAUAGUUCGUGAGGCCAGCCAAGUUAUUUUGGCACCUGAAAACCCCACAAGCAAUUCUUCCUGCUUCCUGGCAGUAAAGAUACAAUAAUAACAAACUAAAUAAUGAACACUUUGUUGCCCUUUCAUGACACCCCAAAUUUACUGCCUGAGGUGGCUGGUUCACCCUCCCUAAUGGUAAGACCCUCUGCUCAGAUAUAGUUAAUUUUGAACUGAGCUCCCACGAAAUCCUCCAGAGUUUCCAGAAUUAUUUGAAAGAAAUACAAAAGGGCUUGAUUUGAAAUGAUGAAGAGCAAGAACUGGUGUCAUGAAUAACAAGCUGCUUGAACGGUUCCCUGCAGAACUUUGAAAGAAGUACCAUGCAUACAUCUUGCAGCAUAAAACCAUAUAAGCAAAUCUAAAAUGGAGGGCUUAUUUGAAGGCUGAUCAUUUGCAAACAUAACUAGACAUUUAGAGGAUACACUCCAAUUUGUCACCCCAUGAAACUUUAAGCACUGUCUUGUUGAUGUAAGUAGUGGGUUGGUUUCCAACCCAUGCCCUCUAUUCUAAAGUUCUCUUAGUGAGUUUAUUAUUCCAAACCAUAUUGAUGAUUAUGAACUCUCCAAGCUAAUGAACCUAGAAGAAAAACUAUGAUUAACACUAGUUAAUUGACUAUCCUAUCAGGCAUUACUUACUUUAUUGAAUAAAUGAAAGUGUGUUGAUGAAGCAUAUCAGGAGAAUUUGAGAAUCACCAAUUCUUGUCCAAGAAAACCAUUGUGAGAAUAAAAGUUUAGUCUGGAAUUCUGCAUAAAUCUGAAAGAAAAUUUCUUAACGCACAAAUUGAAAAUAAAGAGACAAAUACUAUAAUAAUAUGGCGACAGGAGAAAACAGCACAGUACGAAUUAAUGAAGUAACCCAUCAAAAACUUAGAUUUUAUAACUGAAUGCUCAUUUUGCAGAAGCAGUCACUGUGUUACAUGCCAUAGCUUUGAUAUUAAGCUCCUCAUGCACACACAUUGGCAGAAUUUGCACAUCACAGUAAUCCAUUAAACCAUCAAAUGCACAGAAGGCUUCCGUUUCACUCGUCCCUUGUAGCCAGCAGGCGUAACAAACCUUAAUACCCAGGUAUUAAGGUUAUGUCUGAAGUAGGGAUUGUGGUUUGUUUCCAAACAAACCAGGGUGUUGAGCCAAGAUUUGUCUUACCAACCAUGUUUUGUUUCAGCAUAGCAAACUACAGUUCCCAGUCAGGCAUAAUGUUGAGACAGAGAUCGUCGCUUGUUGCUCCCGCUGUCAAGAGCAGCGGUGGGAAACCUCAUUUUACCUGCAAGGUUGUUUUGACCAAGCCAUACCUCGCUGCCCUUCACCAGAAGUCAUAAAUGGCACCAGGUGUGGAGCAGGUAAAGACAUUGCUGGGCCAAAAACAGCUUUGUCAACACUCCCAGUCAGCAGGACCUGAAAAACCCUGUGCAUAGUGCCUAGUGAGGCUCAUAAUAAGCCCCAACAUUUGUGACGCUGUGUGUGACACUUUGAAGCCCUUACAAUCAGCUGGUCAUUAGUGCUUACAGAGAGUCAUGCAUGGUACUUUGAAGUUCCAUCAGCUGACGGUAGAGGCUUCUAUGCAGCGCACACUGCAUGACCUCAUCUACCUGUUAAACCUUGCCCAUGGAGAGUGGGGAAGAUAAAGAGCCGGCCUGCAGUCUGGAUCCAAUUCCCCAUCCCUCGUCUAGAGGAGAGGAGUGAUAUUUGCAUUCACAGCAAGCCAUUAACUGUGAUUACUCAUGAUGUGCAAGCUGGACACUUUGAAGGCACAAUGCUUUAACAACUGUCGUCCCCUUCCCCCCUAGAUAAAAAUCACAGAUUUUUCUUCUUCUUCUUUUUACAAUUAACCAGAGUGUUAAUGCAGGGUGUUAGAAAAGUGACACAUCCCAUAAGGAGUCAGAAGCAAAGUGGUUAGCUGCUUAAAAUUCACAAGGAAUCGAGCAGUCUGGGGGAAAAGUUACUAUUAGUGCUUGAAAGGUGGACAGGAUAUGUGCUGACAUGCUUUCUUUAUUGGUUCUCUUCCUACCUUCAUAGAAGCAUGUCUAAUAUGCUUUCAUCAUGCCCUUCACAUCCUUAGUGCCCUGUGCACACUGCUUUCCAAUCACUGCAGCCUGUAAUUAAAGAGAUACUGUCACUUCUUUCUACUUUGCUGCCAGAAUAAUGGUCUCCUUGUAAGCUAAGAUGUUUGGAAACCUAUGUCCUUAAAUAGCAUUCUGUUCCAGUAACCAUGCCUUACUAGGCCAACUGAUUUGGUUGAGAGAGAGAAGCAAAUCAGAACUAGAAUUUUAAAACUUCAGACCUGCUGGUCCCAUCCAAGCUGCUCCUUCCUGCUCCCCAUAUAUUUUCAGGUAAUGUUACUGGGCUUUCUACUCAGUCAAGCAUUUGCAGUUGCAGUGGUGAUUUCAACGCAUCCCCAACUAAAAUAUAGCAAUAGCAAGUACAAGGAAUUGGCAAAUGCCUGUUAAAAACUAGGAGCACUUGCAUACAGCCCAGACUGCUGGCAAGUGGGUUCAUGUGAACCCAGAUAGCAAUUUCAUGAUACUUGGAAGUGGGUCUCUAUUAGGCCAGUUUUCUGACAUCGGCAGUGUCUACUACAUGACAGUCAGAAUUCCUAUCUUGAAAGAGCCUUAAUCAAUUCCGUAUUCUUCCAGGGCCCCAGAGGUCAUUGAACACAGCCGCCAAGAAAGGAGCAGAUGCAUUUCAUAAUGCAUUUCUUUCCUGUUUCACUCACUCCCCACCCCCACCACUACGCAUAGGCAAAUCUCUUGUGUGUCCUUUGUAAUAUAUGGAAUAAGAGUGCCUUCCCCUCCAGUCCACUCAUUUGGAAACCACAAUAUAUACCUGCCUCCCAAAAGACACUUGCCAUCUGCUCAUCUGGUACAAUCUCCGCACAGUGGAAAUGUAACUUAGAAGCACCCCCUCCCUUCAUAUGCAGAGCUGCCUGUUUUCCACCAAGGUCAAGCGAAUACCAUGCUCCUUUCUUUCCUGAAGGCAGCCUUUUCUGAGAGGGGCUUGUAGCACAUUACGUCAUUGGAACAGCAUGACAGACCACAGGCUAGUGGCUGCUCAGCUGCCUUUCAGGACCACAUUUAAUGAAGCCAUGUGGGGUUGUAUCUUCUGCCCUACUAGUGCUCCCUCCCUCCCUGCCUCAGAUUUGAGGGCACAUCUCAUUUUUUUAGGGUUUAUUUGCAAAUUACUUGCUUUUGGAAUCCAUUAGAUACAUAUUUUGAUGUGGAUGCACAACAGGUUUUUUAUUUAUUUAUUUUUAAUUUAUUCCGUAUGCAAAACAAUAAAGUGGCUAGCUCCUUUGGGGGUGGGGGGAUAGGUGGAUUUUUCUUCCCAGCACUUUCCCCUGAAAUGCAUACUUCAUCAUGUUGCUCUCUGAUCAGGCUCUUUCUGCUUCUCUCUCUGUUUUAUUCCCAUUCUUUCUUCUCCUUUUCACCUUGUCUUUCUACAUGGACCAUGAAGGUCUCUUGAAAGGUAGGACUGUGGACUGCCCCAAAGUCUGGCACACAGCUUUUUCUUUCAGCAGUUCCAUCACUGAAACACACCUUAUUCUCUACCACCUUUCCCUGCCUCUCCACCACCAACCUUCAUCUAACACCAUUAAAGUUUCACUUACUAUUCCUUCCCUUGAAAUUUCGGGCAACGUGUGUCCAAUGAGUUGCAUUCUGCCUGCGUAUUUGGAGCUGACACACAACCAAUUGAGUUAGCGUGGCCUCAGCUUCAUUCCUUUUUCUGUGACUAAUUCAGCUGUGGCAAUGACAGCCAUUGGUUAGUUCAGCACUCAAAGGGAGAUUAGUCACAAGAAAAGGGGUCUUCUGGGCUGCAGAUUUGAGUAGCCCCCAUAUACUCAGGUAAGCUACUUGUAUUAUGUGCCUCUGAGGUUUGAAAAGCAAGAUAAUGCCUGAUUUCACAUGCUAGGCAGUAAAACAACGGAAACAUGGUGAAGAAAAAGUCAGCAGCUACCAGAUGCCUUGCAUCAGUUCAGAGUGAAGAUUCCCUAGAAAUCUUAUACACAGAAAAUAUUCAUUCUGACAUAUGCAACUCUUGACCAUGAUGCUCCUGAACCAGGCUGAGUCAGGCUUCCCUUAAUACUUUAAAUAAGCUGCAAUAUUUCCAUUUAACCAAAUAAGUAAACUGUUGUUUGUGUGUUAAAAGUUGUAUAUACCUAACGCACUAACAAGGCAACCAAGUUAACAGUCUUCUUUGGCCUACAGUCCAGAGAGCUAGGUUAAAUAAGGCGCAAGAGAAUUUUUUGACAUUUUGCCUUUCAGCAGCAGCCCUCUGCGAAGCCACUUGGCUUGUUGUGUGAGGGAGUGCUCUUUAAAGAGAGGGGAGCGAGGAAGGAACUCAAAAGCCCCACUGGGCCCACAGAAUUAGCUGUAUAGUUCUCUGGACUGUAGCCUUUAGAAGGUCAAAACCAGCCGGGAAUAUCUUAGAAACUUCAUUGGCCUGGUAUAUUGGGAAUGGGGUGGGCGUGGGGGAGGGCAACUCAAAGGGGACAUUAUGAUGCAGGAUAUAUUUUAUCUGCAUACUCUUUUGGUUUGAAAAAUGAAGAUUUUAGAUGAAGAGCCCUGGGUCUCUCAUUCUUGUUUUUUGCCUCCUUAUAUUGCCUUAUACUGAUGGGAGUUGUAGUCCCAAAACAUCUGGAGAGCCAAGUUUGCCUAUGCCUGCCCUAGAGAGCUAUCACAGGCUACCUUCUGUUAGACAGUUUUGCAAGAUCAGGAGGAAUGAUGACAGCACUUGUUCUGUUAUUUAUGCUUGUUGUAGCCACUGUCUGGCAGAAUGGUGGGCUACAUGUUUUGUCUAACCAGAUAAUUCUUAUGGCAAAACCAGAUGAUUCUUAUGGCAAAACAAAACUGCAACACAAAACCUUAAAUGAUCUUUCUUUGUGUUAGGAUAAAAAGUUGAGCCUCAUAGAUAUGACAAUGAAUUGGGUAUUUAUUUAUUUAUUUAUUUAUUUAUUUAUUUAUUUAUUUUACACCCUUCUUUUAAGUCAGGAUUGGCUCCCAAAACAAUUUACAGUUGAAAUGCACAUGAUGGUACAGUUACAAUAGGUAUAUAUGGGGAUAUACAUAGCUGUCUCUUCUAUGGCAUUUGAUGACAUGAUCCAGAGUCCAGACUCUUCCCUUCAAGGGGAAGGGGCAGAGGGAGGUACAGAUGGACUCAGGUUGGCAGAUGAUAAAGAUGUCAUAUCCCUAAAACAGUCCCCCAUUGAUCUGCAGAGUCUCCUGUUCCUGGCAGUUAAAUCUUUUGUUCUUGGCAGAGCCCAAUACAUGAAUUCCUGCACAUGUGGGUAUACAAACAUCUCUUUUAGAAUGUCCCAACGGCUCCAGCACAAUAUUUUGUUUAACACUGACUAGCCACACACCUCCCUGGCAAGCAUGCAAGUAGGCCAUAAUGGAGAUAAAUGUCCCCCGAUUCUUUUUCUGCAUUGGGUAGAGAGGUUCUGCCUCUAAACAUAGAAGGUUCAUUAUGGCUAGCAACCAGUGAUAGGACCAUUUUCUCUAUGAUGUUACCUGGGCCUUUUUUUUUAAAGCCCCAGUAUUGUUAAGCCAGCCUCAUGAAUUCUGCAGAAGGUUGUUCUUGAGUCCCCAACAUCUUGGGGCUAACAACAAGACUGCAAAAGCAGAAACUAGUACUAUUUGUGGGACUUUCUGUAACGUAAUAAAAUAUGCAUAUUUGCAGGUCAGAAAUUCCCCUUACGAAAAGGGCAUGGAACUCCCCUGCUAAGUGUAGAAGUGCCAUUUUUAAAAGUGUCUCUGCAUCAUUUUCAAAAGCUGCAUAGUUAAGAGUAAAUUAAAAAUAGCCAAAAUGGCACUUAAAUAUAUUACGCCCAAUUUGUAUUGAACUAGAGCCACUCAGCUGCCUUCUAAAUGGCUGGUCCUCAACACAACUCUUGCCAACCUAGAGUCUCUUUGAAGAGAUUUGUGGUACCUUAAACAUUAACAUAUUUAUUACAGCAUAAGUUUCAUGGAAUAUAGCCCACUUCAUCAGAUGCACAAAGUCUUAAUCUAAGAUACGCAUGGAGUGGGGCGGGGAUAUAAACAGUGAGAUCAGAAGGAAAUGAAAUGCAGAAAAAACCCAGACGUAAAUAUUAUUUACUUAACAGCAGCCUCACAAAAACCAGUUGAGUUGAUAUCCUGCCAUGCUGUCAUUGGUAAGCCAAUUAAUAUGUAGUGUAAUUCUUAAAAGUCCAUUGUGCUUGGGACCCUAGAACAUUCUAUAACUAACCGUAAAAACCACUGAAUCACAAUAAAUCAGGAGUUCAGUGCUAUAAUUUGUGGAUUAAAUGGGUACAAUGGAUUUUUCAUCACAUAUGUGUUAUUUAGCUUAUCGGUGACAGGAUGGGUGUAUUACCAACUCAAUCAUACUUUGUGAAUGGUGGAUAAUUUUGUGAUAAUUACUGUUAAAUACAUAAUUAUCACCACCUGUACUUUUCUGCAUUUCAUUUCCUUCUCUUACUGUUCACAGUCUCCUCCCCCCACCAUGUGUGUGUUAUAUACAACGCAUGCCUGCAAUCAGGAUAACACUUCAUGUAACUGAUUUAAGUGGACUACAGUCCUUGAAAGCUUAUGCCAUAACAAAUUUGUUAAGCUUUUAGUGUACCAGAAAACUUUGUUUACUACAAGAAACUAGAAUUUGAUGGGACUGUGGCUUAAUACAACUGGAAAGCUCAGAGCUCCUACAUGGUUUAUUCACUUUGUAGUUGUGGUCAGGCUUCCACCAUCACAGUCCUUUGAAGAAGAGACUCCCUCCUGAUUUAUUUAGGUUAUUGGGAAAAUACGAUCCUUUGCACCGGAAUAGCUUUGCACUGGCAAAGAUUUCAUCGGUAAUUUGCAAAAAGCUGCUUGGAGCCGUGUUUCCCAGCUCUUCCUGCACUGUGCUUGCCUUCUGAAGUACAACCGCCUGGACGAAACCAGUUUCAUAUGUUUACUGUGAUCCUGUCCCUUUAAAGCCAUUCCUUCCCACUACUGAUGGCACUUCUUUUCCUUUUGAUGCUAGUGAUGAAGACAACAAGCCGCUGCAGGGCAGUCAGACCUCUUUAGAUGGCACGAUAAAGCAACAAGAAAGUGACGACAGCUUGGUGGACUAUGGCGAAGGAGGUGAAGGGCAGUUCAAUGAGGACGGCUCCUUUAUUGGCCAGUACACAGUCAAGAAGGACAAAGAGGAGACAGAAGGCAAUGAGAGUUCAGAAGCCACAUCACCAGUUAAUGCUAUCUAUUCCUUGGCAUAA